AUGCCUUUUGAAUUGGGCGAAAGCGACUGCAAUACGUACGACUGCAAAAGAAAAGAAAAACAGGUUGUAACAGGUGAGGACUGACAGAUGGUGAAGGUAAUCAAUAGCACAGAACUGUAGUUUCAGUUUACAUUGAAAUGGAAGUUGGCUUUGCUUAAGUAAAGAAAACAGUGUGGGCUGGGCUGUGUACUUUCUGUCAGGAGCCGCACAAAAGAUGAGGAAGUUUUUGCUCUCCAGAGACCCAAGUGUUUACCUACCAGAUGUAGCUGAGCAACCUGAAAGCUCUCUGUAUUUACAACGAGGAGGAAUUCAGGUGGACUGAGAGCCAGGCUGAGGGAAGUCUCAAAAGCAGCUGACUGUGGACCAUGACCCCUUUCCUCCUGUUUUACCAAGAAGGAGGAUGAAACUAGCCGGCAGCUUCCCUCUGCCCCUACUCUAUGCUGACCAGCAAUGGAAAUUCCAACAGAACACGAUCCCCAGUACAAAGGUGGGAAAAAGCUCAAACUGGAAGGCAAAGAGUUGAUGUCAGUGCCUCGCCAGAUCUUUGCACUGCAAGGAUUGAGAGUUCUGGAGAUGACUCCGGAACGAGAGAGCUGCCUGAGGUACAGGAUGGAUCUUGUCCCUCGUGAGAUUGGCCACUUGCAAAACCUGGCCUUCCUCUACCUGGACUCCAACAACUUGAAAGAGGUCCCUGCUGAGAUAGGCUCCUUAGGCAAGCUGGAGAGACUCACCCUCAGCAACAACAGCAUAACCUCUCUGCCUGAGGAAAUAGGAGGCCUCCAGAAACUUCAUAGUCUCCAUUUGGCAAACAACAGCCUGGCAGAGCUCCCUGCACCUGUUUGUCAGCUGAGGAACCUGGUUUUCUUAGAUGCUACCGAUAACCACAUCAGCACCAUCCCAGAUGCCAUUCAGCAGCUGCAGAAACUGGAAACAUUGCUGCUGCUUUUCAAUUCUCUCAGGCAUCUGCCACGGGGAGUCUGUUCCUUAAAGGCCUUGAAGACUCUCUGGCUAGGACAGAACAACCUCAAGGCUCUCCCAUCCAACUUUGGUCAGCUGGUAAACUUGGACUGGGGUUCAAAUUACUGUUCCUGCAGCUUUGAAGGGAAUCCAUUGGUGCAACCACCUCCUGAAGUGUGCAGUGAAGGGCCUGUUGUGAUCAGGGAGUAUUUUGCCUCUUUUAGGGGAUAGAAAGCUAUGUGUAGGGUAAGUAGAGCUGAGAGAGAAGUUAGCACUUACAGGGAAGCAUAUCUGAUUUGCAUUUCCUCUAACAACACUUGGCAGCCAUCAUUCGGAAUUCACACUUCUUCAAAUAAUGCAUAUGCAAUAUAUCUAUCUAUCUAUCUAUCUAUCUAUCUAUCAUCUAUCUAUCUAUCAUCUAUCUAUCUAUUAUGGAUUUGAGUAUGCAUAGAAAUGCACACAUUCAUGAAAAUGACAUCCAAAAAUGCAUUAUACGAGGAAAUGCAUUAUACUGGGCGAAAUUGCUUUGCAAAAAAAUGUGCAUAUUGGGGGAAAUUGCAUACAAAUGUGUACUUUAGAAGAAAUGAAUAUUAAAAUGCUGAUGUGUUUUCAUGUUGAAUUGAAGUUCCUAAAUCCACCUUUUGACGAUCUCAUAUCAUCCAGAUUGUGGAGGGUAGGAUCUAUGCUAGGCAAUCAGGCUCUGAUGCCACCAGGAUCCUAUCUCCGCUGGAUAGAUGUUUCUCAUUUUCAUGUGGUUCAUUGCAAUGUGUCCUAUGCAUUGGCUCUGAAUUUGCAUUGCAUAUGUUCUAAUUAUGGAUGUAUUUUUUAAUAUUUUAAUUAGAUUGUUUUAUUGUGUGUUUUAAUCAUAGAUGUUUAUAUCUUGAGGCUUGUAUAAUUGGUUUUUAUUGUUGCAAACAACCUAAGGAGCAAGCCCUUAGCAAGAUCCACCAGGAGGAGCUGGUUAGGAUCCAGAUGAUCUCUUGCUGAGCUGAGAGGUCCAUGGUGCAGCUGGGCUAUGCUGGCUUAAAUCCUGCAUCCUUGCACCCAUACAGCAUGCAGCUGGCUGAGCCAAACCUGGCUGAUCUGAAACUGGUGUAAGCCCUGAGAAGAGGGUAUUCUGGUACGGUUGCCAUGUGCCCUCUUUUUCCAGGACACACCCUCUUUUUCAGAGGUAAAAUUUCUGUUUGGGUGGAUUUUUAAAAUUUGACAAAAUGUCUCUGGCUAUACUUUCUGUAUGAAGACAUAGACAUAACUGCUGGCUGAAGACUUGCUUUCCUCUUAUCUUAUCUUCUCCUACCCCCCUCAGCAACAUACCACAGCCUCUACAGCCUACAUAUAGUAAAGGUAAAGGUAAAGGGACCCCUGACCAAUUGGUCCAGUCGUGGCCAACACUGUGGUUGUGGCACUCAUCUUGCUUUAUUGGCCGAGGGAGCCGGCAUACAGCUUCCGGGUCAUGUGGCCAGCAUGACUAAGCCACUUCUGGUGAACCAGAGCAGUGCACGGAAACGCCGUUUACCUUCCCACUGGAGCGGUACCUAUUUAUCUACUUGCACUUUGACAUGCUUUCGAACUGCUAAGUUGGCAGGAGCAGGGACUGAGCAAUGGGAGCUCACCCUGUUGUGGGGAUUUGAAACCCCAACCUUCUGAUCAGCAAGUCCUAGACUCAGUGGUUUAACCCACAGUGCCACUACUACAUAUAGUAGGGGUAUUUAAAAUGAGAGUCGUCAUAGCAUCUUUUUUUUUUGGCUCUUCAAAAUAUGGCAACACAGUUCUGGGGACAUAGGACUUGGGGGGGCAGGACUUAGGCUGAGCAUGUGACCUGGCACCCCAGUGUAAACUAACCCAACAAAAUGGAUGGUGUAACUCUAGUACUAUUUUAAAGGGUUGUUUUCCUUUUGCCAGGCUUCUCUUUGCCUCCGUCAGCAGUAGUGCCUCUACUCUGGUGCAACUUUACACCAGAUUGAUUUACUCUGGCUUCUUGUGAAAAGGAUUGCUCUCUUAGCAGUAAGCCGUGCAUUUUUAUUUUUAUGUAGAUUAUAAUUCUGGAUACCUGUAUCCUAAUGCUUCUUGUAAUUGGUUUUACACUUAGAAUUCUGAUCGGCAUUAAGUGGCAUUUAAGUUAAAAUGUUGAUGAUGAUGAUUAUGAUGAUGAUGAAGAUGUAUUUGUUUAUUACACAUUGUAAGUAUAAAUGUUUAUAUUUUAAUGCUUGUUUAAUUGAUUUUCAUUCUUGUAAAUCACAUAGAAAUCAAUUUUGCCAUUCAGCGGUAAAUAUAUAUAAUAUUAAAUAACAACAACAACAACAACUGUGCAAUACUGCCAUGUUUUGGGGAAGAAGCUCUGCAGAGGGUGAUAGAGACUUUCUAACUGCAACAUGCUUAACCCUUACUAUUAGGAAGCAGGAAGCAAGUAGCCUGUGUCUGGAUCUGUGGGGCAAAACGAGGUUGCAGCAUCUCUAUUUAGGUCACCCACGUAGGCAAUGUCAGCAACUGUCCUCUGUCCCAGCAGGUUACGGCUCAUGAAUUUUAAAACCAAGUUUUGAUCCAGCAUGCUGAGCAGUGCCCAGGCAGUUAGGUCUGCCUGCUAUUUUAAUUCCCCACCAUGAUCGAAACAGAUGCUAUACGGGACAAACUGUAAGCAGUUAAAAUGUUGGCUGGGCACAGCCAUUCCAUUCCCUUUACACCGCUGGUGUUGCCUGCUGCCAUGUAAGCUUAGAGGGGACCACCAGUGGAGAAUGGGGGAGAGGGGGGAAGGAGACUUUUUUGUCUGCAUUCAGGAGCUAGCGUUGCUUUGUACUGAAGUAGAACUCUCUAGGCAAUCAAGGACACUGAUAAAGUAGGCUUCCCGGUCGCCUAAAGUGUCCUACUUGCACUCAAGUAAGUUGUCAGUAGAAGCCCCCUGUAGGCCUUCCCUGUAGAGCAUUGGGAAGAGUAGCGGGUAGGGGGGCACAGGAUGGAGCGUGUGACAAAUGUCCGGGAUGGGAAUUGCUUGCACAAUCCUGCCCCUCUCCACAGAAACAGAAUUUGAGUGUUCAGGCAGAAACCCAAAUGUGCCCAAUAUCUAGAUCAGUGCUUCCCAAUUGGGGGCUCUGUGGACCCCACCCAAGGGUUCUAUGAAACGUACCUGCCAGCUGUCUGCGACACUCCACUUUGGGGGCCCGUACCUUUGCAGGGUAUGGUGGCAUCAUUCACAUAAUAAAGACUACCACAGAGAUACCAACAUUUACAAAAGUAGGGGGUCAGUGGCUUGGAAUUUGAGAAACAAGGGGGUCCACAGUAUUGAGUUAAUUGGGAGCCACUGACAUAGAUACACAGAUGGACAGGUAGGGAAUAGGGGCUGCCAUCCCUGCUUGCAUUGCUCCCCUCAUAGCUCCUUCAACUCCCCCAUCCCAGACUACCAGCCAAACUCUGCACGUUGUGGCCAAUCCACCCUUCUCACUGUUCACCCCAAAGUCCCCUCUUCUCCACAGUUCAUCCCCAACUCCCUCCUCCCCUCACAGCUCACCCUAAUCCUAAGAGCUGCCUGUUGCUGCUGCCACUGGUGAUGGGGAGGGGAAUGAAGUCUCCUCCCCCCACUUCACACUCAUCCCCACACCACCGCUGCCAGAAGGAAGCAUGAGGUACAGGCCUAGCACCAAUGAAAUAUUUGGCUGUCCUUCCCAGGCUGCCCAUUAAGCACGCUUCUUUCCACUGUUCUCCCUCCCUUCUUCCAUCCUGAAUGUUUGCAGAGUCCUUUUGCCUCAGGCCUACAAGACCUGGAUGUUGAAAGAUGAGAACAUAACCAUGCCUUAUAUAUCUUAAUGGCACCAUUACGCAGAGCGAACAUUAACUUGAGGUGCUGCCACAACAUUAAAAUCUAAUCUUCUCUCGGUUAUCUUGCGCUUGAACUGUGGUGUUUGUUCCCUCUUGUUUAUUUCAACUUUUGGUCCACACUGGUGAAAAGUCUCAACCUGCAGCCGCUGACAAUUUGAGUGAGUUGCACAGAGCUUCCUUUAACUACUCUGGAGCAAUUUACGCUGCGGGUUGCCACUUAAAGUGUCAGGCUCCCAAAUCACGGGGCAGGGGUUUUAGCUCACUCCUUCGUUUAUUUAUUCACUCGUUCUUUCUGGCAGGGCUAAUGGGCCUUUUAAUGGUUAUAUGACAGCAAAAUAUCAAGGAACACACAGACCUUCCGUUAUUGAGCCACUGCCUAUUUCAGGAAGUGGCGGACUUUGGGCUUUAAAAUUUCAGUGGCGUCCUAUACAAUGCCAAAAUUUGGCACCACCACCUCCUGUGGCUUGGCAAACCGAGUUGUGCUCCCGAACCGGUUGUGCUCCCCUAAAUCCAUCUCUGUUACUGGACUCUUAAAGGCAUGGUGACAUGAAGAAGAAUGGGGGCACCUGCUGAAAGGAUUCUUCUUGAUAAAGCUUUGGACAAUAUGUUUGUGUAUCCAAAACAAGAAGUUGUGUGAUGAGACUACAUUGAUUAUUUGGCAUUCAUCUCACAUCCUGUGAGGUUUGCUUUGAUGCCUCAGCCAACAUAUGGGAAGAUGGCCAGGAAAAACCCUUUUUUCUUUGCCCUCCGAUGUCCCGAAUUUCACUGGCAGUGAUUGUUUCUGAGUCCAGCUGUGCUGAUUGGCUUAGAAACCCACAAAAGCUGCUUCCUGUGUCUAGAUGGCUUCAUCAUUCAUGUUGUGAUGGUAGACCAAUGUAUUUUGAUCUAAGAUAUCAAACCAAAUAGCUAUAGGAGUAAGGAAGGAAAGAAACGUCAGGCUUAGUGUUUCACUAAAGGUGCUUUCAUAGCUGCAAGGCUUUCAGACUGUUGCUAUUUUGGAGGGUGGGAUUCAGUCGCAUGCUGACAAAUAAGGUCGCACACCUAUGGUGGAUCAGAAGGUCUUGCACAGCAAGUCCACUUUCCCCAAGGAUCAUAUGAUUUGCAGUAACGAAGCUGGUGAGAAAACACACUGGAACGUGUGCAACAGCACUCACUUGAUGCAACCUCAUAAAACGUCCCUGCAAAUAUAUAUUGGUGAAUGCUCAAUUAGCAGGACAUCUGGAAAUAGGGUUGCCAGACCCUACAGGGCUGACCUGAAGUCUCCAGCUUUGUUUGACCCACUCCAGGUGGCUGGGGGGGGGGGGAAGGGGAGGGAGGAGGGACUUGAAUCUCCAGGUAAGUGAGAGCACACAAAAAACAAGCUUGAAGCUUCAGCCCAGCAGGAGCCAGCUGCAAAUUAUUAUUGCAUUGACUCUCUGGGAUGCGUAUGACCACAUCCCCUUCCUCUUUCUCCCUCCCAAUUAACCUUUGUCUGUGCAAAUUAUUGCACAACCUCUUUGGGGCCCAUGACAUCACCAGGGACUGACCCUAGGUCUUAGGUUUGGGCCCCAACAUCUCAGAGUCUGGCAUGUUACUGAUCUUGCAACCCUAUCUGGAAAUGACCUCAGUAGUAAUGCAUGGAUUCCUUACACCUCUCACCACUGGCCAAACUUCUUGACUGGCCUCUACUUGAUAGGACUGGAACUGACCUGGUUUUUGUUGAGUUAUUCCCCCUACCCCACCCCAGUGUCCCAGAUUUACUCUCUUUUCUCUCAGUUCCCUUCCAAACUUAGCCUCAAAGAGCCAUCAUGCCAUUUCCGCUGUUCCUUUUCACACAAGAAUUAUAGAUAUAAAAAAUCUCAUCAGCAUUUCAUUCUUUUCCUUUCCUUUUCAGGUUCAACAUACAUUGCAUUCCAGAAGUCCCCCCCCCCCACUGCCACUCAGCUGCUUCCAUCAUCUCUUUGACACCCUUUUCUUCCUCCCUUGCUAUUUUAAAACGUCAAUGGCUCCCUUUCCUCCCCUUGAAGUGAGCCAGGAGCAAAACGAUGAGACGCUCAGAAACUAUCAGCAUGAUGAAACGAGAGCGCCUUCUGCACAAAGAGCACUUAAGAGUAGGAGCUCUUCAGCUCAUCCUGUUCCACAAUGGGGGGAUACUUUGAAUACCAUCAGGAAAGAUGAAUAACCUAACAGUGUCACAUUCACGGAGAUGCAUGCUAUAUUACCAUCAUUUGCAGGCCAAAGGAAGAGAAAUGUUCAUUAGGAUCUUAUCCCAUAGACCAGCCUUUCUCAACCUGUGGGUCCCCAGAUGUUGUUGGACCUCAACUCCCACCACCCCUAGCUAGCAAGGCCAGAGCUCAUGGAUGUUCCCCACAGUGGCCAAUGAGAGUUCAGUCUGGGACUUCAAUAUGCAGGGCAUUGAGCUCCAAGAAGCUGGUAUUCAGAGGAAUGCUGUCUUUUGUAACAGGAGAGUCAUAUAGUCAUUGUGAUGAACAGAUCUUCAUAGGCUUGUCCUCUUAGGAGACCAUAAGCUUAACAUGAGUCAACAGUGUGAUGCAGUAGCAAAAAAAGCUAAUGCAUCUAGGGAUGAACUCUGCUGAACUCACAAACGUGAGGACGUUAGAGUAAUCUCUAAAAAAUAUAUCCUCUCCUAGCAUCUAUGCACAUCCCUACACCUUUAAUGAUGGAGAGAUUUGGGAACACAUUUCAGCAUUUCAUUUGUGCCCUGUUCAGAGUUCAGCUUUCCUUAUUUUUCUAUUAUCCUUGUAUCUCCAGUGGAUACUUAUUUGCUGAAGGAGGAUGCUCCACUGUUUCCUUAAUUAAGAACUUUUCAGCUUUCAUAAAAGUUCACAUUAUUAAUAAGGCUUGUUUAAUCCCAGCACGGCUUGUUUACUCUGGAGGUUAAUUCCCUCUGCCAUGCUUCCUUAAUCAAUUCUCUGCAGCUUUACAUUGUCUGUGGUUCCUCUCUGCUCCACUUGGUUGUUGUUCUCAUCCUCAGUUAAAGUAAAUGAAAUCAACAUUGGUUUGCAUCUCAGUGCAGCCCCCAUUGUGUCAGGGAUAGCCUGCAAUGUUUUUCUCCGAUAAUAGUGGCAUUUGCGUUGGGACUGCACUGCUACAAAAGUCCUCACGUGAGCUGUUUUUCAACAGCUCACCAGGGGAAAAGACUCAGAAGGCAGAGUCAUGGUGGAAAGGCCUUAUUUAUUCAACUAUAAUAUUAGAAGACCUCCCAAGCAAUCAUCAAAUUAUGUAAACACAGGGAGGUGAGCUUGCACUGACAUACAUGGCUGUCUAGCAUUCACUAAGGAAGAGAAGAAGAAGAAGAAGAAGAAGAAGAAGAAGAAGAAGAAGAAGAAGAAGAAGAAGGUCCUAAGAGCCAAUCAAGGGCUUCCCCCAAAAUUCCUAAUCAGCCCCCAGAAAGGGUGACUAGCAAAAAAGAGGGAGGGGAUGUUCAUCCAAUUUGCAGAUGGCACCAAACUGGGAGGGGUGGCCAAUUCUGCAGAAACCAGAAUCAGAAUUGAAGAUGGCCUUAAUAGAUUGGAGAACUGGGCCAAAACUAAGAAAAUGAAUUUCAGUAAGGUUAAAUGUAAUGUUUUGCACUUACAGUAGGCAGGGAUGACCAGCUCCACUAAUAUAAGAUGGGGGCCAUAUCUCACAUGGUUGUUGGAGCAAGCUUGUUUUCUUUCCUGCUCUGGAGGGUAGGACCCAAACCAAUGGAUUCAAGUUACAAGAAAUGAGAUUCCAAUUAAACCUCAGGAGGAACUUUCUGAAGGUAAGAGCUGUUUGACAGUGGAGCAGACUCCCAUGGGAGGUGGUGUACUCUCCUUCCUUGGGGCUUUUAAAGCAGAGGUUGGGUGAUCAUCUGUCAAGGGUGCUUUAGCUGAGAUUCUUGCAUUGCAGGGGGUUGGACUAGAUGACCCUUGAGCAGAGACUUACAUAGGUUCACUUGCAUCAGUGACCCUGCAAGGGGAGAGGAGGAGCAGCCCAGGGGACAUGUGGACAGGCAUACGGUCUCCUAGCCACUUCAAGCCAGAGUGGAGAGGCACUGUUUUUCUGCCCCCUCUGACCUUGCUCCCUUGCAUCCCUUCCAAUAUUUCUCUCAUGAAAAUAAGGAUGUCCUAUUCCAUACCCUCCAACAUUUCUCCAAUGAAAAUAGGGACAUUUUAUGGAAAAGCGGGAAAUUCCAGGAUCAAAUCAAAUUUGCUUUGUUAAAAAAUAAUGCAUGUUAAGAUAGUGCAAAGACACAAAUAAUUCCAUGUCUAGUUUAGUCCUCAAUUAUUUGACAGCAGCAAGAGAAACAAUAGCCAAGAAGUGUUCAACACCACACUGAGACAUUAGGGGGUGCUAAAGUAUUCUAGUCCUUCCUAAGGCAGAGGAUGGUCAUUUUCUAUUUUUAAUUACAUGGUUGCAACUUCUCCCUUUCCCAAGGGGAAAGGAAUUUGUAUGACGUUUGAGAUUUGGUCCAUGGGAUAAAUGUGUUGGAGGGACUCAUAAAUGACACCUUUAAUCCAACCCAUGCAAUGAUGUAAUGAGCCACUUCCCCCACCAGCACCUCAGUUGACUUCUUCUCAGGGGACUCCUUGACAAGAGGGCAGGAAGGGCAAGGGACCUGGUAUGCAUGUGCAUAUUUAGCCCCGAGUUGUUUUAUUUUAUUUUUUUAAAGUGGUUGGGUGAUUAGGAACAUAGGAAGCUACCCCUCACUUCCUUCUAUAGCAUGUGCAGAAAUCACCUUCUUGGCUGUUGGACCCACUACUGGUCUCUUCUGCUCAAUCCACCAGAGCCUGUCUUCACUUGCAAAGGAAGUCCCAACUCACUGAGGGCUUGAGACCCACCUAGUUCAGCCGGACAGUCAAAGGUGUUCCCAGAAAUAAUAGGGGCUAGGUGCAGUGUGGAGCAGGAAGAUGCCAUUUGUCCGUUACCUCAGAAGUCAUUGGUGGUGGAAGGGCUUUUCUGCCCACCCCCACAUUAACAAAGGUACAGCCUUUUGUCCCUAGGGGAGAGAACUGUCUUGAAUAAGGGAAGGGGUGGUGGAAAUAUAGCAUAAAUCUCUAGAAAAGACUGGGGUGAGGAAAAUGCCACCCAACAGCAUGGACCAUGUUACCCCAGUGAAUGUCUGCUUGUUUAUCCUAUGAUGAUGUACAUAAAUAAAUUCCAUGGUGGAGCUAUAAAACACCUAAAACUCAUGUAGUUAGGCAUUUAUUUAUUUAUUUAUUUAUUUAUUUAUGAAAAUUUAUAUACCACUUGAUUGUAAUAAAACCUCAAAGCAGUUGUUAAUUGUGGUCCUGUAAAGAGUGGCAAUUUUUUUUUAUCCUUUAGGUUAUUCCCUCUCCUCAUCCUUGUUCUAGAAUAAAAACUAGUUUCCAACCAGUCAUCCCAAUGUCCAUUUCCGUGUUUAUGUGACCCAUUUCUGAACAUGUUUUAGUAUUGCUUACUUUCUACAAUAUCCUUCAGUGUUCAAAUUGAAGCCCUUCUUUCUACCGCUACCCAGUCCCACUCUGCAUAAGAGCAUCUUCUCCCAAUUGCUCUCCAAGGUGCUGAAAGCUCUUCGACCAUCUCUGGACAAGCCCCUUCGAAGCUCCUUUGUGUGGCCACAAAUUCCUUUUUGCUGAUAAUUGCAUCCCAUGGAAUAUGUGAUGUGGGGAAACUGAAUACGGGAAUUGAAUGGAAAGGAACUUUUUCGCCCUCUCACAAAAUACCAGAUACUAGAAAUAUUAGACCCUUUAAAUAAGCUGAGUGAUACUGAAUAGUUUUAUUUGUUAUAAAAUGUCCAAUAGAUUUUAAUGGCAACACUAAGUUGCCAGUAAAGUCAACUCCCCCGAAUCACAGCAACCAGAGUGUCUUCUCUUAGUUUGCUCCCUCCUGCUGCCACGACUUAAUCCCUUCCCACUUCUCCCCUACUACCAUGAAGAAAUAAGCCUUUUAUCCUCCUCCUCCCUCCUCUUCCCCUUCACUGCCUUAGACGAGAACACAAAGGAGUCUGAUAAGUUUCUGUUGUUGUCUGGAAAAGAUCCUUCUCCAUUCAGUCCCUCAAAAUUUGCCCUAAAUUCUAGCUGAUGUAAGGAUGACUCAAUCACAUCCCCUGCUAAAGCUGUUUACUGCACACGACACUUGCUCUCAGUUAUGUAUUCCAGCCUUCCCCAACCUAGUGACUUGUUCUGAGUUCCAAUUCCCAUCAGCCCCAUCCAGGAUGGUCAGUGGUCAAGGAUGAUGGGAACUGUAGUGCAGCAAAAUCUGGAGAGUGGCAGGUUUGUGGGUAGACAGAGCUGGCUUAAAACUUGGAGCUGAUGUAGAAGGUGGUUCAUCUUUCCACCACCACCACUGGCAGCUUAAGCUAGGCUGCCAUUUUUAUAAGAUAUAGACUGGAUCUACUGACCCCUUUAACGUUAUUAGGACAAUAUUAGAUAUAUUGUUCUAAAACGUCACAGGGCAUAGUUGCAAAUUAACCUGGUGUGUGUGUGUGUGUGUGUGUGUGUGUGUGUGUUACCUUGGUUUCUUUCUGUCUCCCUGCUUCUGGUUGUUGGUUGUUCUGCAGCGCCUUCUGAUGUCAUAUUUUAAUAAUGCAUUAAGAACAUUGAAAGCAGAACCAAUCCAUAAGCCUUCUUUAACAUUAUAAACCAUGAGUGUAGAUCUGCCCAUAGUUGGGAAUUCAUUCUGUUGAAAUCCACAGCAGGACUGUGCAUGGUUUCUGCUACCUAAGCUGGGUGCCUUCGCUCAGAGUGGCCCAGGAGACACCUGGACAGGAUCUGACCCUGAACGAAUUUGAGGAUGAGUGAGACUAAUGUUUAAUUAGGGUUUUUUUAAACCCUAUUUUUUAGGGUUUGGAUGUUUAGAGGGAGUGGAGGCAUGAGUUGUUGUAUCAUUCCCCUCCUUCUGACUGCACUGUGAGUAGUCGGGUUCAUUACUGCUGGGUGCUGCUUCACAAGGGGCUGCCUACCUCUCUUCUCCACUAGACACCCUUGACAGCCUGUGGUUACUCCCAACACAAAGAGAUCCUGAGCUGUGGACUUGGGCAAACUCUGGAUCCACCCUGAAUCAGCCUGAUUUGGCUCGGGAUUCAGUUGGAUCUGGUCCACAGCCCUCCUCAGCAGCAUUUACUCCUGAGCAAACAUACAAUGGAUUGUGCUGUCAAUCAGUGCUUGGUACAAUAAUGGCCUCCUAAUUUAGGGCUGGUGAGAUAACAGUCAUUUUGUGUCAUGUCUUUUAAUACAUAUACGCCUAUAGGCUGGGACUAUCUUGUCAAUUCUAUUUGCAAGCUGCUCCUGCAGCCUUUUUCAGGUGGGCUGAUGAGUGGAAUACAAAUUCUUGAAAUACACGGAAUAAAUAAAUGACAUUUACAGCCCAGCUGUGUCCAGUCCAGAUGGACCAUCUACAUGCUCCUUAAAGCCCAAGGUCCUGGCUUGGUGCAAGGUCCUGUUCUUGACGCAACAUCUCUUUCUCCUGAUGUUCUAUCAUCUCCAAGAUAGCCUGCUUUCCUUCCUUCCUUUUUCGUUGUUUAAAGCAGAGCUGCAAUUCUCCCUGCAGAAAAGCACACUAGGGGUGGGGGACGGGGGGGGUGCCAGUUGGAGCAAUGCGAGCAGAUUUGGUCCUUGUUGCCAUCUGCCUCUGGGUUGUUGGCUGGGAAACAUGGGGCUGGCACAGUGUGACUCCUUGUAUAAUGCGGUGCAGCCUGCUGAGUUGAAGAUGGGCAUCAAAGCUGCCAGUGUCAGCAGUUCCUUUGCCAUCCUGCAUAUUGGAGAUGCGGGAACAAAAGCACAACAAAGCCAAGAGAGAAAGUAGGGGGAAGGGACAUUAGCAGACGCUCCGCUUGAGUUUCAGCAUUUCUGCACUGAGUUCAUCUUUACCUCCUCCACCUUUGCCCUUUCCAAAAUGUAAUUGCCCCUUCUCCCCCGUUAUUGCAUUAUCGGGCGAGGCAUUCAUAAUGAACUCAUUUGGGAAUCCUUAAUGUGUCGAUUAGAAGCUCUGUCCAUUUAGAUUCAACUUAAUUGCAUUUUCAAUCUCGGCACUUUAUUGCAAAGCGCUUUCCUAGUUAGCUUUCCCUGUAGGGCAUGUUCAGUGUCUGCUUAAGGAUGACAAGAAUCCCUGGGGCAAUAUCUCCCCCCAUUGAUUCCUUUAGGACCACUUCUGGAGUGCAAUGUCCAGAAUGCCAGGAGGUGGCCUAACACUGCAAGGCUGGAGGCAGUGGGCCCAAUAACUGGGCACCCAUGACUUGACAUCCCAUUGCCUUGUGCCAUUUUUAGCCCCGGUCACCUCCCAAAUCUUUGUGUCCUUUUCUUACAUGCAUGGGCAAAAUCACCAACCUAGAAAGCAGGAAAAGGUGGUGUUCUUUGCAUUCUUCUCAAUCGUCAGUUCCCAGUGUGGUUUAACAGUAAAAUCCUCUUCCCAUGGAACUCUGGGAAGUGUAGCUCACUGAAGGGAAUAGGGGUCUCCUAACAACACUCAAGACGUGGGUGGCACUGUGGUGUAAACCACUGAGCCUUGGGCUUGCCAAUCAGAAGGUUGGCGGUUCGAAUCCCCAUGACAGGGUGAGCUCCCAAUGCUCAGUCCCAGCUCCUGCCAACCUAGCAGUUCAAAAGCAUGCCAAAAAUGCAAGUAGAUAAAUAGGUACCACUCCAGCAGGAAGGUAAACAGCAUUUCCAUGUGCUGCUCUGGUUCGCCAGAAGCAGCUUGGUCAUGCUGGCCACAUGACCCGGAGGCUGUAUGCCGGCUCCCUCGGCCAGUAAAGCGAGAUGAGCACCACAACCCCAGAGUCAUUCACUGGACUUAACUGUCAGGGGUCCUUUACCUUUACCUUUUAAACAACUCUUAGCACUCUUAACAAACUACAGCUCCCAGAAUUCUUUGGUGGAAGCUGUGACUGUUUAAAGGGGUAUCAUAGUGCUUUAUAUGAAUGUGUGAAUGUGGUCUGUGUGAUAGUUUACUGGGCUACUGCAAAUUGUGUGAGCAAGCGUGGAUCUCCAGGCCACAAAAGGGACAAGUGAUACAAUUCAGGUUUCUUAAAUACUAGUGGGGAGUGCCCAGAGCUGCCCAGGAAUUUUUAGAAACUGGAAAACAUUGUGAUGUAACCUUUCAGUCCACCAUCUUGAUUCAAAAUGGCAGCUAGCAUCCAAAUGGCAAUGAAGUCUGCCACUCCCCAUCUCAGGAACCCUCCAGUCAAGUCUGGCGACCAAUAUCUCAAGAGGCAGCCAAACCUUUAGAGAACAAAGGGCAGAUGUACAGACAGGCAAAGCACUUUCCAUGCAGCAAUUCAAAACAAAUGUGUAUUAGUGUGUAUUAGUAAACAAAUAUCUAUUAAUCACCUGCAUUGUCAGCUUUCUGUAUCUGAUGAACAACCAUUCAAGAAAUGAAGCAUAAUAAAAUAAUGACAGCAUGCUCAAUUUUAAUAUAUUAAAGAGAAACAGGAGUUUAUUCAAAGCAUCUGACAAACCUAGAAGGUGCACAGGGGUGGUAAUAAUAAUAAUAAUAAUAAUAAUAAUAAUAAUAAUAAUAUACCACCCUAUACUCACAGGUCUCAGGGGUAGAGUUUUACAGGCCUAAUGCAGCACAGAGAGGCACUGUGAUAUAGUGGUUAGACUGCUGGGCCCAUGAGAGCUGGGUUCAAAUUCUCACUUGGUCAUAAAGCGCAUUGGGUGACUUUGGGCCAGUCACCGCCUCUCAUCCCAACCUACCUCACAGGGUUGUUUUGAGGACAAAGCUUGAGAAGGGGGGAAGCAAUGCAUGCUGCUUUGAGUUCCUUGGAGGAAAACUGGGAUAAAAACAGAAUCGUAGUAUUUAAAAAUAAAAUAAAUAAAUAAAACCCAGUACAUGCUUACUCAGAAAUAAGUUCCACAUUCUGCAGUGGGGCUUACACUCAGGUAUGUCUGCACAGGAUUUUAGCCUCAGGCCAAUGUCUGGCUCCCAAGUUUAGUUUUUUCAGAUUUUUUAGUGAAAACUUUUUAGGGCACAGCAUCAUCAUUCUCCUUUCCCUCCUUGCUUGGAUGGUUUUCAAUAGUACUGAAAACAAACACAACCAUAUUUUACUUACCUAGUCCGUUUGGGUAUGAAACUGAUGGAUUUUACCAUCAGUGAUGCCACAGACACAAAUUAGAACAGGCCAGAGGCACAACUUGAGUUCUUGGUCUCAGCACGACGAUGGCUGCAGCGAGAGCUGUGAUUUAUGAGCCCAGAGAACAAUACAGCCUGUGGGCUAUGCUUGUGCUGCCUUCUGGACUCUUAAUCACAGCAGCAGCCAUGCAUAGCUGUCUCUACUAACACAGAUUUCUCAUCCCCUCUCCUUGACCUUGGAAUGGAACAGCAACAAAAUAGCCAGCAAAAGGAAGGAUUCAUAUACCGUAAAUGGACCAGUUACAGUAACCAAAAUUACCAGAGUUAUUUUGUUUGUUUGUUUAGUCGUUUAGUCGUGUCUGACUCUUCGUGACCCCAUGGACCAGAGCACGCCAGGCACUCCUGUCUUCCACUGCCUCCUGCAGUUUGGUCAAACUCAUGUUAGAAGCUUCAGGAGCACUGUCCAACCAUCUUGUCCAGCUUCAUAACUUUUAUAUGCCUGUUGUCUUUGUCCAUGGAGUUUUCUUGGCAGGGAUACUGGAGUGGCUUGCUAGUUCCUGUUCCAGGUAGAUCACGUUUGGUCAAAACUCUCCACUAUGACCUGUCCAUCUUGUGUGGCCCUGCACAGCAUAGCUCAUAGCUUCUCUGAGUUAUUCAAGCCCCUUCACCAUGAAAAGGCUGUGAUCCAUGAAGGAGACCAGAGUUAUAUAUAGAAAAUAGCUAGUGUGGUACUUGUUAACCCAGGGAUGGCCAAUGUGUUCCUUUCAGAUGUCAUUGGACUGCAAUUCCCACCAUAACUGGUCUUUCACCAUUCUAGUGGGGACUGAUGAAAACUGUUCUCCAAAAGCAGCUGUCGGAAACUAUGUUGUCCACCCUUGUGUUCACCUCUCCCUCUCUUAACCCAUUGUUCUUGUCUUUAUUAUGCAUUUUGUGCGUUUUUUUUUCAUUGUAUUUUUAUGCUAUGAACCACCUUGAGAUCUAGAGAUGAAGAAAUUUCUUAAAUGUUACAUACUGGCUGGACACAAAGGCAUGGUUGGAGGAACCUGCUGGGGAACCACCAAGGGAAGAAGUCUCAGAGCCCAGGGAGCGAUGGUGGGACAACAAUGCGUGAUCACAGGGAGAAGAGGGAGAAGCCUGGGAAGAGGAGGUGUUGGAAGCUGAAGGGGUAAUAGGACUUAGUGAGUUGGGAGAGUCUGUGGCAAAGAGAAGUCCAAAAUCAGAGGCAGAAUCUGAAGCAGAUGAGUUGGAUGAGGAAAGCCAAGAGGCAGAGAUGAGUCAGGCUGGUGAAGAGUUACAGGUGUCUCCCCUCCUGCUGCAACAGGCUCCUCUCCCUCCUUGUCCCCCAGAACCAAGAGAGGUAUGAAACAGGAGGAGCAAAGACAGGUGGCAUGCAGACACAGUCUCUGAUUGCUUGGAAGAAGACCAGGAGAAGAGGAGAUAUAGGCAGCUUUGAGGAGGUGGAGAUUUUAGUCCCGGCAACCUGGUUCAUAGAGUAAGACCUAUAGGGCUUGAGCAGCUGUGCUCACUAGGCCUGGAACUCAGCCAAGCUUGUGAAGAUCAUAUUUAGCUAAUAAAAUGUUGACUCCAGCUUUGAACUGUGUGAUUGACUGACCGGCUUACUCUGUGACUAAUAAUAAUAAUAAUAGGUAAAAGGUAAAGGUAAAGGACCCCUGGAUGGCUAAGUCCAGUCAAGGGUGACUAUGGGGUUGUGGCGCUCAUUUCACUUUCAGGCCAAGGGAGCUGGUGUUUGUCCACAGACAGCUUUCCGGGUCAUGUGGCCAGCAGGAGUAAACCGCUUCUGGUGAAACGGAACACCAUGACGAAAGCCAGAGCGCAUGGAAACACCAUUUACCUUCCUGCCACAGUGGUACCUAUUUAUCUACUUGCACUGGCGUGCUUUUGAACAGCUAGCUUGGCAGGAGCUGGGACAGAGCAAUGGGAGCUCAGCCCCUCGCAUGGAUUCGAACCGCCGACCUUCUGAUUGUCAAGCCCCAAAGGCUCAGUGGUCUAGACCACAGUGCCACCUGCAUCUCAGUUAAUAAUAAUAAAUAAAUAAUAAAAAUAAAAUAAAAGCAACCCAUGCACACAUCCUGAAAAAAACCCAUUGAUUGCAAUUUGUGGAACACAUAGCUUUCAUUCUUUCUGAAUGAGCCCACAAGUACCCAGCGAAGUGCCUUCUUUGCCUUUACUAUCUCAGCUAAGUAUGUAAACAGGGGUCUGCUGCAUCAUACCCAGGGCUCAUUUUGGCCUGUCUUCAAAAACAGAUGCUUCCGUAAAUCACACAAGCAGGAAAUGAAGACAAACAUACGUUUGAAAGCCUCAGGAGUCAAUGCCAUUUCAUACAACAGCCCACAUAUAUCAUGAUGUUCUCACCUUUGUGUCUAAUUUAUAACCAGACUCGCAGUCCUAAGAGACUUCCGGGAGCUGGCAUUCUUCAAAUGAAGCAUCACUCCAAAAGUCAAGUCAGGUGUCCCAUAUUUGUGCAUCUGAUUAUUCCUGCCUAUUCCUGUGUAGAAAAGCUUAUAUCUUGUUGGCAUGGCCCACUUCUCCAAUCUGUUACGGUCAUUUUGAAUCCUGAUUCUAUAUUCUGAGAUAUUACAUACCCCUCCUAGUUUGGUGUCAUCUGAAAAUUAUUAUUAUUAUUUAUUUCAUUUCUAUACUUCUUAACAUUUUUUGGAGGGGGACACCUCAAAAUGGUUUACAACCUACCUUAAAACAUCAAAUAAAAGAAUCCAGAAUAAAACAUUGCUGAAGAAUGUAUAUAUAAUAUAAUGUGAUAUUUAAUGUAUACAUUUAAAGCAACAUAGUUAACAGGAAACUAAAAUAUUAACUAAAAGAUUUCAAAAUAAAGCAUUACUAAAGGAAGUCAAAUAUAAAACAGCACAAUUAGCAAGAGAACAUACCCUCCAACAUUUCUCUGAUGAAAAUAAGAACAUCCCCUUCCAUAAUGAUAAUUUAUACCCCACACAUCUUAUGGGGUUGCCCCAGCCACUCUGAGCAGCUUGCAACAUAUAUAAAAACGCAAUAAAACAUUAAACAUUUAAAAAAAAAACCUUCCCUGUACAGGCCUGCCUUCAGACAGCUCAGGGUUCAAAUAACUCCAUACCCUGAAACAUUUUUCCAUUGAAAAUAGGGACAUCCUAAGGCAAAGUCAGACAUUGUGGGAUCAAAUCAGAAACUGGGACAGCUUCUCUAAAUCAGGGACACUUGGAGGUUCUGAGAGAAUAAUAUAUUAUUAUCAGAAGAAGAAGAAGAAGAAGAAGAAGAAGAAGAAGAAGAGGAGGAGGAGGAGGAGGAGGAGGUUGGAUUUGAUAUCCCGCUUUAUCACUACCCUAAGGAGUCUCAAAGCGGCUAGCAUUCUCCUUUCCCUUCCUCCCCCACAACAAACUCUCCGUGAGGUGAGUGGGGCUGAGAGACUUCAGAGAAGUGUGACUAGCCCAAGGUCACCCAGCAGCUGCAUGUGGAGAAGCGGGGAAGCGAACCCGGUUCACCAGAUUACGAGACUACUGCUCUUAACCACUACACCACACUGGCAUAGAAAAGAUGCUGAGCAAGACUAGGCCCAGGACGUAACCCUACAGCAUCCCACUUUCCACUUUUUCCCCAGGAGGGCAAAGGAAUCAUUGGCGAGCAUUCUGGUUUGUUUAGUAAAAGCGCUACAAAUCCACAUAACAGUAGCAUUCUUUAGCCCACAUUUGGCCAGCUUCUCUGCCAGAAUAUCAUGGGGGAAUUUGUCGAAAGCUUCACUGAAUUCAAGUUACAGCCACAGUUCCUGCUUUCCGCUUAAAUACAGCAUCUUUUCCCAGCCCUAAGGCAAAAAGCAAUUCGCACGGGUCCCCAAGAUGUUUCCACCAGCACUGAUGCAUGUUAACCCAGUGCCCUGAAGCAACAGCUCACGGUGGGUGCCUCCGAAAUGCCAUCUGAGUUAUACACCAUGCAAAGCGACAACGCUUGGACCCUUGUUACACUGUAGAGAUCUUUCGCUUUAUUAGUCCAGCUGUUAUCCUCACCCCCCUGCUUUGGCACCGAGUCAGUUGCUGUGGUUAUUUCUCGACCCCUGACGCCGUAACAUUUGACUGGGUCAAGUGCACCAGUUCUGCAGCUCGCUCCGACUGCAGUGCUCAUCUGUUGACAGCUAGCAAAAUGCUCAAGUCUUUGGAGCUUUUAAAAAGGAAAUGGAAAUGUUUGAUUCUGCUGAUGAAGCAGAACAACAACGCUCCUGGCUUUGCGAGAGGGAAGGCUUUUUUUUUGUUUUUUAAAGUCAGUUCUUGAAACAAUUGGGGGCAAGUGAGGCUCAGAAAACUUUAGGCUGUGGUAAUAGAACCUCAGGGCAUCUUCAGAUUGUUGCUAUUUGCAGGUGGAAUUCUUUUUUGUUGUUUAAAUUGACAAUAACAGUUUUAUUUAACAAGGAGGUUUGAGACACGAGUGGAUAAAACUUAGGAUACUUAUUUCACUUCAAGGUUUUCUCAGUUGUUUCACACUUAAUACCUUGGUUCUUAACUUAAUGUUUUGGUUCUUAACAAGGUGGUACUUUCUGUCAGUGACACACCCCUUAGACAAUCCUACUCCUGCAGUACUCCAAGUAAUGGACCCAAGGUUUCACUGCUUCUCUUAUUAGAAGAAUCCCUUGUGGGAAUGUUCAGGGAUGCAGGAGAGGAUAUAUUGUCUGAUUAUAUCCUUAUCCAACUUGUGUUAACAAGUUCCACAAUUUCAGCAGAGUAACAUUCCCCUUAUUUUAAACUUUGCAACGGAUGCGUUUGCUCAGGCUCGCUGAAGCCUCUAUAAUAACUGUUCUGGUAUUUCCCCCUUAUUCCCUCAUAAAAUAUAAGAGACGACAGUCUUUUACAAAAGUAUAAAAAGAGUUUACUCACAUUCUGUUCACAAUCAGAUCCCAGAAGGCAGACUUAGCUUAAUGAAGUAACAUACACUUGGAAUCUAUCUCAUAAGAAGACAGUCCCUUUGUCCUCUCUUGGCUGGAAGCCAAGAAGGCAUCUUUGGCUUAGUAGAUGUUUCUUCAAUGCAUGUGGUGAAAGAGAGAGAGAUGGCUGCCCUGCCCUGUGCUUUUGUCAUUACCUGCACAGGUGAGGCCACACCCACCUCUAGUCACAUGCAGAGGAAGUCUGUCCCAGCCCAGAAGGGAACAGGAAGUUUACCUGCUGGCUGGACAAACAUUCCUCCCCAUGUGCAAACAUGUUCACUCUAGGAAUGUUGUACUUGACUGCUCUUGUGUUUCACAUCAUACAUCUCUCCCCUCCUGACUGGAAUGAGACCUAAGUAGACUGUCUCUUUACAGCUUCUACUUCUCCUGUCUCAACCUCAGCCUCCCAGUUAAUUCCUGGCCUAAUUACUCUUACAGGACACCACACACUGUCCUUCACCCUAAGCUCAGAGACUCCUUUCUCAAGCUUGUGAUAUUUUCCACAGUGGAUGUUUCUACUCAGAACCAGCUCUCACUCCCUAUCUUCCUACCUAUCCUCCCAACCUCAAUCCCAAUCCACUCCACAACCCUCUCCCAGCACUCCCUCCAAAACUCCAAUUUUGCAGGUGGAAUUCAAUCACAUACUGGCAAAUCCAUGUUGCACAUUUAUAGUUGAUUGAGCAACAAGCCCUCUUCCUCUAAUUCAGGCUUUUUGUGAUCAGGUAAAUAAGGGAGAAAUGCAGGAUGACACUUGCUUGGAUGCUACAUCAUCCAACUUGCUUGCCAACAAAUCAAAACAAAUGCUAAUUAAAUAGCCAACGUUGUCUACUCUCCCUGAAAACAAAUCAGGAUGAAUCCCCAACAAACAGGUUGUAUGGAAAUGCAGAUAGAUUCCAAAUCACCAGAAGUAAUAACUGCACAAGAUUCUGCACUGGGCAGCCCUCAUUCAGAAUCCUGUUGUAGAUGCCAGGUAUCAACAAACUGCAGUUUAAUUCUGAGCUAACUAGUGUGGAGUGGUAGAGGGAGGGGGCAAAAAAUAUCAGCAAACACACAGAAGUCUUUUUCCUGUCCAAUUCUGCCUACUGGUGCAGAUAGCAAGCUGUGGAACAGAAAUAAAUAUGGCGGCUGGAAAAAAUGGGAGUGUGCAGACUCCUAUGUGCUAAUCACCCACACAGACAAAUCAGAUCUGAACAACCCAUUUGUGACAUAAUGUCCCAGUCUGUAUGCAGGCAAAGAGGAAGAUUGGCCCUGGAUUACCAGGUGAGCUUCAUGGUUGUGAGUUGGAAUUUGAACCCUGGUCGCCCUGUUCCUGGUUUGAUGGCUUGCAUGUGACUACAGGUAUAUGUAUGGUUUGGUGGUUAAGAAAGAAAUGUGCAGACUUACUCUAUUAUUAUCAAUUUCAAACAGCAGUGAUUAAAGUUUCAUUUUUUAAUUUUUGUUUAGUCUCUUUCCCCCGCUCCCUUUUCCACUUCAAAACUUAUUUGUGUUCAUUAAGGCUUCUGUCACUUUGCAAAAGUCCCCUGUGGCGUAAUUUCUAUUUUGAUGUUCCAAUUCUCACCUUUCAUGGAUAUAUAUAUAUAUAUGCUGGUGUCAAAGCCUCAAGCAGAGACAUUUGUUUCCAUUAAUUACCUUUCCCCGUUGGGCUUUUGCCUUGCCGCAUGAUGAAAAUAUAUUUCCUCUUUUCUUGGUUCAUUCCAAAGGCAAUUUCAAAUUCACUUUUCCCCUCCUGCUCCUCACACUUUUAACCACAUACACAAAAUCUGAGUGAUGGUUGUCCUGGCUAACUAUACAGAGCCAUUAGCAGAGUGAACAUAUGUCCCCAUACGUUGUUGAACAACAACAGGUGUGAAGAACUGGAUCUAGUCAGCAGGCCAUAUCUUUAUCUCCCUUACCUCUGAUAGGCCAAAUGUGACAGGUGGGCGGAGCAGCUGACUUGUCAAUCAUCUCAAUUCAUAAUGGCAAAACACCUACACACCCACCUACCCAGUGAAUAAAACAUUGAUCUGAAAUUUAAGAUUAUUCAAGAUUAUUCAAGAUCUGGAAAUUCCUAGACGUGCGAAGUUUGAUUCCAAGUGCAAAUUACAAAAUUGUAAAGUGGGAAGGGACCCAAAGGGUCAUUCUGUCAGCAUCGCCCUUGAGCCAGUGCCACCAACUGGACUCAUCCACUUCAGCCCCGAGUGGGCCAGGCGAGCUGGGGUAGCACUUCCAGAGACCACCUUCUACACAGGAACAGGUCAAAGUGCUGUGGACUCACAGCUUAGUGUUGUGAGCACCGGAUUCACUCCAACAAGAAGACAGUCGUCGCACAGCAGAGUACAGCAGACUCUAGCAGAGUAUAUAAACAACUCGGAGAGCAGCUCUGUAGAAUAUCUUCUUUAUUCUAUCUACAACUAUUAUACAACUAUAUACAGAGCUUAAUAGGUCUAAGCAUAAAUGAAUGCUGCACUGCACUGAGUGUCUGCAGCUGCUCUUAGCAGCAACCUUAUCUCUACACACGAUCUCUAACACUUAGUCUCUCUCUCUCUCUCCGACACUGACUGACUGACUGACUCGGUGCUGGAGCAGAAUAAGUAGAGAGCAGAACACGCCUCCUCCUCUCCGGAGAAUCAGCAGACUCCUCAGGAGAUUCUUGGAUAUGGGAGGGGUGAAAUCUCCUCACAUUCAGUCUAACGCCCUUGCAAUGCAGGAAUAACUUACAAUAUUAAACCAGACACUUUCCACGAUCAAAAUGUGCUACAUUUGAAGGUCUUUGAUAAUAGGCUUCAUUUCUGUUUCCUGCUGGUCUUCAGAACCAUGAUUUUUGUCUCAGGAUGGCCUAAUAUAUUACCCAGUGGCACAUCUUUCUUUCAGAAGAGUCCAGGAUUUAUAGUUGCUAUUUUGAGUAGAAAAUUCACUCACUUCAUGCUAGACAUUUAGGAUUAAUGUUUGCACACUCUGAAUUACAAAAUGAAAGUAACCCUACUCUAACUAAAUGUGAAAUGCAAAAAAUAAUUCUGUAACAUUAAAGUAAAGGAAAUUUCCAUAACUUCUACUGGUUUGGAAUCAUGUACUUUCUUUUGUUGUCCAUGAGGAGUAUUAAGAAGAUAUUCAAAGCACUAAAUUUCACACUAAUCCCUGAAAUUCUGUUGAAACCUCCUUCCCUGCAGAGUCUGAAGUCUCCCCAGACACUCCCUGCAUGCAGUCAAAUUUCCUUGUGGAUUCGUGAGGCUAAAGGCCUGUCUGACUUAAAAACAAAUGAAAUAUGAAACACUCAGGAUGCCAAAUUCUUUGCAAGAUCUCCUGUUCAACACUUUUGUGCUGCAGUCAUGGGCAGGCAUAAUAGAUAUCUGCACGUAUAUCUUUUAAUCGCCAACUCAGUCAAGGUUUUACAUUCCUCUAAAUUGCAUGUGUCUGCAUGUAUGAAUUGCGCAGCUCUCAUUAUGACUGCUUGCAUCUAUAAUUAAUAUUUCCAUCAGUUAUAGUUCUCAUUAAGUGCAACAUCAAGUUUAUAAUUGUGAAGCAAAGCAGAGCUUGACUGACCUCCAGGCAUAUGGCUGCAUCAAAGCGUGGCUUUAAAUUGAGUUCCAUGCAGACGUAGGGCCAAGGAUAAGACUUGGUCUUAAAGGCUUGUUAAAGUCAUCCUUACCUCUUGUUGGUUUUGCCUGGAAGUUAAGUGCAUUCUCAUUGAUCCUGCUCAGUAUUGACUGCCUGUACAUAAUGCUUCUGAAUGAAAGUUCAAAUCAACAUAGAAAACACAGUUCACUUAACAAGCCCUAUUGGCAAUUGGGAGUGAACUUUCAGCGGGAAGCAUAUGCAUCCUUUCUGGUUAGAAUUGAAAGGCAGAAUGGACUUCCGGGGUGGCGCCAUCGGCAAUGGCGGACUCCCUCUGAAUUGGAGGGACUAGCUCCGCGCGAAAUGGGUCUUCUCCGCUACGGCGAAGCGAGGACCCUUUUAAAAAUCACAGGCGGAUGAAGCCUGUGACCAUGGGACUCGGCGGGCACCCUUAGCGCCCCCCAACCCGCAAAGGAACCCACUAAUGGGCUCCGAAGCGAAGAGGGGGAAGUGGCGCGGUGCUGUGAGUUAACUGCUAUUUCCAUGGAGUGAAGCUGCACAGCUGUUGCCGGAGAGCGCUGCCUUUUUCCUGGGACAAAUUGGCUUCUAAAAUAAGCACCCGUGAGUACUUAAACUUUGAACAAUUGGACUUUAAAUAAGGACUUGCGAGCAGAAAGGAAUUGGACUUAAAAAUUUUACUUCAAUUUGGUACUGAACGGGAAGGUCUAAACAGGAAGUCAGCCUUCCGUUUCUUUGUAGACAGAAUAAAGCAAAGACAACGUAAACUAGAGCUCAGAAAAUCGCCUCUAAAGGAUUGGCUUUCAUCAUAUAAAAUUGUUGAACCCCCCUUCGGUAGCAGGAGAAGAAGGGGGAUCUUUUUUGGACUGUUUAAACCUGCAGAAGUGAGUUUAAAGUAAAGUAACUUUCCACCGUCCUGAUCCUGGAGCGGGGUGUCAGGACUGACGUUUGAAGCUCAUUGACCAGAAACAAGCGCUUUUGACAGAUAGCUAAAAGAAGAGGAACAUAGUGAUUCCAUUGUUCCCUUUUGCACCUUAAAGAAACAAAUAUUGACAAAAUAUCUGAAAAAAGGAAACUCUGUUGCUAGACUUCUCUUUAAAAGAAAGAUUAAACAGAAGUUUUCCCCCUAGAGGGAGACUGUGAAACUGUAACCAACUCCUGGGAGCUGGCACCUGUUACAGAUUACAAUCGUGGGAAUAGACAUCUGACCUUCAGGACAAUGUAUUCAGAAGCUCUGUUGUGUGCUUUCUAUAAAACAAAUGCCCUACUGGAACAGUUACAUGAGAAGACGAAUUUGAUGGCUGAUUCGAUUAGAAAUUUUGUACAGGCAGUGGAAAUUUUGAACAGGCAGUGGGAAAAUAUGUGGAGCCCACCCAGGAAUUAAAUCAGGAGUGUGUCUUGACAGAACAGGCCCUACAGGAAUAUGAGCUUUGGAUUUGACAAAUGAACUUGGAAAAAGCCAGAUUUGGAAAGAAAAAGUUUGGUUUGGUUUGGAAAUGGGGGUUGGAUAGACCCUCCUAUGAAAGUUGGACUUUUCAAGUCUGGCAAUGGGCCGUGAGAUGUUUGGGAUUGUGGGGGCUCUUAAUUUUGGAGGGAUUCUGAAACAUGUUUUUAAAUACCACAUGGAAUUUAGUGUUGAUUAUGGAAAAGGGGCUGAUCUGUCGAGAAGGGUCAAAAAUAUUGCUAAGUUGGAGUUCCCACGAGUGAAAGGAGCAGGAGACAAAGGAAAAUACAGCUAUAAAUAUGAAGAAGAGCCGCGGAAGGGACAUGGAAGGGACUUAAGGGCCUCGGAUAUAAGAUUACCAGGUUAAUGCGCCAGAUUGAUGGGAUAAUAAGGACUGACAAAACCCGGGACCAGGAGGAAGGGACGCUGGAUGAAGAUUGGAUUUGUUUUUAUUUCUUUUUUCACUACUAGGACUGUUUUAUAAAAUUGAUGAAUGUUAGAAAAAUGUUGGAAUGAAAUUACUUGGCUUUAGUAAAAAUGUUUAAAGAAUUGUGCAAGAAUAUUAUGGUUAUGAGAAGUUGGUAAAAAUAAGAUUUAAGUUUUAAGUCUUGAGGGGUUUUUUAUAGUAAGAUAAGAUUAAAAUAGUUUAAGGUAAUGUAAUGACAGAAUAUUAUGAAAUAUGGAAAGGAUUUGCUGUGACAAUUAACAAACAGGAUACAAGGAAGGGGAGGAGGAGGAGGUCAAGGAAAGAGGGUAAUGACAGUUGAGGAGUUGAGAAUAAUGGAUUUGUUUUUAAAUGUUUUUAAAUGUUUGUGGUGUAUUUUUGUUUUUUGUUUUUUGUUUUUUUCUUUCCUAUUUUGAAUUUGUAUAAGUGGUUUGUUUUUCUCUUUUUCUACUUUGUUUUUCUUUUGUAACCGUAAAAAAAUUUUUUUUUUCAAUAGAUAUCAUUUAAAAAAAAAAAAGAAUUGAAAGGCAGAAUGCCACCCACUGUUGUAUAAUUAAAGGUCUUUUACCUCUGGCUCCCCCUCCUUUAGAUGGUGAUCCUGCGGCCAGCAAUUUGUAUUUUCUGCUUUUGUAUAGCACCUAACGCAUUAUACACAAGUGAUGCUCAUGGUGAUGAAGGCUUAGUAAAAGAUAUAGUGCAGUCUUCCUCAACCUGAUGCCCUCCAGCCAUUAAGAACGUAAGAAAAACCUGCUAGUUUAAGUCAAUGGUUCACCUAGUCCAGCAUUCUGUUCUCACAGUGGCCAAACUGAUACGUGAGGGAAACUAGAAAGCAGGACUUUCUGACAGUAGAACAGACUCCCUUGGAAGGUUGUGGACUCUCCUUCCUUAGACGUUUUUAAGCAGAGUGUGGUGAUCAAACAGGGUCCCUGGACGUUUAAUGGUCUAUUGAUCCCUGUGCCACCACUGUGAUUGCUUCCCUGCUGCCGCCAACCCUUUACUCUCGGGUAAAACUCUGAGUCCAGACAGUUGUUAAAAGUGAACCAAAUAAACAAAUUUAUUUUAUAAACAUUAACAACUUUAUGGUUUCUCAGAUAAUAUUCCUGCCAGUAUCUUCACUUUAGUUUCUUUACUGGCCUAUACCUUCCUGAUACCUUCUGACUGGUUAUCUCAACUGUUUGACUGACUCCUCUAAAGAAAUUCUCUCACUCUCUCACAUCAGACUAGCCCAACCCACAGACUUAUCCUCUCUCUCUCUUCUAACUCCAGACUGUCUUUUCAACAACUCUAAUUCCUAACUCCUCCCCUUGGGUUCCCAUUGGUGAGUCAUUUUACAAUUAGUUAACCCUUUCCUUAUGAACCCAGUAUGAUGUCACACACCUAGGAGGGCAAACUCCACACAGAGGUUGGGUUGGGUGGCCACUUGUCAUGGAUGCCUUAGUUGAGAUUCCUGCAUCGCAGGGGGUUGGAUGACCCUUGGGGAUGACUUUUUCCUCCAUCUGCAGUUUCAACAAAAUCUUGGUUUAACUUAAAAAUGUCAGCCUUUUGGGCUCUAAUUCAAAAUCUCAGGUUAGUGUUACAUGGCCCAAACCAACUGCCAGCCUGUUCUUAGGUUCUUGAUGUGAAUAACUUGUGAAGCGGCUGAAUUCUUUCAGUUAAUCAUGUGUUGUUUGUAGUACUUUCUCUUGUCCCUGUUGAAUCUACCACUAAUUAAUUCCAUUGAGUGACUCUAUCCUAGUAUUAGGCAAGCGGAAGAAAAAGUCAUUGUCGUCCACAUUCUCCAUAUUCUUUGUAUUUUAACAAGCCUCUUAUCAUGUCUCUUCUUAAUCAUUUCUCUUCCGAAUUACAAAGCCCUGUACUGCACAUUCUGCAAAGUUAUCAUGUGCAGACAUGUUUCUAACGCUCUCCACAACACUUGAGUUUCCCUUAGAGGUUUCUCUCCCAUUUCACUCAUUUUCAGGCCAGUUCACAGUACAGUGAAGAUUGCUGUCCCUGUAUUCCUGCAAGCCCUUCACUUGUGUUCUAUGUUGUUCACUUAAUUUUUAAUACCAAACAUGAAUGCCCAUGGUAGACUGUCAGUUUCCAUUGUCUUUUUAUUAUUUUACAGCCACUACAUUAAAUAAACUUGUGUUUCAGAGCAAUCUUGAGGGGGAAUGUGCAUUGUCAUAUAUCCUUCAUGCUUUUGUUAUUCUGUUAAGGCAGGAGUAGCCAACACGGUGACCUCCAGAUAUUUUUGGACCACAGCUCCCAUCAUCCUUGAGCAAUGGUCAUCCUGAAUGAUGCUGAUGAGAAGUGUAAUUCAUAACAUUUGCAGGACAUCAUAUCACAUGGUUGUUGUUGUUGUUGUUUAGUCGUUUAGUCAUGUCCGACUCUUCGUGACCCCGGACCAGAGUACGCCAGGCAUUCCUGUCUUCCACUGCCUCCCGCAGUUUGGUCAGACUCAUGUUUGUGGCUUCGAGAACACUGUCCAACCAUCGCGUCCUCUGUCGUCCCCUUCUCCUUGUGCCCUCAAUCUUUCCCAACAUCAGGGUCUUUUCCAGGGAGUCUUCUCUUCUCAUGAGGUGGCCAAAGUUUUGGAGCCUCAGCUUCACGAUCUGUCCUUCCAGUGAGCACUCAGGGCUGAUUUCCUUAAGAAUGGAUGUGUUUGAUCUUCUUGCAGUCCAUGGGACUCUCAAGAGUCUCCUCCAGCACCAUAAUUCAAAAGCAUCAAUUCUUUGGUGAUCAGCCUUCUUUAUGGUCCAGCUCUCACUUCCAUACAUCACUACUGGUGAUGGUACAUCACCAUCUGGUUUCAUAUGGUACAUGGGUAAAAAAAAAAGGUAAAGGACCCCUGACAGUUAAGUCUAGUUGCGGACGACUCUGGGGUUGCGGCGCUCAUCUGCUUUACAGGCUGAGGGAGCCGGCGUUUGUCCACAGACAGUUUUUCCAGGUCAUGUGGCCAGCAUGACUUAAGCCGCUUCUGGUGCAAUGAACACCAAAACCAGAGCAGUGCAUGGAAAUGCCAUUUACCUUCCCGAUGAAGUGGUACCUAUUUAUCUACUUGCACUUUUUUGGGGUGUGCUUUCGAACUGCUAGGUUGGAAGGAACUGGGACCGAGCAAUGGGAGCUCACCCCGUCACGGGGAUUCAAACCGCCAACCUUCUGAUCAGACCACAGUGCCACCCGUGUCCCAGUACAUGGGUAGACAAGUCUAAAAAGCCCAGGGCACAAAUUUUCACAGCCCUCUAGCAGCUAUAGUGGCUCAUUUACAAGGAGUAAUGUGUUAAGUGUAAACUCGCAAUUCUGACCAAAGUUAAGCCUCAAUUCUGACCAAACUAAGCCCCCUAGAGCACAAUAAACAACAGGUGCUGGGGACCAAUGAGAGGGAUGUCACCCUCAUGCCCUGCUCAUGUGAUUCUCAGAAGCAUCUGGUUUGCCACAGCUGGAAAAAAAAAUACUUGACCAAGACAGUAGGAGAAGCCUUCCUUUCCUAUCAUGAGUUCUUAUUCAGAUGAGGCCAAGUAUCUGCAAUGACCCCACAAAGACUGCUCUAAAACACAGCUGCCAAUGCUGGCAGGACAAAAUCCUCAUUGAGAUUGAAAAUAUUGCUCUUGAUGUAAACAUAGCCCCAUAUUGCUAGCCAAGGGAGUAACUCAAUUGAAAUCGACCUUGAGUGUCUGCCAAGGCAAUGCACAAGUCAGUUCACUGGGGCUGUCCACAAAGGCCGAUGCUGACUAAUGAUUUAUUCCCUGCCCCGCCCCCCCCAAAAAAAAAACCACAAUGACUGAAAGAGUCUCCUCUCUGUCUGGCACAAAUUUGGCUUUCGCAAGACCACAUUUUGUACCUGUGAUGCAUUGGGUUCUUUAACAAUGAGAUCACAUAUUUCUUCAGAGCAUUAUCGUAUUGCAAGUGGGAAUGGUUCAGAUAAUGCUCUGCCUCCCUCAAUUUUUAACCUCUGCACAAUGCGGGUGGUAGUGGUGGUGAGAUUAACUCUACCGAGAGUAACUAUUGCACUUCUAAUGCCCUUGGACAUCCAUAGAUGAACAUAAUGUUUGAACAACAACAAUAUAUGCCAUGCAUCUGAUUGGGUUGCCCCUGCCACUCUGGGUGGCUUCCAACAAAUUAAACACAGUAAAACAUCAAACAUUAAAAACUUCCCUAUACAGGACUCCUUUCAGGUGCCUUCUAAAAGUCAGAUAGUUGUUUCUUUCCUUGACCGAGAAAGCUCUCUGCCUGGUUUCCUGUAGCUUCACAUCUUACAUUGAGAGAACCACCAGUAGACCCUCAGAGCUGGAUCUCAGUGUCUACACUGAAUGAUGCAGGUGGAGACUCUCCUCCAGGUAUUUAGGGCUUUAAAGUUCAACACCACCCCAUUGAAUUGUGCUUGGAAACAUACUGGGAGCCAAAGCAGCCAAAGCAGGUCUUUCAAGACCAGUGCUCUAUGGUCCUGGCAGCCACUCCCAGUCACUAGUCUAGCUGCUGCAUUUUGGAUUAGUUGUAGUCUCCAAGUCAAUUUCAAAAAUAGGCCCACAUAGGGUGCAUUGUCACUUAGACAGCAUUGCAAUCAAUGGGGUGCAAGUCAGGGGGUUACCCAACUGUUUGCAUUUAAUUCCAUGGCGAUUCAGGUGCAACUAACUCAGGCUGAAAUCGUAUAUACACUCACCUGGAAGGAAGUCCCACUGAACCUCACGGGAUAUGACUUUUGAAUGACUGGAAUGUAGCCCAAUGUACAGAGGUCUAAGUCACAUCUAUGUCAACACCCAUCUUAGUCUCUGGCAAUGUUCACCAAUUGGCAUGUGGCUCCCAGAAGGUUGCCCACAAGGAAAUGCAUCCAUUGGACUGAGAAAGGUUCCCAACUCUUGGUAUACCCAGACCUUCUGGUUCUGACACAGCCUGCAUUAAUCCUGACCUCAAGGUCCCCACAAUUUAAAAUAAUAUCUACAGAGUGGUGGAAAUGCCAGCUCCUAAGUAUUUGCAUUAAAAAGCAUUAAGCAAAAGAAAAAGGCAAAAGCCAGCAUAAAUGAAAACAGUGGAGCCAGCAUAAGAAGUGCAUAACUCAGUUAAAAUCAAAUACCAUUAAAUGUCUAGUCAAAGCAACGGUGACACAUUUUACCUGGCUCCUAAUAAAUAUCAAUAAAGCUGGGCCUUCUUGCUCUUAAUAGGAGCUGAAGUCACAUGACCUGGAAUGGCCAAGUGCAAAUUGAUCAGAACUCCUGCACCCUUGGAGAACUGAGCAGGGGAGCUGACUUGGGCCCCAGGUUACGGGUGCCCAGUGUAUAUGAUGUCAUAAUGUCACAUGCACGUCCCCCCAGGCCUCAGAACCUGACUUCCAGUGGCACCUCGGAGAUCUCGCGAGGCCUUGGACGUGACUUUCAGUGCUUCUCGAGGCACCAGAAGUUGAGUUGGGGGCCCUGUGGUGUGGGUGCUGGGCACUCACAACAUUUUUUGUGGCUUCUCAGGCACCCAGAGCCCCCUACAGUUAGCACCCUAGAACUGAGAAUUAGCUUAAUGGUAGAGCAUCAGCCUCGCAUGCAGAAGAUCCGAAGUUCAAUACCCAGAAUCUCCAGGAAGGACUGAGAAAAUCCCAUGUCUGAAGAGAGUCACUCCCAGUCCGCAUAAAUAAUACUGAGCUAGGUGAACCAAUGGGUCUCAUUCAGUAUAAGGCAGCUUUCUAUGUCCUCACCUUCAGUUGCUAUAGCCUGCCACCCCUUGUAUCAAGGGAUGUAACCAUCCCCGUUUCAAACUUCAAAAGAUGGGUGUGUUUCAGUUUGCACAUUCUUUCUGAAAGUGCAAAUUAGGAAGGUCUGCCUUUCAAAGAAUCUAAGAAGAGUCUAUUGCAGUGUUUUCCAAACUUGGGUCUCCAGCUGUUUUUGGACUACAGUUCCCAUCAUCCCUGACCACUGGUCCUGCUAGCUAGGGUUGAUGGGAAUUGUAGUCCAAAAAACAGCUGGAGACCCAAGCUGGGAAACACUGCUCUACUGCAUCAAGCCAAUGGCCCACCUAGUCAGCAUCCCGUUCUCACAGUGACCAGUCAUUAUGGUAAUAUGACCUGAAUCAAAUUAAUCCCCUAUUCAGAUCCUAGACCACAGAGAAAGCCGACCAUCCCAUACAACUAACUAACCAACCAACCAACCACCCAUCCCUAAAAGAACAGAAUUUCACAAAUAAAUAAAUAAAUAAAUAUGGUCAGCAGAUUGUGAUGGGCGCGUUAUCAAAACAGGUAAAGGUAAAGGGACCCCUGACCAUUAGGUCCAGUUGUGGCCGACUCUGGGGUUGCGGCGCUCAUCUCGCUUUAUCGGCCGAGAGAGCCGGCAUACAGCUUCCGGGUCAUGUGGCCAGCAUGACUAAGCUGCUUCUGGCGAACCAGAGCAGCACACGGAAAUGCCAUUUACCUUCCCACUGGAGUGGUACCUAUUUGUCUACUUGCACUUUGACGUGCUUUUGAACUGGUAGGUUGGCAGGAGCAGGGACCGAGCAACGGGAGCUCACCCCAUCAUGGGGAUUCGAACCGCCGACCUUCUGAUCGGCAAGUCCUAGGCUCAGUGGUUUAACCCACAGUGCCACCCACGUCUUCCAAAGUUACCACUUAAUUUCCUUUGUAUCCCCCACAGGCCAACAAAGCAAAAGAGAGCAGUUCACCCAGAUGGACGUGUCCCUUGUACUGUCUAUUCCAUUUCAGGCUUUCCACAGUGGCUUGUCUUUGUGGAUGGGUGUAUUUGUUUAAGUGAUUGGUGGCUAAAUUAAAUUCUGUUUGCAGGGCUAAGUUAUCCCUUUCAUCAGCUCGACCUACACAUGCUGUGCUGAUGAACUAGAUAAGGUUGCUGCUGUCUUCACUUCAUUUAUUAGAGAGAUAGCACCAACAGGGUGUAAGGGGGACAAGGAGAGAGAAAGAGGUCUACUUAUGUUUUCUUCCAAGUUGUUUAGCCUAUCUUACGCCGAAAGCUGUUGGGUCAACAAUCACAGGCCUUUCAAAAUGUGAAACAUUGCAAAAUCCACAUAGGGUUCUUUGUGCGGGGCUUUGGGGUGGGUAGCAGACAGGCAAAUUAAGCAUUUCAAAGCAAUUCCUUUGGAGAAUGAGACUGCCAUAGCUUUUACACCUUCAGUCUACAUGGAGGGCAUCAAGAUUAAGUUUACAGCAUGGUCAUCUGAAGAGGGGCUUGUCUCCCACAGCAGUGCAGUCAACCUUCAGCCAGCCUGCCCAAGAUGGAUCCAAGUCUUCCUUCUCCCUUCUUCCCACAAAACCCUGCUAAAAACUCUCUUUUUCUGUCAUCUCACACCCAGCUACCCUGACAACCUUCCAGAUCUCCAAUCUCUGCACCUUCCUUCACGUCCUAAAUAAUCAAAUCCUACCAUUUAUUAAUUUAUAAGGUUUAGCCCGCCACCCCAAAAUCUAUAACAAUAUUAUCUAGCAGACAUGGGAGGGUGCUUACCGGUUAUCAGGAUUAUAGCACAUAGGAUGCAAAGGCUUAAACCUUCCAUCCACAGGUGCAAUCUCUGUCAAAUCUGAUGCCCUCCAUUAGCAUUAGGAAGUUCUGGUCUUGACCUUCCAAUUCCUUGUGUUGUUGUUGUUCAGUUGCUUAGUCAUGUCCGACUCUUCGUGACCCCAUGGACCAGAGCAUGCCAGGCACCCCUGUCUUCCACUGCCUCCUGCAGUUUGGUCAAACUCAUGCUAGUAGCUUCGAGAACACUGUCCAACCAUCUCGUCCUCUGUCGUCCCCUUCUCCUUGUGCCCUCAAUCUUUCCCAACAUCAGGGUCUUUUCCAGGGAGUCUUCACUUCUCAUGAGGUGGCCAAAGUUUUGGAGCCUCAGCUUCAGGAUCUGUCCUUCCAGUGAGCACUCAGGGCUGAUUUCCUUCAGAAUGAAUAGGUUUGAUCUUCUUGCAGUCCAUGGAGCUCUCAAGAGUCUCCUCCAGCACCAUAAUUCAAAAGCAUCAAUUCUUCAGCGAUCAGCCUUCUUUAUGGUCCAGCUCUCACUUCCAUACAUCACUACUGGGAAAACCAUAGCUUUAACUAUACAGACCUUUGUUGGCAAGGUGAUGUCUCUGCUUUUUAAUUCCUUGUAUUAACCUCAUAUUCAAAGUGGCAAAGGUUACCAUCGGCUAAUAGCCAUAAUGGCUGUGCAGCAAUGCUUCUUAAUGCUUCUGCAUACCAAUUGCUGGAGACCACAGGAGGGGAGAGGGUUCUUGUGCUUGGAUCCCGGUUCUGAGUUUGUUUAUUUAUUUAUUUAUUUAUUUAUUUAUUGAGUUUAUAUACCACCCGAUAUCCAAUAUAGAAAAUAAAAAUAACCCAAUAACCACCCCCUCCCCACCCCAAAAAGAGGGACAUAUAUAAAAGGUAUAGGAUGUCCAUCAGGGCAAUCAAAGGCCUGGUUAAAAAGGAGCAUUUUUGCUUGGUGCCUAAAGGUGUAUAAUGAAGGCGCCAGGCGAACUUCCCUGGGAAGAGCAUUCCACAAACGGGGAGCCACUGCAGAGAAGGCCCCGUUCUUGUGUUGCCACCCUCCGGAUCUCUAGAGGAUGGGGCACACAAAUGAGGGCCUCAGAAGAGGAUCUCAAGGUCUGGGUAGGUUCAUAUGGAGAGAGGGAGUCCUUGAGGUAUAGAGGUCCUGAGCCGUUUAAGGCUUUAUAGGUCAAAACCAGCACUUUGAAUUGGCCCCGGAAACUAAUUGGUAGCCAGUGCAGUCAGACCAGGAUCAGUGUAUUAUGCUCAAACCGCCUUGCACCGGUGAGCAACCUGACCGCUGAAUUCUGCACCAGCUGAGGUUUCUGAACUGUCUUCCGAAGCAACCCUACGUAUAACGCUGGCAUCUGGUUGGCCACUGUGAGGGCAGGAUGCUGGACUAAGAUGAGCCAUUGGCCAAAUCCAGCAAGCUCUUCUUAUGUUAUUAGUUUGACUCAAACCUCUGAUUGUCAUCUUGAGAUGCUUCUCUUCAUGCCACCUCGGAGGCAGGUCCAGAGGGUGGCUGCAAGAGAACAGGCCCACUCUGCCCAAGACAGACAGUGAAAGCAUUUUUGGUUUUCCCAGGGAUUUAGGCAGCCCAAUGGUAUUGUAUUAUAUUGUUUAAAAAGGUAAAGGGACCCCUGACCAUUAGGUCCAGUCGUGACCGACUCUGGGGUUGCGGCGCUCAUUUAUUGGCCGAGGGAGCCGGCAUACAGCUUCCGGGUCAUGUGGCCAGCAUGACUAAGCUGCUUCUGGCAAACCAGAGCAGCGCAUGGAAACGCUGUUUACCUUCCCGCUGGAGUGGUACCUAUUUAUCUACUUGCACUUUGACAUGCUUUCGAACUGCUAGGUUGACAGGAGCAGGGACCGAGCAACGGGAGCUCACCCCAUCGCGGGGAUUCGAACCGCCAACCUUCUGAUCGGCAAAUCCUAGGCUCUGUGGUUUAACCCACAGCGCCACCCGCGUCCCCAAUUAUAUUGUUAUAUCUGUAUUAAAAGUAUCUUUAUUAUUGUGUUCUUUAGAGUCAUACCUCAGGUUACAGAUGCUUCGGGUUGCGCACAGCGCCGAACCUGGACGUACCGGAAUGGGUUACUUCCGGGUUUCGGUGCUUGCACAUGCACAGAUGAGUUAAAUUGUGCUUUGUGCCUGCACAGAAGCGCUAAAUUGUGACCCGCGUGUGCGCAGAUGUGGUGCUACAGGUUGUGAACGUGCUUCCUGCAUGGAUCACGUUCGCAACCUGAGCGUCCACUAUACUUGUAAAUCGCUUUGGGACUUUGUUUUACCAAUUUAAUAAAUUUAGAUCUAACGUAAAGCAUUCUGCAUUCUGCUGAACUGAUACAGAUAGACAGACACAAAAUUAUGCAUUGUAUAGAAUUUAACCAGGCAACACUAUCAAUUGAAUUUCAGCUAGGAUGAAGAGAAUCAAACACAGAUAACUCCAAGCCACACUUAAUUAUGCGCCUGUUAAAAAAUAUUAAUUGUUCAAUUAUAUAUGUAUGAAAAGGUUGAGGAUUACAGACUGGCAAUUAUGGUGGAUGGAUGGAUAGAUGGAUGGAUAUAAAGCUAUCUAUUGUUUAGUUUUUCAGCAAGUAAUAACGUCAACGAGCAAACACAAAUAUCACAAGCUGUUAAUUGCUUGGCACAGUUAGUUACUGUUGCUAGACCAGUUACACUUGCAUCCAUAGCUCCUAGAGUCUGCGGUUGCUGGCUUCUGUUGCUGACGUUCAGUCUUCCCCAGUGGAAGAGGAACAUUCUCUCUGCCUCUGCCUCCCUACCUCUCCAUUCUUGACUCUGCUUCUCCAUUGCAUCCACUCACCUUUCUGCUUAGCUGCUUGCCUCCAUGCCUUGUCCUUGACCAUUGUUCCUCUCUCCUCGGACUGCUGUCCCCAGCUAAAUCCCACCCCUGCCCUCACAUAAUGGAACAUUUCUCCCCUGUUGUAGGAAAAGGCUUUUACAUCAGGACAGAGAAAAACACAGCAGGGACCUCAGAAAAGGUAAGGCAAAAGAAAAGUUUAUCCCCCUUGACUCUCCUCCCUUGAAAAAGUUGCAGCAAUUUUGUUUGGCUCGAUCAGAAUACAGUGGUACCUCAGGUUACAUAUGCUUCAGGUUGCAUACGCUUCAGGUUACAGACUCCGCUAACCCAGAAAUAGUACCUCGGGUUAAGAACUUUGCUUCAGGAUGAGAACAGAAAUCGUGCUCUGGUGGCGUGGCAGCAGCAGGAGGCUUCAUUAGCUAAAGUGGUGCUUCAGUUUAAGAACGGACCUCCGGAACGAAUUAAGUACUUAACCCGAGGUAGCACUGUAAUUACUUUGCAGUGCCUCUGUGUUAAUGAAGCUUGCGGUUGUGGCUAUUUUCCUCAUCUGUCAAGGAAACAGUGGUGCUCUGGUUAAGAGUGUUGGACUAGGACCUGGGAGAUCAGGGUUCAAAUCCUCGUGAAGGGUGACCUGGGGCCAACCUCUCAGCCUAACCUACCUCACAGGGUUGUUGUGAGUAAAAGGUAUUGGGGGAAGGAACCAUGCCCGCCACCUAGAACUCCUUGGAGGAAAGGUGGAAUAUAAACGAAAUAAUAAUAACCACAACAAAUGUUGAUGAUACCUCAUGAUUACACCUUUUUAACCGAGAGAGUCUAUACAAGCUAGAAUCCAGUAUAUAACUUAAAGCAUGGGUAGGCAAACUAAGGCCCGGGGGCUGGAUCUGGCCCAAUCGCCUUCUAAAUCCAGCCCAUGGAUGGUCCAGCCCGUGGAUGGCGUGUUUUUACAUGAGUAGAAUGUGUCCUUUUAUUUAAAAUGCAUCUCUGGGUUAUUUGUGGGGCAUAGGAAUUCGUUCAUUUUUAUUUAUUUUUCAAAAUAUAGUCCGGCCCCCCACAAGGUCUGAGGGACAGUGGACCGGCCCCCUGCUUUGCUGACUCCUGAUUAAAGGCUAAUGACCAAGGCUUCCAAUAGGCUCUUCAGAGCCCAGCUCAUUGCAUGUUUACCGAUCCCUCUGCCCUACUCACAAAUGAGGAUAUACAUUUGCAUAAAUUUGUGUAAUAUGCAAAUUUCCAACCUCUUUUUGCAGCGCUGGGGUGAGAAGAGAAUCUGCAGCAGAAAUUAACUAUUCCCAGCUCUUGGAGAAUCAAAGGAAACCUCUACUCAUCCUUCCAGAGGAGCAAUUAUUAUAUAAUUGCUAAAUGGUACCAUAAUUUAGCAGCUAGGGAGAACUGUGGUCUCUGGAGACACUGUUCCAACAACGUUUUCUGUUGGCAUUACAUCCAGAUCACAUGUUUCAUUCAAACAGGUUUCUCCUUUGCAGUAUCUCUAUCUCUCUGUCUUGUUUUCAGUUUAUGCUAUUUUUGAAAGAGAUAAAUUGUGAUGGUGUUUUUUCAAUCCGAUGUCUGAACAAUGAUGCCAUGCUGGCUUGUAUUAUGCAUAUUCAUUCUUUACCAUUCCCUGAGGAAGAAUUAAAAAUACUAUGCAUAUAUCCCCACUUUGGGAGAAACUACAUCCCUCAUGCGGAAAGACCAGAAACUAUGCCCCCCCCCCCUUGCCAGUUGGUCUUCGACACCUGCACAUCUUUUAAAGAUUAUGUUCUGCUUAUAGAUAUAAAGAUGUGCUAUGAGGAUAGGUAGAUGGAGCUAUGAGGAUAGGUAGAUGGAUGACUAUUAUAUGUGUGAAAAUGAAAGAUACGUUAGCUGCAUUUGAACAGAGACAUUAGCUGCAUUUGAACAGUUUCCCACUUUUCCUGAUGUUUGCUUAUUGGAUAAAUCUGGCAUUUUAUGUAUAUUUCAUAUGAUGUAAAGGCCACUUCUAGAAACCUAGCAGAAUCUAGUGGAAGUUUAGUGCUCAUUUCUGUGUUUUUUUGCUUCAAGAAAAAAUCCAUUCACUACUCCAUUAACCCAGAAAGUCAUUGGAUGCAGUAUGCUGGCAUACAGAGCCCUUGUGGUGUAGUGGUUAGAGUGCUGGACUAGACCCUGGGAGACCCAGGGUUCAAUGCAUAGCUGUCAACUUUUCCCUUUUCUUGCGAGGAAUCCUAUUUGGACUAAGGGAAUUUCCCUUUAAAAAGGGAAAUGUUGACAGCUAUGGUUCAAUGCCCCACUCAGCCAUGAAGCUCAGUGUGUGAUUUUGGUUCCUGAGCAUAUUCAAUCUGCAAUGGGCUGCUUUUUAAAAAAUAAAUAAAUUAAAAGUUGUUUCUUUGCACUCUCACUCAUUGCAAAAAUGAUUUUGUGUGGUCAGGCGGCGACAGCCCCAGCCCCCAGGGAUCAUAAGGAAGGAAUAAAGACUCUGACAACGUUAUAUGGAAUUAAAAUUAGGCCACAACUUUAUUAAAUUUACGAAUGUAGGAAGACCUUGGCUUAGGCCUUGGGCGCGUAUCCCUCCCAGCCCCCCAGCUGGGGGGAACUGGGGCACAUCAAGGUAAUUGGGAUAUGGGGAUGCUCUGCGAGACGUAAGUGUAGCAGGCAGCCAAGCCUAUAUCCCCACAUGCAGGGUAGUUCACUGAUGACCUUUCAGUGAAUGGCCAGUGACACCCAUAUAUAUAACCCCUUUAAGAGGGGGACCCUGGAAUUGCUGCCGCAGGGGGGUGAGUCACCACUUCUCUCUCUCUCUCUCUCUCUCUCUCUCUCUCUCACACACACACACACACACACACACACACAGACAGACACAGGAAAGAAAUGACUAAAGGAUUCCACCCAAGGCCAUAACCAUCAAAGUUGUGACGAAUUGCUACGGGGAAGAUAAAACUUGUCAAGGCAGGAAAAAUUCUUCACGGUCCUUCAACAGCAACCAGCCAAAGACCGCAGCAGCACCCGCAAAACAGGAAGAAAAAGUUAACUUGCAAGCAAGAAACAUUAAACAAAGGGAGGGUGAAUCUCCAGAGCCAACUGCCUGGCUAUUGUCAGCUCCACCCCCUAUAUAUAAAUGGGGCUGGCCGCACCUCCCAGCAUUACUAAGGCUGGGCACAAACCUCCAAAAAUUAACACUGAGAGGGAAGCCAGCCCCUGUUUGCCAGAAAGCUCCCUGAGAACUGUAGCACCACACACGAUCCUGCAAACGGCACCCACAAUGUAAAGUGUGAGUGCUCAUUUUUGUACUUCUGCAAACCUCAGGGCCUUUUCAUUUUAUCAAUACCCCCCCCAUGCCACUUUCAUUUCUCAAUAGUGCCCUGAUAGGACCCUGAAAUAUACUCGGAGUCGAGAGUGGAUUUCAUGCUCUUUAUUCAGCUCAUAGUGGUGAGGCGGAAUGGAAGUUCCCCCAGAAUGUCUGCUUUAUAUACAUUAUUUACACAAUGGGCCCCAUGUGAUUGGCUAAUUACGGGAUUCACCUGUAGGCCAAUCAGGUUGCGGAUUCACUUCCACCUGGAGCUGGAUUGGGUGGCUCCUGUGGACCAAUCAGACUGCUGCAUUCUGGACGCUACUGUUCUAGGACCAAACAGAUGGCUGCAUUCUGGACCCUAUUCUUCUAGGACCAAUCAGACUGCUGCAUUCUGAAUCUAUUGUUCUAGGACCAAUCAGACUGCUGCCUUUUGGAUCCUAUUCAACUCAGUACAUAACAGACCCCAACCUGUUGAACUGCAGUCAUUGUUCCUUACUAUGCGAUGGGUAUGUAGAAGCAGGGUGGUGGGAAAUUAGGGAUGCAAAUUGCCUUGCUUCGACUGCAAACUUCCUUGGGUGGGAAGAACAAUAUAAUUAUACAGCGCCAACUGGUACUUUUGCAUUGUCAACUCUAAAAGCAGUUAAAAACCACCAGGGAAAACAAACCCUUAAACAAACAGCCCCAUCUGUCUGCUUAGCCAAUUUAUAUGUAUAUUUCCUACUGCUUGGCAAAUAAAUAAUAAUUUAGAAAAGGCAUCAGAGCAUGUUUCCCUGCAGGACUAUAAGUCAGAAGGCUAAAGAAUGCUUUUAAGUGCCCACUGUAGUUACAUAAAAGAAUCAGCAAUACAAAACACACAAACACCUCCCCCAACUAGGCUGCUGGUUCAGACCAAAGGCCUGUCUUGUGCAGCCUAUGAUCCAACCCACAGCAGCCAAACAAUUCACUCUGUAAAGCUCAGAAGAUGAGUGAUUCCAUCAGUUUCAGCUUGUCUCGUUUUCUCAUUUCCACUCCACUCCCCGCCCCCAGACUUAAGCUCAUCUUUAAAAAAGAUUCUCACAAGUAUGCACAUGUUUUGAAAUAAAUUUUCCCUAAUAUAAUGCAUUUUUAUACGUUAUUUUUAGUAACGUGCAUUUUUUUUGUACAUGGCUGGCGAACUGCACUGCAAAAUUAGGAGGAAUGCAAACUUCUUUUUUAAAUGUAUUUUUUUUAUUAAAGAUUCCCCGGUUUACAAAAGUAUGUGCAAUGUCUCUUUUUUCAAGUCACAUUUUCUACAGGUCAGUUUCAUUUGUUGAGACAUUAGUGUUACAUUAGGAAGAGGGAGAGGGGGGAAUGGUGAGUGGGGGUAGGGUUGGGUGGCAAAGUUGCUGUUUUACUUAUUGUAUGUGUGGGGUUUUGUGUCAGCGUUGCUUGUGCAGGUUCUCGUUGCUAUUCACUUGUGUUCCUUUGGUGGUGAGAGAAGUUGGGGUUGGUCUGGGGGGUGGAUGCUUGUUUGUGAUUGGCUGUGGUGAACUUUGUUUUCAUGUGUGAGUGGGGUGGGUGUUUGUGAAUCAGGAUAGCCAUAUUGAUUUGAAUGUUGUUGGUGGAUUUUUGUCGUUGUUUUGUUGGGCUGUGUAUGUGAUAAAGGGGAGCGAUACCAGGCUGAAGGCAUCAAGAAAUGGCAUCUUCAAAGUAUGGCCAUGCUUAGGUUCGUGUUUUAGAGAGUGCAGUUUAGGAAAGCUCACUUUUAAAUGCAAACGGAACUUUCUUUCACAUCCAUAUUUCCAAGUGACCAGUUUUUAGGAGGACACUAACUCUGUCUCUGGGAUGCGGGUGGUGCUGUGGGUUAAACCACAGAGCCUCUUGGGCUUGCCAAUCAGAAGGUUGGUGGUUCGAAUCCCCACAACGGGGUGAGCUCCUGUUGUUCAGUCCCUGCUCCUGCCAACCUAGCAAUUUGAAAGCAUGUCAAAGUGCAAGUAGAUAAAUAGGUACUGCUCCAGCAGGAAAGUAAACGGUGUAUCCGUGCGCUGCUCUGGUUCUCCAGAAGCAGCUUAGUCAUGCUGGCCACAUGACCCGGAAGCUGUACGCCGGCUCCCUCAGCCAACAAAGUGAGAUGAGUGCCGCAACCCCAGAGUUGGUCAUGACUGGACCUAAUGGUCAGGGGUCCCUUUACCUUUUAAUAAGCUGCCUUGUACCAAGUCAAACCAUUGGUCCUCAAUACUGUCAAUAUUGUCAGCCAGUGGAUCUCCAAGAUUUCAGGCUCUCCUGGCCUUCCCCAGAGACACAUGGGAUCAAACCUGGGAGCUUUUACAAAAAAAGUAUGUGCUCUAACCACUAAGCCACAACUCUGCCCCGAGGGGCAAUUUCCAAAUAAAUAAGUCCAACAAAUUCAGGUUGUCUUGUGAGUCCCACUCCAUUGCAUUUAAUGAGAAAUACUCAAAACUGCCUUUUACUGAAUUGUGCUCUUGCUGUGGGACUUUGGGCACAUACGCAACUAUGUACAGUAUAUAAAGGGCCAACAUACCAAAAUAUUGGAAAAUCCCGAAAUUAAAAAAGAUAAAGACUGCAGUAGUAACUCAGGUAUUGCAUUUGUUGCUUAUAUAAGCCAGAGAAAACAAAUACAUUACUUUCCCAAAUCAUAGUUAAAGCAGCUCACAAGAACAGGAAACAAAUCAUAAAUAUAUGCGUACACCAGAAACAAUCCUAAAUUUACUGAAUACACGAUAUAGCAGAUAUGAGGUAUUAGCAUGCUAACAGACAUUGCAAUAUUAUAAUGUAUGAAAAGCAUUCCUUGCAUAAAUGACCAGUUACACAAAAAUAUCUACAUUUAGUUAAUGAACCUUUCACAAACUAAGUCAAAUUACUAAGAUUAGCAGCAACAGCAGCAGAAAAUAUAUCAGUAUCGAAAUGUUACUAUUUAAAGUAAUUUAAGGGUUUUGUUUGUUUUGUUUUGUUUUGUUUUUUUUAGGGACGCGGGUGGUGCUCUGUCUCUGCAGGUAGAAUGCAGCCAUCAUAAGCAGCAGUUAUUCCACCAAUCCCUUUCUGGAUUUAUCUCUGCAAAAUUAAAUCUGAUUUCACUGAAUCCUUGCUUUCCUGUCUAAACCAUUUGUAGUUUCAUCUACAAGCAGCACUGUGAUAUUCCAUGCUAAUUCAAAAUCUUCCUCAUUUUCAAAAUUUCAGCAGAAAGCCUGUGUUGAAAAAAAGAAAUGGUUUCAUUGUAGCCUAAUCAUCCCAGUUAUUUUUCCUGUGUAGGUAUUAGACUCCAAUGUGCUUUUUGAAUGGCACAUUUUUUUAAAGUACAUUUCUAUAGGCAAAGAUUUGCGGAAUGGGACAGAAUUUACCCAGCUGAAUCCUUGGGAAAGCUAUCUUAUUUUCUGGGACCAGCUCAGCAACAACUGUCUAUACCAAACUUCUUUUUUUCCACUAUGGUCAUCACAAUGUUCUAUGAAAUCCAGCCAAAGUACUUUCCUGCUGAGAUAAAUGGUUAGAAAAGUAAUAAAGGAGUAAAGCUUUUGCACUUUGUGAAUAAUAAUAUCCCACAAUUAUGGGCUUUUUGGCAGAUCUUCAGGUUCAUAUUUGGCCUCUUGAGACCUAUAGUUCUUCCACUCUUAUCCCCUUAAUUAGUUUCCAGAAUCAGGAGAACCUGUGGACACUCCAUCAUAGGAGAAUAUAAGAAACUGUCUGCCAUGACACCAAAUCAAAUUAAGAGGGUUUUUGUUUUGUCCAAACAGCUCGUGCCUACUGUAACUGACAGCAGCUAAUCAGUCUCACGCAGAAACAUUUCCCAGCUUAUUUCAUUAUUUUUAAUUGAAAAGCUCAGGUGCCAAAACCAGACGCUUCAUACUGACAAAACACUGGUUGUCCACUGAGCCAUGACUGUUUCAAACUAGGAGGGAAAACAAACAAUUCAAGAGAUACGCUACAGAGUUUUCUUAGGUGGCCGACCAGUUUUCACAUGCAUUUGCAUUGUCAUUACUGGAAGACUGUCUACAGCAAUGAAUUGCACGUGAUAACUGUCAUGGACUGGCUAGAGGCAGAGGAGUGGUAGAUGGCACCAACUGGGAAACCCCCGCAAGGAAUGAAGGCUCAGAACCCGGAGACUGGUGGUAGGGUGACAAUCAGUGGUUAGUGGGAGAAGUGGGAGAAGGUUGGGAGGAGGAGAUGUUGGAAGCCCAGAUGUUGGAGGCCCAGAACAUUGUCAGGAGCUCAGCCUACACUUGAGUAGGUCCCUGGCAGAGACACAUGCCCGACUGGCAUGUUCUCUCCCUCCUGGUAAUUCGUUUGAGAGCUUCAAAAGCUUUCUUCUGCCUGAACAUCACAGCGACCGAUGCCAACAGACACUGGCACACUUAGGGAUCUGCAGAGUUUGUGCAACUUGCGUGAAAGACCUCAGCAACUCAGCAUUUUGGCUAAUCUACUUUAUUUACAUAUAAACACACACGGAGCAUUGCAACAUGGUUCCCUCUCUCUCUAGCAUCAGACAGCAAAGAGAAAAAAGGACAAAGGACAAUAGUCCCACUUCAUGGAACACAGUAAUACAAACAUCCUAUUUCCAUCACUUCCCACUCUGUGGAGUCAAAACAUAUACCGUCAUGUGAAAGACAACAAUUCCAUGACUGCAAUCAUGGAGCAGGAAUUCUAACAGUUUUCACAUGCAUUUGUGUUGUCAUUACUGGAAGACUGUCUACAGCAAUUAAUUGCAUGUGAUAACUGUUAAGGACUGGCUAGAGGCAGAGGAGUGGUGGAUGGCACCAACUGGGAACCCCCCCCCCCAAGGAAUGAAGGCCCAGAACCCAGAGAUUGGUGGUAGGGUGACAAUCCAUGGUUAGAGAGAGAAGUGGGAGAAGAUUGGGAGGAGGAGAUGUUGGUAACAGGUUUUGGUGAGCAGGGGGAGUCUGUGACAGAGAGAAGUUCAGAACCAGAAGUGGAAGCUGAAGAAGGAGAGGAUGAAGGCCAAGAGGCACAGAUGAGUCAGGUUGGUGAAGAAGCCAGAAUUUCUCCCACCCCUACUGUGACUAGCUCCUUCCCCCACUCCUCCAGUCUCCCAGAACCAGAAAAAAAGAGGAAGGAACAGAGACAGGCUUGCCAGCAGAUUCUCAUAUUGUUUGGGAAGGACCCAGGUGAGGAGGAAGCUUAGGCAGCUGUGGGAAGAUGGGGACUGAUUCAGAAAUGUAGAUAAUGGAUCUUAAGAUUGGAGAAAGGAGAAACCCAAAUUGACAGAUCUAUCCAUCCUUAGGCAACAUAUCUGGAACAUUUGUAUUGGACUGCAAUGUGUUUGAGUGGAGUUGGUUCACACAUUCAGCUGCCAAUCAAGGGAACAAUAAUAAAGUGUAGAUAAAGUGAGUGACGUGCAUGCAUGCAUUAAAUGACCCAGAGUCUGCAUCCUCUAAAAUUUGGAAGUACAACACCAGUGCUAUGUGAAGAAGACUCAAGGGCUGCUAUUACUGAUACCACUUCUGAUGCCAUGAAGGUGAAAAUAGCACAGCAGUAGUCUUGCCUGUGGCACUGCAUGGUUAGUUGCAAAGAUAAAUGUUAAAAUGGGCCUCCGAUUUUGCAUGACCAUAGAUUUAAGUGAUGUGUUUUGCUCAUAACAAAAUAGAGGCAUUUCCAUAAUACAAAAAAGUGGAUGUGCUUUUUUUAAAGUCUUGAAGGCCAUAGCUCAGUGGUAGAGUAUCUGCUUUGCAUGGAGAAGGUCUCAGAUUCAAUCCCAAGUAUCUACAGGUAGGCCAGGGACAGUCCUUUGUCUGAAACCCUAGAGAGUCACUCCCAGUCAGUUCAAACAAUACUGAGCUGGUUAACUGGUCUGAUUCAGUAUAUCUGAAGCCUUUUUAUAUGUUCAGUCGAAUACAGAAGGUCUCAGAUUCAGUCCCCAGAAUCUCCAGGCACAGCUGAGAGAGACCCUUGUCUGAAACCCUGGAGAGCUGCAGCCACUGAAUGUAGACAACACUGAGAUAGAUGGACCGAUGGUCUGAUUCAGUGUAUUGGAAGCUGCCAUUCCUGUGCAUCGGUAUUUUUGCAUGGCUUAUUAAGGCGGCCCAUGCUGGCAGAAGCAGAAACGUCAUGGGGAGAAAACAGUGGGGAGGUCAUGUCUAAUGACAAAGGGGUGAGCUCAGGGUUUGCUGGCCUGAUUGAACGUGUGAGGCUGAAGCAGUGGGAAAUCAGCAGCAAGCUGUCCUGACUGCUUUUCUUUUCUUUUAAGGUAACCACCGGGGAAGGAUUUAUUUUGACCGUGGUGCCAGAUGAGAUUUAGAUGUAGGGUCCUACUUGAUUAACAAUGUGUGCAUAUGCUCUGGGGCUGAGCUAUGACCUCCCCCCACCCAGCACUCAAAUACUGGAUGUCAGGGAACUGCCAUCGGCUCAGAGGCGAGAUAGAGGGGCAGGUGUGUUACAGGGAGCCUCCGAAAAUCUUGUAAAGCAGUUCCUCUUCCGGCAAGGAGGGAAGCCCCACCUCCAGUGGAGAAGAGGUGCAAGGACCAGAGGAUGCUAGUAAGAGCCUUAACACCACACCUGAGCAAGCCGGAGAGGAGGGAGGCACGCCCUUGCCGUUGUCCAUCAUGCGCAGUAGUUUGAGGCGGAAAAGGCUGGGGGUGACGAAACUUUUCUGUUGGGGGAGGUACAAAAGCAGACCACUCCCGGGUUCUGCUAGCGAUUGAGCCAGACAUGAACAUGUGACGCUCUUCACUUUAAAAAGUUUGCACCAAAAUAAAGCCUGUAAAAGACAGGUUGGAAUCCUGCCUGGUUACUCUCGAGCAACCGCAACAGCAUCUGAUACCACCCACUCACCUGGGCCCCAUAGCUCUUUAAGUGCUUUUAGUUAAACAAUAAGGUUGAGUUACUAAUUCUUCACUUCUUAUGAUUACCAGCUCCAUGUCUCCACCUACUUCACCACGUCUCUGUUGCCACUACCAUAGCCCUCCUGUCUGGGGCUGAAUGUCUGCAACAGGAAGCCUGCUGUACUCAUCCUUCCUGCACAAUUUAUAGCAGGGAUGUGGAACAUCUGCCCCUCCAGAUGUUGAUCGCCACAACUCCCAUCAUCCCUGAGCAUUGGCCAUGCUGGCUGACAAUACCUUGGUCAGGCCACACCUAGAAUACUGUGGCCAGCUUUGGGCAUCACGAUUUAGGAAACAUAUUGACAAGCCGGAGUAUGUUGCAGAGGAGGGCAACCAAGAUGAUGUAAGGCCUGGAAACCAAGCCUUAUGAGGAAUGGUUGAAGGAUUUAGGUAUGUUUAGUGUGGAGAAGAGAAGACUGAGAGGUGUUAUGACAGGAAUCUUCAAAUAUGCAAUGGGCUGUCACACGGAAGAUGGAACAAACUUGUUUUCUGCUGUUCCAGAGGACAGGACUUGAACCAAUGGAUUCAACAAGAAAGGAGAUUCUAACGAAACACUAGGAAGACCUGCAUGACAGUAAGAGGUGUUUGAGAAUGGAAUAGACUCAUUCCAAAGGUGGUAGGCGCUCCUUCACUGGAUGCUUUUAAGCAGAGGUUGGAUGGUCAUCUGCCAGAGCUGCUCUAGUUGUGAUUGUUCAUUGCAGGGGGCUGGACCAGAAGGCCUUAAGGCUCUUUCCAACUCUACAAUGCUAUGAUUCUAUGAUGGGAGUUGGACUCCGAAGAUUUGAAGACAAACUUUUCUUCAGUUAAAAGCAGCCCCGAGGUGGUGUUUAGGUCCCAUGGUAGCAUGAGAAACAUUCUGAGCUCUUCAAUCUGUGCCAUGCCUAGACUUAGAUCUCCUGCAUCAUCCAACUGCUGUUAGCUGGAACUGAAGGUGAUGGGGGAAGAAAAAGCACUGUAUAGGUUACUGAUGUUCUCUCCUCAUGUGUCCUCUCCUCCUCCUCCUAUUUCUUACACCCCUUUUCCUCCAAGGAGCUCAAGGUUCUCCUCCCACUUUAACCUUACAACAACCCUGUGAUGUGGUUAGGGUGAGAGCCAAGAGCUUCAUGGCUGAGUAGGGAUCUGAACCAUGGUUUCCCAGGUCCUAGCCCAAAACCUUACCCCAUACUGGCUCUUCUCUUCACCAUGGCUUUCUGUUGGUUUUUGGCCUCAGCUGAGCAUGACCCAUAUAAAAUACUCUGGAGAAUGAUCUCUGCUCUUGUCCUGGGCGUUCUUCUCUAGGGACAAGAGUGAGCUAUAACUUGGGUUUGUUCCUUCAAGACCUGAGGCUCUUUCUGUUCCAAACUGUAAUGUUCUUGCUGCUGCCACAUUUUUUUACCCCUUUUGUUUCAUGUCCAGCAUCUUGCUGAGAUAUAAGAUCCUAACAGCAGCUCAGACACUGGCCAAUAACAGCUACAUGUCAUCAAGUUGCGGAUGAGUGUUUGUCAAAAUGAAGAAUAUGCCUUCUCAUUACCUUGCAGCUUGUGCUACAAGCCAGUCUUGGGUCCUGCCUGUGAAAGAACCAGGAGUUCUAGCAGCUGUUGCACUGUGUAGUGCUGCUGAGUUCCAUCGCCAUAGCAACAGCAUCAGUACCAUCUGCGGCAUCCUCCUCCCCCUCUCCACUCAUACUCCUCCUCCUCCGUAACAUCAUCAGUACCAGGAACAGCAGCAGCAGCCUGGGCAGAAGCCAGUGCCUGGUAGCACACUGACUGCAAUUUCAACCAGCUGGCUUGGGAGACCUGCUCAGGCACCAGGACCAGUGAUGAGCUGCAGCAACCGCUACUCUGUCAUUUUCUGGAAGAUGGACAGAUAGAAAAGAAGGGAGGGAAAGAGAGUUGAGGACAGUGCACUGCAGAGGAGCCGGAGAAGACCUAGGUAAGGGACAUUUCCCCCCAACUCCCUGUUUCUGCCAACUCUCUGCCCUUGAUUGUCUCAAUUGCAUUUCCAUGUCUUUUCUGAUUUACUAACCAUUUUGAACGUAUCCAAAUUAUCCCUUUCCCCACCCCCCACAAACCAAUGCCUGCUUUAAAAAAGAGAUUCCCCUCCUCCUCUUCUUACCGUCAUCACUUUAAUCUUAAAAACAACAAAUAUAUUCAGAGGGGGGGAGGGGGAGAGAAAGACUGGAUUUGAUUGUUGUUGAUGGGGGAACAUAAUUAAGAGACGCAAUGUGUUGGAUCCAAAGGGAAAAAAAGGUUCUUGCUGAGUGCUUCAGAAUAAAAAGUGGACAGCAGCUUGGAGAAGGGGCUGGCAUAGCAAUCAUUCAUUCUUUUUCAGAAAAAAAGAAAGAAAACCCAUACAGGUCUGUGUCCAAUCUGUUUAUUAAAUUGCUCUAAAAAAUAUUCUGCUGAGAUUUUUUAAGACAGAGAGGUGUGUGUGUGUGAUUAGUAAAGUCUUUCUCAAAAGCUUGAAUUAUAUAGUGGAAAAAGUAAUGUGUGUGUGAGAGAGUGUGUGUGUGUGUGUGUGUGUGUGUGCGUGUGUGUAAUUAGGGAUGAUGAGUUCAUAAGCUCCCUGUUAUUUACAGCUUGGGUUUGUACUGUUUGAUAUGAAACACAUUCUGUACACUGGGUCGGAAUAUUGGAUACUCUUGGCACAACAGGCAGAUUAAGAGCAUUUUCCCAGUAUCUGAUGUCAAGGUAUUUUCCAGCCUUCGUACCUGGGGUUCUUUGACAAGAGAUAACAAGGACCGAACUUGCGAUGUUCUGCAUGCAAAGCAUGCACUCUGCCACUGAGCACUGGGCAUACCGAGUCUGAUGUGAUGGGCGGAGAGUCCUGCACGGAGCAAUGUUUUUGGCUAAGGCACUGAGUCUUCUUCUUAGAUACUUCUUAGGGACCUUUUGACUCCUUCUUUGAACCCUAUAAUUAUAAGGUUGUAGUCCUGUACGCAUUGACCUGGAAGUGAGUCCCACUCAACACUGUGGGACUUAUUUCUGAGUAGACGUGCAUAGGAUCGUGUUCCAGAUAUACCGUGUCUUGCUAUGUGAUGUUGUUAUCCGGUGCAAAUGGCAGUAACUCCCCUGUAAGCAAACAUUAGAUUGCCUCAAUGUUGUGAAUGUCCUUAAGCCAUCCAUAUGAGAUUGUGUCAUAUCAAUAAAUUUACUGUGUGCAUCUUUUCCCACCUUGAAACUGUUUAGUGCCUCUGUUGCUAUGACUCACCAACCAGUUGAGCUACAGUUCCUGUGUUUCCUUUGAUUUGCUUCCUGGGUUGAAUUCAGUUUCUUUGCAUGACUGAGAAUGUUAUUCAGUUAGAGCAAUCAUUCCAACAGCAGUUUUCAUUUGACAGUGUGCUUGAUCAUUUGUGUUUCGCCUGUCUUGAACAAACCUCUGAGUUAAGUCACCAUGAAUCCUCAUUUGCACAUGGGGAAGCAAGGCUAAGUAACUGUGAUUUACUCAAGGCCAUUGAAGAAAUUUGGAUUGGAUUCCUAUAUCCAGAGACGCAUACUAAAGACCACAAUGCAGAUUUUUUGAUUUGAUUUGAUUGCCCCUUCAACUCGCCAUCAGUUGCUUUUAACAGUUGUUGUUAAUUUCACUGGUAAUUCUAUUGCUUUAUUCAUUUUGUAAACUGCUUGAAGGUUGUUGCAGUGCUUUUUAUAACCAAGCAAUAUAUACAGUAAUCUGUAUGAAAUAAAAUCAAUAAUAAUAUUUAACCAAAAUCAAGUUCUGAGGCAAAAUUGAUAGAGCAAACCAUCACUCAGCAUCUGAAGGCAAAACGAAUUCUAGCAAGAUUAAGAAAAAGGAAAACACUCAAACAAUGAAGUUUUGUACAUUUCUUGAUUCCUUCCUCUCCUCUCCAGAAACCUGAAUUUGAAGUAAAUUCUAAUGGGUCUGCUCAGGCCUAAUAACUAUUGGAAUCUGGAGAAGAGCUAGAGAACAGAGAGAUGUGUGUAUUUUUGAGCAAAACACUGCAAUGUUCUACGGAGCGUCCCAGGUGAAAGAUGGGGUUGCCUGGUUGUUAUACCUUAGCACUGGUGGACAUAUUUAGUGUAGGUUUUGCAAUGGAUGCGGGUGGCGCUGUGCUCUAAACCAUUGAGCCUCUUGGGCUUGCUGAUCAGAAGGUCAGCGGUUCGAAUCCGCACAACGGGGUGAGCUCCUGUUGCUCUGUCCCAGCUCCUGCCUACCUAGCAGUUUGAAAGCACACCAGUGCAAGUAGAUAAAUAGGUACCGCUGUGGCAGGAAGGUAAAGGAAGGUGUUUCCAUGCGCUCUGGUUUCCUUCGUGGUGUUCUGUUGUGCCAGAAGCGGUUUAGUCAUGCUGGCCACAUGAUCCAGAAAGCUGUCUGUGGACAAACGGCAGCUCCCUUGACCUGAAAGUGAGAUGUGUGCCGCAACCUCAUAGUCACCUUUGACUGGACUUAACUGUCCAGGGGGAGUCCUUUACCGUUUUUUUCCUUGAGUGCACUGAAAAUGUGAACAUGGCAUCUGUUUCUCUUAUGUUAGAAAUGAAUGCACCUGCAUUUUCUGCUCCCUUGUUGUAGGGAGAUAUAGGAGCACAGGAAGCUGUCUUGCACUGAGUGAGACUAUUGGUCCAUCUACCCCAGUAUUGUCUACACUGACUGGCAUGAGCUUUCAAGGAUUUCAGACCAGGAUCUAUCCCAGCCUUACCUAGAGAUGCUGGGAUUGAACCUGGGACCUUCUGCAUGCAAAGCAAAUGCUCCAGCACUGAGCUAUGGCUCUUCGCCAAUGCCUUGAGAGGUAGCAUGACCAGAGAUACCUGCUGAAAUUCCCUCUUUACAAUUAUUAGAGGUGCAGAGGUCCAGUCCCCUUUUUUUCAAUCCUCACUUACAUCUGGCCAUUGUAGAUUGUCUUUGAAUUUAUUUUAAAAUUUAUUGUUAAAAAACCCCUCAAAUCGCUUUAAAUAGUAACAUUUCGAAUGAUAUAUUUUCUGCUGCUGUUGCUGCUGUCUUAGUAAUUUGACUUAGUUUGUGAAAGGUUCAUUAACUAAAAGUAGAUAUUUUUGUGUAAGUGGUCAUUUAUGCAAGGAAUGCUUUUCAUACAUUAUAAUGUUGCAAUGUCUGUUAGCAUGCUAAUACCUGAUAACUGCUAUAUCGUGUGUUCAGUAAAUUUCAGAUAACUGCUAUAUCGUGUGUUCAGUAAAUUUAGGAUUGUUUCUGGUGUACGUAUAUAUUUAUGAUUUGUUUACUGUUCUUGUGAGCUGCUUUAACUAUGAUUUGGGGAAGUAAUGUAUUUGUUUUCUCUGGCUUAUAGAAACAACAAGUGCAAUACCUGAGUUACUACUGCAGUCUUUAUCUUUUUUAAUUUCGGGAUUUUCCAAUAUUUUAGUAUGUUGGCCCUUUAUAUACUGUACAUAGUUGCGUAUGUGCCCAAAGUCCCACAGCAAGAGCACAAUUCAAAGUUUUGAGUAUUUCUCAUUAAAAGCAAUGAAGUGGGACUCACGAGACAACCUGAAUUUGUUGGACUUAUUUAUUUGGAAAUUGCCCCUCAGGGGCAGAGUUGUGGCUUAGUGGUUAGAGCACACACUUUUUUUGUAAAAGCUCCCAGGUUCGAUCCCAUGUGUCUCUGGGGAAGGCCAGGAGAGCCUGAAAUCUUGGAGAUCCACUGGCUGACAAUAUUGACAGUAUUGAGGACCAAUGGUUUGACUUGGUACAAGGCAGAUUAUGAUGUUCCUAUAAAUAUGUUUUCUUGCACAUGGCCUGCUAGAAUGAAAUGAAGGAAUGACAUAUGUACAAGACUGCAACAGUGCCCAUGUUCAAGUCACCGUUCAUUAUAACUGGGGUUGUUCAGGAGAACAGCAGAUUGUGAACAGUCACAGCAGACGGUGUCCUUUAAGAAUAACUUUAAAGUUUCACAUGUAAAUGUUAAGCUUCCCGCUUAAUCUUCAUUUUAACGUUAUUGAUACUCCUGAAUGUCAGUUGUUGAGCAGCAGAGAUACUCAUGAACUCCUUCUGGGCCAGGCAUGGAUAUGAACUUAGAGGGUUUAUAAAAGCCAGGCCUCCCAGAGGAGAAGCAAGCUUCUCAAAGUCCCCUCCAAAUUCUUUGUCUCAGAGGAAAAUCUAAGCUGGAGAAGAAUUCAUGGCUUCUGCCUGCCUGCCCUUCUCUCUCUCUCUCUCUCUCUCUCUCUCUCUCUCUCUGUGUGUGUGUGUGUGUGUGUUUGUGAUGAAACAUCAGUGCAAAUUUAAUCAAGACUUACAGUGGGUGAUAGAGUUAAUUACCAGUAUUUGGCUUUUUAAUUUAAUUUAAUUAUUUUAUUACUAUCAUAUCUUCUUCUGGAUGUUGAAGCUUUUAAACUGUCUUCUAGCUACUUGCUGAGUUAGAUGUAUCUUGUUCCAGUCUAGCAAAAUGGUUGUAUGUUCAUAUUUGUCCAUCAAGGCUGUCUUCACUAUGACGCAUUACAUAUUACAUUACAAUGAACUUAAGAAAAUCCCUGCUUCAUCUAUUUCACCAACCAGAUGCUUAUGAGAAACCCACAAGCAGGGCAUUAAGGAGAUAAGGUUCCAGACAGCCUGUUUGUUGGAAGAAAGCAUUUAGAGAGGGCCCUGGGAAGCUUUCAAGCAGGUCUGAAGGUCCUCACCCCUGUGUUUCAUGGCCAGCGGUUUGAAUCCCCGUGAUGGGGUGAGUUCCCGUUGCUCAGUCCCUGAUCCUGCCAACUGAGCAGUACGAAAGCACGUCAAAGUGCACGUAGAUAAAUAGGUACUGCUCCGGCGGGAAGGUAAACGACAUUUCUGUGCGCUGCUCUGGUUCGCCAGAAGCGGCUUAGUCAUGCUGGCCACAUGACCCGGAAGCUGUACGCCGGCUCUCUCGGCCAUCAAAGCGAGAUGAGUGCUGCAACCCCAGAGUGGGUCACGACUGGACCUAAUGGUCAGGGGUCCCUUUACCUUUCCCUUAACCCGCCCAGGGACCUUGGGGUAAAGUAGGGUAAUCAUCAACAACAACAACAAUGGAACAGCAGAAUGGCUAUCCUAUCUCCCAAAACUUUGAGGCAGUUUUCCCCAUUCCCUCCUGUAUUAGGGUCAUAGGAGAUACUGCAUUAUUGCCCCUUUGGAAACAUCUUGCAGUGGCUGCAGUGAGCUUGUGCAAUCCAUUUUCAGCCUGUGGUGGGUUACUUCCCCCCCCCCAUCCCAGCUUGAAGACUGAAAGACAUUUAUUUUUAUUAUUGUUUUGGUAAGCCUCCCUCCUCUUUCCCCAAUGAAAUAUAUCCAAAGCGAUGGAGAAAUGCCACAAGAACGGCUCAUUCCUGACCACCAUAAAUCAAAGGCAGUAUUUUUUUUAAUCCACUUUCUUUCUGCACAUUGCCAAGAGAGCCGUACCACAUAAUAAAGAGGGUGCACGUGGCUGUGCGAUGAUGGAUGGAGGCCUGCGAGCAUUUCAUCAGCCUAAACUAACAAUGAAAGGCCACCAGCGGCCUACAGAUUACUUUGGGCUCCCUAAAUAUUAUUCCAAAUCAUCACUUUGCUGUUGACUAAAAGCAUGCAGCAGCACCGCAGAGAUAGAGUCUCUUGAUUACGAUGGGGCUGCGAAAACUCCCUUUAAAAUGAUGUCAAAACCCCAGGGAUAUAUAAAUCUUUAUGUCUAGAAUGUUUGCGUGCUUAUAUAUUUAUAGCCAGACCAGGUUCAUGCCAUCAGUGAAAUAUGCCAUUUUAAAGCAGGUUGUUGAUGUUGUGCUUUUGCAUCUCUAUAUAAAUAGAACUGGCAAGGCUAUGCUUCACUCAAGGAAUAAAACCAGCUAGCUGGGGUUCUUCAUUAUUAGACUACGGCUGAUUCCUCCAUUAGUUUUACCACCUUUUCUCCAUCUGCUACUUAUCAGACAGCUUGUUGUCUGAGCAAAUAUUGUAAUUUUAUGUAUUUAAUGUAUUAGUCUCAUUUCAUGCUUGACAGUCGCUACUAUAGCUGUGUUUCUGAUGUCACUGAAGUUGCCCUCCUAUGCCACUAUAAGGGAACAAAGUAAUUUUAAACUUGGAGUCUCCAUUUAAUUAGCAGCUUUUUUGAGGAGCUGAUGCCACAGUCCUAUUUACGCUGUGUUGGCAAACAGCAGAAAUGAACAAUCCUUAGCCCCAAAUGAUGUAUCCGUUAUUGGGUUGUGCUGUUUUCUGACCAUAUAGACAGGGAGACAUAAUCGAAAGCUCUCCAUUCACGGACAAAAGUAGGAAGUGAAGGAGAAAGUGAGGAGAAAGAUGCUCCUGCCAUGCUUAUGUUAUAUGAGCAUUAUGUAUCUCCUUUUUUUUAAAAAAAGGGUGGUGGAGACACAGAACUUCAAACCCAUAAUUCUCAGCCCCCUACAAACUUUCAAGUGUUGCAUAGUCCUGCAUGUGACCCUGUUGAUCAAGCAGUAUGGCUCUAAAUGUGUAGGAUUAGACCAGGGGUCAGCAAACAUUUUCAGCAGGGAACUGGUCCACUGCCCCUCAGACCUUGUGGGGGGCUGGACUAUUUUUUUUUUGGGGGGGGAUGAAUUCCUAUGCCCCACAAAUAACCCAGAGAUGCAUUUUAAAUAACAGGACACAUUCUACUCAUGUAAAAACAUGCUGAUUCCUGGACCGCCUGCGGGCCAGAUUGAGAAGGCGAUUGGGCUGGAUCCGGCCCCCGGGCCUUAGUUUGCCUACCCAUGGAUUAGACCAUGUGCCAAUUGCAUCGCUGGAGACAUAAUGAUGAGCCAUGUUGUUCCACAGAACAUAAUAAGUGUUUUGCAGCUGGAUCUGGUCAAAUGCCCAUCUUGUCCAACAUCCUGAUCUCACAAUGGCCAGCCAGAUACCUUUAUCUACAAGCAGGACCUGAGCAGAACAUCAAUCUCCUCACUUGCAAUUCUCAGCAGCUCAUAUGCAGAGGAAACACCGUUGAUGGAAUCUUUUGAGGAGUUGGAGAUGUGGAAGGACAUGUGGAUCCAGAAUUGGCCUCCACAGUCACUUACAGGCUCAUUGUUAAAACUGUGUUUAUGGAAGACAAUCUUACUUGGCUACGAGUUAUCACCAAAGAAGAAGAAGAUUCAGAGGUUCAGUGCCUCCAGCACUUUAGGUUGAGCAUAGUCAUCAUGGCAAGUAGCCAUUGAUUUUGUCUAUUCUUCUUUUAAAGCCACCCAAUUCAGUGACCAUCACUAGAGAAAUCCAUAGUUUAACAAUGUGUUGAGUGAAGAAGCAUGUCCUUUUAUCUCUCCUGAAUUUCCCACUAUUAAGCUUAACUGGAUGACCCUUAAGCUCUAGGAUAAUGAGAGAGGGAUGAAAGCUCCCUCUUCACUUCUUCACACCAUGGAUGAAGCAGAGGACAAGAGGAUGCUUUCCGCAGGUCAUGCAUAGAAGUGGAUCAGGCAUUCAGCCAAAUCUCACUUCAACCUGGGAGCUUUUGUUUGAGCUGCUUAGCCAAGACUCAUUGUCUUUGCCCUGUGUGGCUUGGUUUAUAAGGGCAGGGUGGCGCUGUGGGUUAAACCACAGAGCCGAGGACUUGCCGAUCAGAAGGCUGGCGGUUCAAAUCCCCGCAACAGGGUGACCUCCCGUUGUUUGGUCCCUGCUCCUGCCAACCUAGCAGUUUGAAAGCACAUCGAAGUGCAAGUAGAUAAAUAGGUACCGCUCCGGCGGGAAGGUAAACGGCGUUUCCGUGUGCUGCUCUGGUUCGCCAGAAGCAGCUUAGUCAUGUUGGCCACAUGACCCGGAAGCUGUCUGCGGACAAACACCGGCUCCCUCGGCCCAUAGAGAGAGAUGAGCGCGCAACCCCAGAGUCGGUCACGACUGGACCUAAUGGUCAGGGGUCCCUUUACCUUUUAGCCACUGUGGUUCCUUCCAGAUGUUAUGGCCUACAACCCCCAUCAUCCCAGACAAUAGGCCAUGCUGGCUGGGGCUGAUGGGAACUGGGGUAUGGGAUGAGGGAGAAAUUUGUUUGCCUCCAUCACUUGUGCUUCCUGAAACAAUGCACAGCUAGCCUUCCAAAUCCAUACUUCUCUGAAUUUUGCAAUGCAGUUCUCCAAGCUGCCCCCAACCCCUGUGCAUAAAAAUGCAUUUAUUAGAGGGAAAGUAAAUUAGAAUUGCACAUUUUGUGAGAAUAAAAUGCAUGAUAAAAUGCUUGCAGAAAUGUUUGCGUGAGAAUAAAUGCACACUAAAAUGGCAAAUUUCCGUGAGGAUUUUCAAAGUAAUGCAGAAAUGUAGCAGACUGACCUUAAGACUUAUGAAACUGAGAGAAACCAAAAUAGACAGAUUCGCCCAUUCCUAAUUUGAGACUGCAAUAAUUGGAAGGAGCCAUUAUGGCUACCCCUGGUUGAAAUUUAUGGUGCAUCAUACUGAAGCUCAUUUAGCCACCACUGAACCUCAUGCUUUAUCAUUGCAACACACAUUGCUUGCAUGAACCAGUAGUUCAGUUCAGUUUCAAGACAGUGGCAGUUAUUUCUAGGUAAGUAGUAUUGGUUUACCCCCUAAAAAAAUAAUCUGAUCCAGGUUUAUAAAAUUAUUUAUUUGCUUCAUUUGUUUAAUGUGGGGAAAGUGCAGUGAAAGAGUAGCACUAGAAAUUUGACUCGUCCAAUGAAUUUGAAUGGAAGUGAAUUUAGGACAGAGGAAAUAAAAUCUCCCCCCCCCCCCAGCAAAAUUUGUGGAAUUUGUUGUCACCGUAUGGACUCUGAAGAGGGAUUUUGUACAGUCAUGGUGGGUAAAGCCAAGGUCCAAGCCAUUUCUGGCAUAUUCAGAGGGCCUUGAAUGAGUUGGGAACACGCAGCCAUAGAUCACUGCGAGUUGGGUUGGGUUGGCCCAGAGUGGUCAGCAGCUGUCAGGAGGCAGGACAUCAUGUUGGAAGGAGAGGCAGGCAGGAUGCAAAGAAGGCCAAAAUCUACCUGACUGGUGACUCCGUCUACCUGGAACCAGGUAGGCCCAGUGCCUUCUUCCUGCCUGAUGUCUAUAGGACCAACAACUGUUGAGUGGAAGCAUCAGUCCUGUGGGUUGCAGGUGCUACUUCUCAAGCAGCUUUCCUGCUUCUGAAGCAACAAUACACAGGAUUGAAUCCUCCUACUAAAACAGCUGUCUGAUCCUGCGUGGGGCUGGCCACUACUUAUCUUACCCUGCAUGGUGCUAGCGGCUAAUCCCUGCAUACAAAGUAAGUUGCUGGGAAGGACUAGCAGUGGCACUGCAAAGCAGGAGAAUGUGAUACUGCGGGGUGCCAUUUACCGCCUGAUCUUCUCAACAGUUUUUUUAAAGGGUUUUGUUGUUGCUUAGUCAUUUAGUCAUGUCCGAUUCUUCGUGACUUCAUGGACCAGAGCAUGCCAGGCACUCCUGUCUUCCACUGCCUCCCGCAGUUUGGUCAAACUCAUGCUGGUAGCUUCGAGAACACUGUCCAACCAUCUUGUCCUCUGUCGUCCCCUUCUCCUUGUGCCCUCCAUCUUUCCCAACAUCAGGGUCUUUUCCAGGGAGUCUUCUCUUCUCAUGAGGUGGCCAAAGUAUUAGAACCUCAGCUUCAGGAUCUGUCCUACCAGUGAGCACUCAGGGUUGAUUUCCUUAAGAAUGGAUCGGUUUGAUCUUCUUGCAGUCCAUGGGACUCUCAACCCUUAGUAAUAAUAAAAAGGCCCUCUCUCUGAAUUGUUUCAGAGACACAUCCAGAACGAGGUGGUUGUGUUCCUUCCACCCAGGGUGGCAUAGGGUAAAUUGCCCUGCACAGCCCUAAAAUAUGCUACUUCCAGGAUCAGAGGUACAAUAUCACAUAGUAUCAUUAUGUGAGUGGACCAGGAGGGACAGAGCUAUUGCUUUUGGGUUUCUGGGGAGGCAUAAGUUUCUUCACUGCACUAGGCAAGCUGCCUGGCUGGGUGGGCUGUUUAGUUUGACUCAGCAGAGCUCCUCUUGCAUUCUUAUGAACCAAUUACUACAUGAUUAGCCACUUGGUAGUUACUUUGCCCUGGGCACCUAUCCCAUCUUAUUUCAUCCACAGCUGAUCAAAAGGCGAUGGCUUUUCUGAUGGGCACAGGCUGUGAGUUGUUUAUUUUUUUAUUGCCGUCUGCAAUGCUCAAGAGCAAACAAUUGGCAAUAAGUUACCAGGGAGGACCCAUCUGAAACGCUGGGCUGUCUCCCGAUCCAAGCAGCAGAAAAGCAGGCAGAGCUUGAACAGUGUGUAGCAUAACUAUUAACCAGCAGUCAUUCAUUGGUAUGUAAAUAAGGACUACCUGCAAUUACAUUAAAGGCCUGAAUGGUGCAGAUGAUUACACACACACACACACACACAGAGAGAGAGAGAGAGAGAGAGAGAGAGAGAGAGAGAGAGAGGAAGCUGCCUUAUAUAAAUCAGACUAUUUGCCCAUCCAGUUCAGUAUUAUUUGCACUCAAAGGGAGUCACUCUCCAGAAUUUCAGACUGGGGUCUCUUCCUGCUCUACCUAAGAUGCUGGUGAUUGAAGCUGGAACCUGGAAUGUCUCCACCCCCAUUGUUCAGCCCAGACACUGAAGUCAAGCUCCAAGGACCUUCUGGCAGUUCCCUCCCUGUGAGAAGUGAGGCUACAGAGAACCAGGCAGAGGGCCUUCUCGGUAGUGGUGCCCGCCCUGUGGAACGCCCUCCCAUCUGAUGUUUUAUCACAUUAUUAUUAUUAUUAUUAUUAUUAUUAUUAUUAUUAUUAUUUCAUUAAUUCUAUUGGGAGCUGCCUAGAGUGGUGGGGUAUAAAUAAAUUAUUAUUAUUAUUAUUAUUAUUAUUAUUCUGCAUACCAAGCAAAUGUUCUACCACUGAGCUAUGACCCUUCCCAAGUGGAUUUUAGGCCAUGGGUGGUGAGAAGAAAUGUGUUUAUCCAUCCAUCUCAUUUUGUGUUGUUUUCAAAGCAUUGACUUGUUUAGAAUUCUCAUCCAUUACAUCCUGGUGCCAAUCCUUACGGCUCUAUAGAAGUUUGCAUGUUGUUGGUUUUCCCCCCUCUAUAGUAUAUCGACAACAGAGUAGAUCAACUUAACCUAAAGUGGAGUGUAAUUGUGUUAUGAGAUGUGUGAGUCUUGCAACGUGGUGGCAAUUCUGGUGAUAAUUGCACUUUUAAAGAGUGUUACAUUGGUGAGCUCUCUAUUGAUUUUUGACUUAGGGAGGGUUGGAAUACUUUACUCUUCGUAAAGCAGGCCAAUAUUGUGAGAUUUAGGAAAGGGGGGAAGAUCUGAUCCAAGGAAUGUUUGUGUUUUUGUUUUCAUGUGAAAUGCAGACAAACUCGGGAGCCUUAUUCCUCUGUUGAUACGACUGAUAAGUAAGAGGGCUCGGUUUUCUCUUAAUGUCUUUAUAUCUCUAUUACAAUUCUCAAAACAAAUCUAAAAAUCAUGGCGAUAACAUAUUUAUUAAUUAACAACAUGUAUAAGCAGGUAUAACGCGGGUGGCGCUGUGGGUUAAACCACAGAACCUAGGGCUUGCCGAUCAGAAGGUCGGCAGUUUGAAUCCCCUAGACAGGGUGAGCUCCCGUUGCUCGGUCCCAGCUCCUGCCAACCUAGCAGUUCAAAAGCACGUCAAAGUUCAAGUAGAUAAAUAGGUACUGCUCCAGCAGCAAGGUAAACGGCAUUUCUGUGCACUGCUCUGGUUCGCCAGAAGUGGCUUAGUCAUGCUGGCCACAUGACCCGGAAGCUGUACGUCGGCUCCCUCGGCCAGUAAAGCGAGAUGAGCGCCGCAACCCCAGAGUUGGUCAUGACUGGACCUAAUGGUCAGAGGUCACUUUACCUUUAUCUAUAAGCAGCUUAAAUCAAACAGUAUAAAAUAUUGAAAUGCUGAUAACAUUAACAAACUUCUUUUAAAAUGGUCAGUUCAAUAAAAUGGUCAAAAUAUAGUAAAAUCAACAAUGCAAAAAGCAAAUAUGCAUAAGAAAAUUACAUGCCUGGGUUGGCUUACCUGAAACUAAAAUGUUUUUUGCAGGGACAGUGCAGUGAAGGGGACUGUCCAGUAUUAAUACCAUGGUGCUUCAGAGCGUGGGUGCUGCCAUCAGCUCUUCAUAUGCAGUGGUGUAGCAUGGAGGGGCAUAGGGGUGGUUGCCCUGAGUGCAAAAUUGUUAGGGAUGCAAAAUUUCAACACCUGGUGCUACCUCAAUACAGCUGUGUGCUUCUGUCGCUGGGCUCUGUUGAAAACGGCUUCUCCAUGUGAACCAGGAAGUGACCUCUACUCAAAGUAGAACGUAUCUUCUUUUCUUAUCUCUGCGGCUGCAAUCUGCUGGGUGACGUGGAUGCCAUUAGGCAGUUGAAUGUGCAUGUGUGCUCCAUUUGUUUCCCUUGCCAGGCACUGGUAACCCCUGCUACACUACUGCUCCUAUGUAAUAUAUUCAGUAGUAAUGGCCACAGUGUAUAAAGUAAAAUGCAGUUUGCCAUAAUGAUGGGAAUGUAAAAGGCCUUGGGGCCCUUUCAGAAGUUUGGGCAGCUGGGGAGGCUGAAGAAUGCUGGGGGAGAUGGGGAGAGGUACAGAUGCUAGCCUUGGCUGCCUCAUAACCAAAAGGUAUUCUCAAAUCCUUGAGACUGAGGCCGAUGAAUGGAAGCCUCUUUUAUUUAUUUAUCGUUUCUAUUUGAACAUUUACAAUCCGCUCUUUCAUAAAAUAUAACACAUAGGCUUUCCACAAAGAAAUGCAAUAUCAUCACUCUAUGAAAACCUAGAAAACUUAAGUAAAAACAUCCUGGAGCCAGCUUUGCUUCUGGAAAUUUAACAGCGUAGAUUGAGAGAGAAGGAAAAGCAGGUAAGAAACACUGCAAGAAACACCAGCUGGGCCGAGUCAGGGGCCUGAGCCUACCCUGGCUCCAGAUGUGGGGAUUACCUUGUUGCCUUCAGCUGGGCCAUUGCUUACAGCUGCUCCACUACCAGCUUGGUCAGGGGAGGCUGAGGCGGCCUCUGGGUCUAGUAACCCACCAACGUCUCCCGAGCUUCAAAGACUAAGAUCUGAGAGAAGAAGAGACCUGAGUACUUGCAGGAGGAGUGCUCGCCUGUAAUAUCAGCUUAAAUAAAUUUCAGUGUUCGAUUUGGUAGCUAUGUUAUUAAUGUGAGCCACCAACAGCACUCCAUUUUCCCUUAAACUAGGAGCUGCAUUAUUUAGCACUUGCUACGACAAAUAAUGUGCAAGACAGGAAAGGGUUGGCAUUUAUAGCAAUGGGUAUACAAGUGGGAUGUCUUGUAGGUUAUGUAGCACAAUUUAGUCAAAUAAGCUAAACAAUUUAAGGUGUGAGUCAUGACCUUUAAAGCCAUUAAAGGCUUGGAAAUAGGUUUCGUGAAGCACGGAAUAAAUCUGCGCCCAUGCAAACCUCCCAUAGAUUUGAAAUCAGUGACAGAGGCUGCACUCCAGGGAGAGACAGCAUGGCUGUUUCCAGGCACAGUUGAACACCAACUCCCAUCAGCCCAAAGGAGCAUGGCCAAUGGUUUGGGAAUAUGGGAAUUGUAGUCUCCACAGUAUCUGGACAGCUCCACAUUAGCAGCUCCUGCUGCCUUCAUAUGCCUUCUAAGGAGAAAGGUUAGUCUGGUGGGUGUGAACAGGGUCUUUUGGGUAGAGGUCCCAUGGUAUGGAGAUAUGAGCAGCUUCCUCCUUGCUAUCAUUUAGGUGGGCUCCAAAAUUGUUUCAGCAAAGUGCAGAGGUAGCACAUCUGUUUCACAUGCGGAUGUUUCCUGAACAUCUAAGACCUUUUCGCAAUGGUGUUGCACCAGAGAGAAAAGAGCCACUUUUCCAAGGUAAGAACAGAUGCCUGACUUUGGCAGGCUGCUAGAAGUGAAUUCAUGGGCCAAAUCACAUGGCUUCAUGGGCCAUGGGCUCACCACCUUUCAUCUAACUCUUCCACCAGCUUUUGCCUCUCCUCAUCAGACCUGUAUGCAAUUUCAAUCUGUUUGUGGAGUGGAGGACUCCAGAUUUUAUGGGUGAACUUGUUGGCGCCAACCAAGUCUAUGAGGGCAUGAUUUUCAAAACCCGGUAACCACUAGAGAGAAUUUAGAAAGAAAUUGGUUAAAUGAGCCUACUAGGUUCCUUUUGAAGUGAUUAAGAACUGGCUGCUUCAUAUGUAAACCAUUUGGAGAUACGGAGGGAGAGAGGAUUUUUCAGAAAUACAACAUUGCCAUUUAAUAAUUAAUUAUUAGCUUUGUAAGCUUUACAGAAAAUCUAGAGGAACCAUCUUCUUCAAUUUUCCAAGUGGUAUUUCCAAGGGAGUAAUUAAAUGUUGCAUUCAUUUAUGUAGCUGCUGAGAAAAAACAAUGUUUGCUCAAGGAACAGCUAUGCCAAAUGCAGCAUAUUUGUGAUGGCCUGGGACUCGGGCUCUGACUCGGAACCAGAGGAGUCUCAAUCUGCACCGGAUCCUUUGCCUCAGGCAUCUUCUGAACCAAGUCUGGGGCCUGAUCCUAAAGAGUCCCAGUCUGCACAGGUUCUCCUGCAAGAAACACCAGCUGGGCCGAGUCAGGGGCCUGAGCCUACCCUGGCUCCAGAUGCGGGGAUUACCUUGUUGCCUUCAGCUGGGCCAUUGCUUACAGCUGCUCCACUACCAGCUUGGUCAGGGGAGGCUGAGGCGGCCUCUGGGUCUAGUAACCCACCAACGUCUCCCGAGCUUCAGAGACUAAGGUCUGAGAGAAGAAGAGACCUGAGUACUCGCAGGAGGAGUGCUCGCCUUCAGGCAAAACAGGGAGGUGAGUCGCUGGGCGAUCAGGACCGGUUGCUACCCCGACAAAGAUAAAAGGCUGUCAGACCCCACCCCAGAUUGCGGGAGCAACAUUGCUGUAUGCUAGAUCCUGCCUGAGAUCCUGUACCUGUCCUUGCCUGGUAUCCUGCCUUGGCCCUGUUGGACUGACUCCUAGCAGAACCUUUGGAUUCUGGACCGGUCCUGGACCACGUAUCACGGGUUACCCCCGGGCCCAGCACAAUAUUUCAGGGUCAUUUCUUCAUGUGUAAUACGGCAUUUGAGAUGAAUGAAGCUAAGUUCACUAGACAUGAUGAACUAAGUCAGGUGUCAGGGACUGUCAGGGUCUGAAAGGUCACUGAUGAGUGAGUGUGUGCUUGGGGAAGGGGGGCUGAAGUCUGGCUCAGGACUGGUGGGCAGUGAUUUGUGGGGAGCAGCAUCAGUCAGGAGGCAAGAGUCACAGGCAGGAGAAGCUUCAGAGCUGGAGGGUGGAGUGCAGGAUGGGUCAGAAAGAGAGGGGGGAGGUAGGUCAGGCAACUGAAUGGCCAAGUACUUCCCUGUCCUCUCCUGCACCACUUUCUCCCAGUACCAGGAGGGGACUGAAGAGGAAUGAGCAGGGGAGGUUUCCAUGCAGGUGCAGUCUCUGUCUGCAUGCAUGCAGCCCAUUGGGGAAGGUACAUAAUAUGGUGGAGGGGGAGUGGCCCCCAUUUCCAGCAACUGCUGCAUAGAGCCCAGAUCCUGGAACUAGCUGCCUAGAUGCUGGACUGGUGUGUGUGGUUAUUUGGAGCUGUAGAAUAACUGUGUUAGCUUUGCCAAUAAAGAGUUAACUAUCUGCUGUGCGCCUUCCUUGGUGGAGACUGCCCUUGACAGCAGGGAUGGGUGACCUCAGGGCCAAGGACCUCUCUGUCUCACAACUCUCCUCAAGGCGUUUCUCCUCCCUAGACAUACCAUUUCUCCCCAGAUCACACACCCAUUGGUCUUGUUUUGCAUCUUCCUUGAGGGUUCUUGCAUGGCUGGAAUGUGCCUUUCAACUCUGAUACAGUGGUACCUCAGGUUAAGAACUUAAUUCAUUCUGGAGGUCCAUUCUUAACCUGAAACUGUUCUUAAUCUGAGGUACCACUUUAGCUAAUGGGGGCCUUCCGCUGCCACCAUGCCACUGCCGUGCAAUUUCUGUUCUCAUCCUGAGAUAAAGUUCUUAACCCGAGGUACUAUUUCUGGGUUAGAGGAGUCUGUAACCUGAAGUGUCUGUAACCUGAAGCGUCUGUAACCCAAGGUACCCCUGUAAUGACUUUUGCUUCCCAUACACAGUGCUAUGUGUCUGUGUAUGUAAACCGGUUUAUUAGACAAAGGUAAAUUUUACAUUCCUUGUGCUGUCCAUUUUUGUCUUGGACUUGGCCCACCAUUGCCAUGUGGCCUACCGAAGUUUGCAUAGAAAGGAAUGUGUUGCUCGGGCUCGGGGGGGGGGGGGGUUCUCACUGUCUGAACCAGAGAAUUAGAAAGCUUCUUCAAUGGAAAUUGGAGGUGAUCAUUUGCAGCACCAUGGACCUCAACCAAUGCACCAACCAUAUCUGAUUGAGGCUGUAGCAGUGGAAGAGUUUAGCGUUCCUCCUUGGAAUGUUUCCAGAAUUAAAAUCCUUCAUCCCCAUCAGCUAUUUGUGCUGUAUGUAGUUGGUUUUUUAUGUGUGUGCCGGGUGGUGUUGGCAUAUAAAUUAAAGUUUAAUCUGGAGAAAGUGGUACAGGGGGAAAGGGUAAAAAACCUCCUCCUUUGGUGGCACAAAGCCUCACUCCAAAUGGGCCUUCCCUGUGACUGCUGGUAGCUUCUAAAAAUCUCAGCAUUCCUGUGUUGAGUCUGAUUUGGCCCCACAAGUCUCGUUAAGUGAGGGGCAAGCUGUUUGAAAGCUCCCUCCAAGUGCAGCUGUGAAAGUAAAAACUGUAGAACAGAUUUCAAAGCACUUCUUUUAGGCAUAAUUUUCAGAAUAAUCACCAGUAGCGCUAGCAGGAACGAUGUACGUCCCUUAAGAGGGAGAGAUCUUCUGCUGAUUAACUCCGGCCAUUCCCAGCAGGUGUUCUCUGCAUAGAAAGUAGCAGAGCUGAAAAGUACUUUGUUUUCUGAAAUUUGCAAGCAGGGCUUUACAGCAGAUGGACUGAAAAAGUCCCAGCCUACCGUCUGCCCCCUCCUUGUCCUUUUAAUUGUUCAAUUAUGGCGAAUUGUGUUCAUGGUGCUAUUGGGGCAGUUAGACACAAUCCCACUUUUAAUACUAUUUGUGCUUGCAUGAGUUUCAGGGCAGUCAUACUGCUUCAUUUCCGACCAGCACAUUUCAUGUAACUUCCUGCUGAAAUCCUGUAGCUCAGAGGUAGCCAACAUGGUGCCCUCCAUAUUAUGUUGGACUACACCUCCCAUCAUCCCUGAACAUUGACCUUGCUGGCUAGGACUGACAGAAGCUGUACAGUGGUACCUCGGGUUACAUACGCUUCAGGUUACAGAUGCUUCAGGUUACAGACUCCGCUAACCCAGAAAUAGUACCUCGAGUUAAGAACUUUGCUUCAGAAUGAGAGCAGAAAUCGUGCUCUGGCGGUGCGGCUGCAACGGGAGGCCCCAUUAGAUAAAGUGGUGCUUCAGGUUAAGAACAGUUUCAGGUUAAGAAUGGACCUCCGGAACGAAUUAAGUUCUUAACCCGAGGUACCACUGUAGUUCAACAAUAUCUGGAGGGUACCACAUUGUCUUUCCUUGAUGUAACUUUUUUAUACCACAAAUGUUACAGGGCUGUUGGUUUUUUUGUGCCACUUUUUUUGUGCUGUAGAGCAAGAGUGCUCUUCCGGAUGGCAGUAAUGGAGUAACACUGGGGAUGCAUCACAGAACAACUAAGAAAUCUCUCUCUAGGCAUUACACUUUGUGUUAAGGGGAGGGAGCAGGAACAUGCAAAGUUAGCACCCUCACUCUUUCAUCAGCUGACACUGAACAAAUGACUGGAGGAUGGUCAUGUAAGGAUUUCCAUGGAUUUCUGGAAUCUAGAAAGUGUGAUCUGGAACCUGGAAACUGUGGCCGGGAACCUAGAACAUGUGCAUGUGAAGACCCCCCUACUUCAGACGUCUGUGGUGCACACGCGGAAGACAGGAAGAGAGGUUUCUUGCUGCAGCCCCACUCACACGCUCUCCUUUAAGUAUGAUGCCUGAAGAGGAUUAGAAUUACAUCAGAAGAAUGAAAGAAGUAGCAGUCAGGCAACUGUAGGAGAGGCUGUGUAGGCAGCCGAUGAAGCUUGAGUAUAAUGCGUAAAGCCAUUCAUAAGGCAUGAUCUAUCCAAAGUGUUAAACCCUCUCUAUUGAUUUCAGUGGGAAAGCAUUUAACAUGUUCUGAAGUCAUCCGUUUAAAAAAUACGGGACUUAAAUGUGCUUCUUUGAAUGGAAGCCAUUAAGGGGAGGGGAUGGCUGUAACUCAAUGGUAACUUUGUAUGAAGAAUGUCCAAGGUUAAAUCCUGACAGCAUCUCCAGGCAGGGCUAAGAGUCAUUGCCAAUCACUGUAGACAGUACUGAGCUAGAAGAACCAGUGGUUGGACUCAGUUAAAAGCAGGUUCCUCCAUUCCCAUGAGGACGAUGCUACGAUAAGCUCUGUACAAUUGCCUAGCACACUGCAGGAAUUAUACAAAUAUCACUAGAUUGGAUGGUCUUGAAUUGGACAAAUUAAGGGAGCAGUGGAGGUUUUUAGGCAUAGCAGAUAAAUGGUGUCUCCGUGCUCAGAGGUCAUGUAUACUAAUAGACACCAGCUGCUGGAGAACAAUGCUGGGAAAGGGCUAUUGUGUGUAAACCCUGCUUGUGGAGUUCAUGGAGGCAUCUGAUGGACCUCUGUGGAGUCUUCUGCCACCUAACCUUCCUUGCAGGGCUGUUGUGGAGGGAAGGGAAGCAUGCAUGCUGUCCUUAGUUUCCUGGAAUAAGGAUGUAAAAUAUCAGUAAUGAUAACUGAUUUCUGGGAGAGUAGCAGCCACAUAUGAAUAACUUAUUUGAGAAACUAGAGGACAAUUACAAUCUGCUAGGCUUCCUUCCUUCCUUCCUUCCUUCCUUCCUUCCUUCCUUCCUUCCUUCCUUCCUCUGUGUCUGAUAUGAGACAUUCCCCUUAAAAUAUCCCUAGCUCUUUUUCCCAUUGUUUAUUCGCUUUAAAGGUUUAGGCAUGUGCAGAUAAAAGCAGCCAAAAGGAUUUACCAGAUUAAUAUUUCUAGAUGACGCCACUGAGAGAGAGAGAGAACAUCGGGGUGUUAAGAUCACAGGAUGCACUUUGUGUGACUUUGAGCUACCUUUUGACCCCUCUCAGAGGCUCCAGAUUAAGGAUAAUGCACUUACAACACUGUAUGCUGGUUAUUUGCUCCCCCUGCACAGCUCAUACAAUGUGUGCAUGCAUUGCACUUUGUGCCUGGGAACAUAAGUGGUGCAAGGGUCAGCACUACAACACUCGUACCAGAACACAGUUUCGUGUCGCACUUCCUGCUCAAAAGAAGUCCCAGGCAGCUAAUAAUCACAAGAAGCUAUUGCAACCUGCAACAGAGUAUACAUAAAAUCACUGGGAAACAUGGGGUGCAGUUUACGCAAAGUUAAGCACAUUAAAAGUACAAUCCUGUGGUUGGUUGGCAUCCAUUUAUCUCGGGAGACAAUGGAAGAGGGGAAGAACCUUCAGGGGGAAGUCAAACCAUUGGAGAAUUACAGCACCGACUGUGGCUGUAGAGAGACAAACCUAUAUGUGUCUUUGUAGAAGUAGGUCCCAUUGGGCUUUACACUUAGGGAAGUGUGUAUGAUGGUGUUAUGCAUAACCCAAGAGAUUUCGGAGGUAAGAUAUUUCAGGGGUGCCAGCAGAUCCCUUGAAUUUGUUUGCCUUGAGAUGAAGGUUUCUGGAGUCUGUGAUGUCUUCGUGAUGUAUAGCUUCAGUCACACAUGUUUAGCAUAAGAUGGAAGCAUGGACAUCCCAGGAAAUCUUGUUCCUUGUUGGGUUUCUAGGCAGGUUCCCAAAGUCAUGGCCUUUGUUUCAGAACAGACGAGGCUAGUUCUGGCCUGUUGUUCUUAGUGGGGGCUGGUCCCCACUGUGACUGGGAGGGUAGAAGAUGGGGAUCUCAAAUAGUAGUUGGAGCCAGAGUCAAUAACAGGCAGAACCAAGUAAUUCUAGCUUUGCCCCCAUCAUUUUCCCUCUUGAGUUCUACAAAGUGCAACACUGAGACGGAAGAGGAGGAAUCUUGCAAGUAGUUCUUGAGCCCUGGAGUGGUUGUGAGUGGGGAUAGGAAUUGAUUUCUUCUAGUUUCUCAUUUCCCCCACCUUUUACAUUCAGUUCUCCACAUGUCCACAUCAGGCUGCAUUUUUUUAAAGUGCUCAUCAAAAUUUGUCUGCCUUUUAGUGCAAAUUUCUCCUGAUAUUCACAUUUUGAUGCAUACAUGUAUUAUGGGUAUAUUAUUGCAAAUCAGUUUUCCCUAAUGUAAUGUAUUUUAUAUGCUAUUUUCACUAAUACACCAAUCAUUAUGCAAGCUUUGCCUUAGUAUUUGCAUUUUUUGCUCUUUUCGUGGCUGGAAAACUGUGGUGCAAAAUUCAGAGUAAUGUGGAUUUUGCAGGAUGGCUGCAUUUUGGUUUCAGUAUUGUUCUGGAAUGUUUGACAUAGGUAGAUUUGCCUUUAAAUGUCAGCUUAAUCAGAUUCCUUGCUCAUCCCUACCUGUUAUUGAAGUCCAUUAAAUAUAAUCCAGAGAACAAGACUUUACCGUCUUGUAUGAGACAGCCCUUCUGGUAUUAUGUAACGGAAGGAUAAUGAUAAUGAAUGCUUUGAUGGGGGGGGAGCCUAUAUGUGGAGAAUGUUCUUUUAUUAGACAGCCAGAUACCUUGGUUUUUAUCAAGAAUGAAGAAUGGACUCUGUGAAUAAUGUUCAGAAAGGCAAUUCCUCCUUCCUGCUUUAAUUACGAGCAAAAAUUAUUUAAAUAAACAAUGCAAUACAGUGGUACCUCAGGUUACAGAUGCUUCAGUUUACAGAUGCUUCAGUUUACAGACUUUGCUAACUCAGAAAUAGUACCUCAGGUUAAGAACUUUGCUUCAGGAUGAGAACAGAAAUCGUGCGGCAGCAGCAGCGGGAGGCCUCAUUAGCUUAAGUGGUACCACAGGUUAAGAACAGUUUCAGGUUAAGAACGGACCUCCGGAACGAAUUAAGUUCUUAACCCGAGGUACCACUGUAUAAUAAUAGUUAUUAAACAGUUAUUAAAACAAUGUGAACUAGGGAAUGUUUUCUUCUAUUAAGUCUAUUUUCAAGAUGGUAGGUGAAAAGCCACUUAUAAUCUUGCUGAGAAGUUUAGCAAAGCCAGCAGACUGGAGAGGGGCACAAGCCAACAACCCUGUGAGGUAGGCUCAGCUGAGAGAUAAUGAUUGGUUCAUGUUCACUUUGUAAGCUUUAUGUCUAAGGUAAGAUUUGAACCCUGGCCUCCUUUGCCUAAUGGUCUGAACAUGACACUGGCAUUUGUAACCCGCCAAGGAUGAUACAAUAGCUGCUAACAUGAUGUUCCUGAAGAAGGGUGUUCGUGUGCACACAUGCCUGCAUUUUUGUCUAUAGCACCAAACUGGAUGGACCAGCUGUGCCUUUGGUAGGAAGCUUCACGACCAUCACUAUAGGGAAUCCAAUGUGGAACUGGAAAUCGAGCCUACUUAGAUUAAUAAAGCUGUAACCAAAGUAAUACAUGGGGGACAUUAAAGCUUCUAACACAUUCCCUAUCAACAGAGUGAUCAUUUUGAGCUAAAAUUAGACCCAAGAUUGUGCACUUUGUAUCUUAAUUAAUACAAAGCCCUCUUUAUCAAUUAGCUCUGACAAGUAUGUGCAGACGUCUGCUUGCCAACAUAAUCCCUUACUCCCGUUUUGAUUAGUAAAUGGAAUUACAUUAAAAUUGAUUCUUCUCCCGUGGUCCAUUUGUACUCUCUGCCUCUCUUCAAUUAGAUUGCUGGCCCACAGCCAUUCCCUGGCUCCCCUGUUAGGAUGGCAAAAUCACUUCUGCAACGAUGCUCUUUUUGUGACUUACGACAUAUCAGUGAUUUAUCACAGAGGCUCAACACAGAGAUGAAAUGCUAUCUUAAGAUGCACAGCUUUCAUCCACCAUUCCUCAUGGAUUCUUUGCUUUACCUUGACAUCCAAAGUCAAAUGAGGAAAUAACCUUUCCUCGUGUGGAGCUAGAGAUGCUUCCUUUGGUUCAAAGAUGGGUGGUUGGACUCAGAUACAGUCCUGUAUUCUCCAGGUCAUGGUCCAUGGAGGUCACUUGGUGGAGAUGGUGUUCUGCCAAUUGAGGUAAUAGUGUUUGAUUGUACAAUGACCUCAACUCAUAAGAACCCAAGAAAAAUUCUGCAGGAUCAGGCCAAAGGCCCAGUCCAGCAUCCAGACUUCACAGUGACCAAGCAGCUAUGCAUGGGAACCCAUGAACAAUCUGAACGCAGCAACACUCUACCAACUUGUGAUUCUCAGCAACUCAUGUUCAAGGAAAUACUGUAUCUGACAAUGGCUCAAAUUGCUGUAAGAAUGAAACUCAUGAAUGAAUACAUAUGAAUACAGGGGGAAUAGAUUCCGGCUAUUUCCAUUCCACAUCAUUUUCACACAUGUUCAUCCAUAAGUUUAAUUCUGCUUCAAUCUGCAGCCUUCUCUUAAAAAAGAAAAAUGCAUUGAAAUUCGCUUUAUUUUUUGAAUGUGCCCCCAAACAUACAAAAUGCAGGGGGUUUUGCAUGAAUUUUAUCACAAAGCACAUUUUGGUACAUAUUUUUUGAUCCACUAUGUUGGCUACCUUUGGGGUUAGGCUGAGAGGGAAGAGCCCAAGUUCACUCUGUAAGUUAUAUAGCUUUGAUCCUAGGUCUGCGCAGGUCUAUUUUGACAUUCCCACUACAUUUUGUUGAUGUUCACAUUUUCAACUGAACAUGUAGUUGAGGGUGGGUUCCAACGAUUGCAGAAUGGCAGGUGAAGAUGAUGGACUUUGCAGAAUUGGCCAGACUGACCACCAGGAUUCCAGACCAGAGCGAUCAAAAAAUUCAAAGGGACUGCGAGUAAAUUUAUUGUAUAUUUGAAUAACAAUUGCAAAAACUUGAAGGCACUAGCAGGACUGAAAUAAAUCCUACAAUGUGGACAAUAGAAGUUAAAGAGCUAAAUUGCAAUAGGACUUGAAAGUGGAAAACCUGCUGAAGGGAAGGAGGGAAGUCAGAAAGCUUUUGUGUUUGUUAUUGUGUUAUUGAAAAUAUUGUUUAAGGAGAAAAAUAAUAAAAAUAUAUCUUUUUUUUUACAAAAAAAAGAACAUGUAGUUGAGGGUGCCAGGGUCAACACAUGCCAACCUGCUCUUCCUAUCCACAUGUCUGAAUGGGUCUAUAAUGAAAGGUUAAUAAGCCUGUUCUAAUUAGGGCUGCAGAAUGGAAAAUAUUCUUUCUAUUCUUCAUUUUUUGUUUUGUUUUAAAAGCACACUAUUUUUGGUUUGCCUUCAUUUCCAUUGGCUUCAUUUUCUCUCCACUCCCUCACUGAUUUCAGCUGAGAUGCACACUCUCCUCUGUUACUAGCUUCUUCUAAACCCAGCGUCGUCAUGAAAAUCUCAUUUUGAGCUGGAAAAUCUCAUUUUUAAAAUGACGCCCCUCCACAUUUGUGUAUUAGCUGUCCCAAAGAGGAGACUUAUUGAGAAUUAACAACCAGAUGUGGUGUUAUGUCUUUAGUGGGAAAUGGCACUUGCCCCAUUUAAGAAUGCAACCAAUUAUCUGGGGCAGCAGUGUGUGUGUGUGUGUGUGUGUGUGUGUGUGUGUGUGUGUUGAAGAAGAAUUAGCUCAAGACCCUCUGAUGGGCACGAAAUUGUUCUAUUCUGACUAGAAGCAGAUAUCUUGGGUUUCAAGCAAGAGUCGAUCCGGACUCUACCUGGAGACACCAGGUAUUGAACCCAAAAGCUUCUUGUUACAAGGCACGAAGGCUCCACCACUGAGCUAUUCUCCUUCCCUGAAGAAAAGGAGGACCAGGUGGAGGAAGAAAGCUAUAUUUAUGCUCUAAUGAGGCUUCCUCCCCCACACCACAUCCGUUGUUUUUGUGCCAGCCUAAAAGAGGGGGAGAAAUGUCACUUUUCCUGUUAAAGUCUGGCAUUCAACGUGUGAAAUUUACAGCUUCAAAUAGAAAAAUGUGUUAAUUGCAAUACUAUAUAGCUCAAGCUAUGAAUGCUGCUGCCAUAAGACAACAGAGGCCAGCAUCCACCAUCAGUUUGAUAAAUCAUUUAUUUUUAUUUUUAUUUUUUUUUCCUGCGGGCAUCUGCAAUGUGGAAGCCAGAUUUUGACUGAAAUUUGUUGCAUUGCUGAAAUAGGUGUCUGCUGCAGGCUGCGAAGGCAGCUCCAGGUUUGGCUGGAAACGUUGGCAGCCACUGCACCCCAUUGCCUAUAAAGCGUGAAUAAUUGUUUGAUGCCUGUGUUUUUGUCAGAGGAGAAAACAGAGGGACAAGCAAGGAAGACAAAGGAGAGUGUUCACAAUGUGGUUUUAUAAAUACUGUGUGCCAUUGUUCUUUAUUUCUCAUUCUCUCUCUCUCUCUCUCUCUCUCUCUCUCUCACACACACACACACACACACACAGACACACACACCCCAACCAACUUAGGGCACUUAGUUUACCGUUCUUGUGGGAAUGUUCAGGGUGGCAGGAGAGGAUAUAUUGUUUAUUAAUAUCCUUCCUAACUUGCAUCAGCAAGUUCCUUUACUUAGCAGAGUUUACAUUCCCCUUUUUACAUGCACAGCAGAUAGCUAGUUGCAGGCUUGUGUAAGCCUCUCACUAUUAUACAAUUCAGUCUGUCUCAGAUUGAGUUGUAUAGUUCCUGGGAAAAGGUAAAGGGAAGCCUGACCAUUAGGUCCAGUCAUGACUGACUCUGGGGUUGCGGCACUCCUCUCGCUUUAUUGGCCGAGGGAGCUGGCGUACAGCUUCCGGGUCAUGUGGCCAGCAUGACGAAGCCGCUUCUGGUGAACCAGAGCAGCGCAUGGAAACGCCAUUUACCUUCCCGCUGCAGUGGUACCUAUUUAUCUACUUGCACUUUGACGUGCUUUCGAACUGCUAGGUUGGCAGGAGGAGGGACUGUGCAACGGGAACUCACCCUGUCGCGGGGAUUCGAACCGCCAACCUUCUGAUCGGCAAGUCCUAGGCUAUGUGGUUUAACCCACAGCACCACCCCCUUUAAUCCCUCUUAAAAGAAUAAAGACACAACAAUCUUAUUUAAAGUCAAUAAAAGAAGUUUACUCACAUCAGUUCACAGUUGGAUCCCUGAAGGUAGACUUAGUUACAAAUAUGUACAUGUGGAUCUACCCCAUAUGGGGGAAUAAUCCAGUGCUUAUGCUAGCUGGAAGCUAGCAUAGCAGUCCCAGCCAAAUAAUAAUAAUGAUAAAAAGCUGGUGCAACGAAGAAGGAAGUCAAGAAGAGAGAGUGCUGCGUGACUUGUCCUUUUUUUUACCUGGACAGGUAAGGUCACGCCCACCUCUAAUCACAUGCAAGGAAGGAUGCUCCAGCCCAGGAGGAAACAGGAAGUUUCGACUGGCUGGACAAACAUCCCCUUGCAUGUCCACUCUAGGAAAACAAGGAAUGUUGUAUUUGACUGCUCCCUGUGGAUUACAUCCCACAGUUCUAACCUUGGGCCCCUUAAAAUAUCACCCCACAGUAUAGCUCUCAGUGCUGUAAGCACAUGUGAACAUAAUAAGAGCCCCAAUGGCCUUCUUAGUCCAGAAUUUUGUUUUUAUGGUGGUCAACUAGAUGCCCAUGGGAACCCUGCAAGCAGGACAUAAGAGUAACACUUGCCCACUUGCUCCCUUGACCACUUGGGAUUUUUUGCAACUGGUCUUCAGAGGCAUGUUCCUUAUGAUAGUGGCGGGAGAAUCAUAGUUAUUUUUGCUAGUAGCAAUAGAUGGCUUCUUCUUCUUCUUCUUCUUCUCCUCCUCCUCCUCCUCCUCCUCAAUAUUAAUAUUUUAUUGAAAAUGACACAGAGAGGAAAAGUGGGGGAGGAGGGGAGUAAAGAACAAAGUGUGGGUGGGGGGAGAGGUAGCUAAUGCCUCAGAAGACAGAAUUCAAAAUGACCUUAACAGAUUGGAGAACUGGCCCCAAGCUAACAAAAUGAAUUUCAAUAGGGACAAAUGUAAGGUUCUGAACUUAGGCAGGAAGAAGCAGAUGCACAAAUAUAGGAUGGGGGACACCUGGCUUACUAACAACACAUGUGGAAAGGAUCUUGGCAUAUUGGUGGAUAAUUAUUAUUAUUAUUAUUAUUAUUAUUAUUAUUUAUUUGUACCCCGCCCAUCUGGCUGGGUUUCCCCAGCCACUCUGGGCGGCUUCCAACAAAGAUGAAAAAUACAUUAAAAUGUCACACAUUAAAAACUUCCCUAAACAGGGCUGCCUUCAGAUGUCUUCUAAAUGUCAGGUAGUUGUUUAUCUUUUUGACAUCUGGUGGGAGGACGUUCCACAGGACGGGCGCCACUAUCGAGAAGGCCCUCUGCCUGGCUCUAUGUAGCUUUGCUUCUCGCAGUGAGGGAACUGCCAGAAGGCCCUUGGCGCUGGACCUCAGUGUCCAGGCUGAAUGAUGGAGGUGGAGAUGCUCCUUCAGGUAUACUGGGCUGAGGCCAUUCAGGGCUUUAAAGGUCAACACCAACACUUUGAAAUGUGCUCAGAAAUGUAUUGAGAGCCAAUGUAGGUCUUUCAGGACGGGUGUUAUAUGAUCUUGGCGGCCACCAGUCUAGCUGCUGCAUUCUGGAUUAGUUGUAGUUUCCAGGUCACCUUCAAAGGUAGCCCCACGUAGAGUGCAUUGCAGUAGUCCAAGCGGGAGAUAACUAGACCAUGCACCACUCUGGCGAGACAGUCCACGGGCAGGUAGGGUCUCAGCCUGCGUACCAAAUGGAGCUGGUAGACAGCUGCCCUAGAUACAGAAUUGACCUGUGCCUCCAUGGACAGCUAUGAGUCCAAAAUGAUUCCCAAGCUGCGCACCUGGUCCUUCAGGGGCACAUUUACCCCAUUCAGGACCAGGGAGUCCCCCAAGAACAGUACAGUGUGAUGCAGCUGCAAAAUAAGCUAAUAGUCUUCUAGGCUGCAUCAACAGAAGUAUAGUAUCCAGAUCAAGGGAAAUAAUACCAUCACUCUCUUCUGCCUGAGUUAGACCACACUUGGAAUACUGUGUCCAAUUCUGGGCACCACAAUUUAAGAAGGAUACUGACAAGCUGGAACACAUGCAGAGAAGGGCAACCAAGAUGAUCAAGGGUCUGGAAACCAAGGAAUGGUUGACGGAGCUGGGUAUGUUUAGCCUGGAAAAGUGGAGACUGAGAGGAGAUAUGAUAACCAUCUUCAAAUAUCUUAAGGACUGUCACGUGGAGGAGAGAGCAUGCUUGUUUUCUCCUUCUCUGGAGGGUAGGACUCAAAAGGCUUCAAGUUGCAAGAAAGGAGAUUCCGACUAAACAUUCAGGAAAAAACAUUCUGACAGUAAGAGCUGUUCAGCAGUGACUCCCUUGAGAGGUUGUGGACUCUCCUUCCUUGGAGGUUUUUAAACAGAUUGUUAGAAAUAAAUCAGAGGUUGGAUGGCCCUCUGUCAUGGAUGCUGUAGCUGAGAUUCCUGCAUUGCAGGGGGUUGGACUAGAUGAUCUUUGAGGUACCUUCCAACUCUAAGAUUCUAUGAGUCUAUGAAAUGUAAUGUAAUAUACUGCCAUUCUUUCUUAUAUAAAUUGAUAUAAUGUUGUUAUCCUAAUACAUAAGUAGAUAUUACUAUUCUACAUUCUGUAUAAACUCAUUCCAAAUGUUGUCAUAUUUAUUCAAACAAAUUCUACGUCUCUACGUUGUCUGUUCCCAAGUUGUGAGAGUGUUGUCCUAUGGAUGGUCUUUAUCCUCCCUGAAUUGUCUAAUCCACUUUUAAAGCCUUCCAAGUCGGCAGUCGUUAGUACAGUGGUACCUCAGGUUACAUACGCUUCAGGUUACAGACUCCGCUAACCCAGAAAUAGUACCUCGGGUUAAGAACUUUGCUUCAGGAUGAGAACAGAAAUCGUGCAGCGGCAGCGCAGAGGCAGCAGGAGGCCCCAUUAGCAAAAGUGGUGCUUCAGGUUAAGAACAGUUUCAGGUUAAGAACGGACCUCCGGAACGAAUUAAGUCCGUAACCAGAGGUACCACUGUAGAGGUUUAUAUUCUAAUGGUUGUGUAACUGUCCUUUGUCCUUGCAAACUUCUUAGAAGCCUAUUUUGACAUUUAGCAUUAUAUGGUAAGCAUAUUAUUGCAAUGUGCUCAGCAUGGGGCUUCCCUUGAAGAUGACUCGAAAACCUCAAUUGUUUCAAAAUGCAGUGGCCAGAUUAUGUUCCACUCUCACAUAAACCAAUGGUACCUCAGGUUACAUACGCUUCAGGUUACAGACUCCGCUAACCCAGAAAUAGUACCUCGGGUUAAGAACUUUGCUUCAGGAUGAGAACAGAAAUCGUGCGGCAGCAGCAGCAGGAGGCCGCAUUAGCUUAAGUGGUACCACAGGUUAAGAACAGUUUCAGGUUAAGAACGGACCUCCAGAACGAAUUAAGUUCUUAACUCGAGUUACCACUGUACAUCUUCUGGAAGCAAAUUCCACAGUUCGAUUGUGUGCUCUUUGAAGCAGUGCUUUGUUUUGUCUGUCUUGACAUUCCCAUCAUUCAACUUCAUUGAAUGGUCCCAAGUUCAAGUGUUACCCCUGGUAUUGUGUUGAGUAUUUGCGCACCUGAAAACCCAUACAACUGAUCCCAUUCACAUGCACCUGGUUUCCAAAUUUUACCCUGGCAGUGUGUGAAGAAAGUCACAGAGAAGAUGUGAUUGCAAUAUCUGAUGAAGGCUCUCUUUAUGUAGCUAUUUUCAUAGAAUUAUAGAAUCAUAGAUUUGUAAGGGACCACAAGGGUCAUCAGUCCAGCCCCCUGCAAUGCAGGAAUGUUUCACCCAACAUGGGUCUCAAAACCACAACUCUGACUCCAAGAGUCUUAUGCUCUACUGAUUGAGCUAUCGCCUUUCAUUGUGUAUAUCAUUAUGCAUGGGGGGACACCUCCUAAAAAAGUUCUGAGUCUUAACCCCCCACCCCACUUUUUCUUCUUCUUCUUUGUUCCACGUUUAUUGGCUGCUUCUCUCUGCUGGGACCCAAUAAAAAAUUGAAACUUUGCUUUAGGCAGUGAUCCUGCGCUUAACCACAUUUGCUGCUCUUGGGAUGCAUAACUUCUUGGUGUCAGAGUCUAGCAGUGCAUGCAUAAAUUAUAAUUGUGUGUCUCCAACUGAGACACCAGCUGCUAAAUUCUCUUGCUCUGGAGAAUGCUGGUGGGGUAAGAAAUUCUUAACAAGAUCCCUUUGCCCUGCAGUCAACAUGGGCUGGCUAUUGAGCUAACAUCUCAUUUGCCAGCUAAGGCUAAAGCUGGGUCACAAGAGAUAGAAAGCCCAAAGCCAUUGAAGGACCAAACUACAAACUAUGCAGGGGGUCCGUGAUUGAACUGAUUUUAAACUCGAAUGCACAGUGAGGGGAGAGGGCCUGUCAGUUUGACUGAACUGGAGGAUGGGGUAUUUAACCUUUUCCUCUGGUGCCAUUUCCCCAAUUAAAAUCACCUCCACAAAGUGACGCUUGCAUAAACAGGAGCCAGUGUGGUGUAGUGGUUAAGAGCGGUAGUCUCGUAAUCUGGUGAACCAGGUUCACGUCUCCGCUCCUCCACAUGCAGCUGCUGGGUGACCUUGGGCUAGUCACACUUCUUUGAAGUCUCUCAGCCCCACUCACCUCACAGAGUGUUUGUUGUGGGGAAAGAAGGGAAAGGAGAAUGUUAGCCGCUUUGAGACUCCUUUGGGUAGUGAUAAAGCGGGUGACAGCAGUCACGAAAUUAAAAGACGCCUUCUCCUUGGGAGAAAGGCGAUGGCAAACCUAGACAGCAUCAUAAAAAGCAGAGACAUCCCCUUGCCAACAAAGGUCCGUAUAAUUAAAGCCAUGGUUUUCCCAGUAGUGAUGUAUGGAACUGAGAGCUGGACCAUAAAGAAGGCUGAUCGCCGAAGAAUUGAUGCUUUUGAAUUAUGGUGCUGGAGGAGACUCUUGAGAGUCCCAUGGACUGCAAGAAGAUCAAACCUAUCCAUUCUGAAGGAAAUCAGCCCUGAGUGCUCACUGGAAGAGCAGAUAGUGAAGCUGAGGCUCCAAUACUUUGGCCACCUCAUGAGAAGAGAAGACUCCCUGGAAAAGACCCUGAUGUUGGGAAAGAUUGAGGGCACAAGGAGAAGGGGACGACAGAGGACGAGAUCGUUGGACAGUGUUCUCAAAGCUACAAACAUAAGUCUGACCAAACUGUGGGAGGCAGUGGAAGACAGGACUGCCUGGCGUGCUCUGGUCCAUGGGGUUACGAAGAGUCGGACACGACUAAACGACUAAAAAACAACAAAGCGGGAUAUCAAAUCCAAACUCUUCUUCUUCUCUUCUAAUAGGUAUCUGCAGCUCCCUCUAUACAGCAGUGGUGGCUGGUGCCCAUUUGUACCGAUAGGGUGGAGUGCAGGGAGACUAACAGUGAGUGGCACCAGAGCACAUGACAGGCAGAGCCAAAUAACUCAACUUUUGUCACCACCCUCUACUUUUGUCACCAUCAUCAUGCUUGCUGAGUUCUAAGGCAGGGAAGGAGUGCAGGACAGUGGCCACAAACCGAGUAGGUAGUGUUGUGGCUCCAUCUCCAAUACUUCAUCAGUUGCUGACCCUAUAUAAUAAUAGAGUAAUGAUGUUGGCAGAGGCCUUGUAGACCAUGUAGCCGAACUCCCUGCUUGAUGCAGGACACUCAUAGCUCAAGUAUUCCCAACGAAUGGGGAUUCCCAGCCACUGCUUGAAGACUGGCAAAGAGAGAGAGCUCACCACCCCUAACUGGGAAUUUCUCUUAACGUUCCAUCAAAAUCUACCCACCUGUAAUGUAUUCCUAGAACUAGCCCUGGGUCUCUGGGGAAGUUUUUCACCAAUUUCUGGCGCACCCCCCCAAUAAAUACUGAUUGGAGGCUGUUUUUUUACAGUGGGUGAAAAUGCAUGUGAAAAGCAAGCCCACCUGGACUUAGACCGACUGAUUUAUUCUUAUAAAGUGGUCUCAUACCAACAGCACAACUGUUUUGUGUCUCUGUUUCUGCUCUCUUCCAAAAUGGCCCAUAGCCUUCAGUGAGAGUCCAUCAUUCUGCAUAACAGGAUCUCAUUGGUGCAUGUUUCAUUUUUUUUAGAAAAACACACAUUCGCUCCUGGUUCAGAAUAAAAUGAAAUACUGUGCCAAAAUUGAUUAUGCUGAGAAAAUGGUUCUUGCAUGAGUCAUUCUUAAAUGAAGGAAAAAAUGUGGCAUCUCAGGCAAUUAAAGCUUCGGAUGCAAAUUUAUAUUCCCUUUCCAGUGGGAUUGGUAGGAUCUUGAAGCCUGCCUGCUAAAUUCUAGCAAUGGUCAGACCAGCUUUGCCCUGAAUUAAAACUGGAAGCAUCUUUUAUUCUGACACUGUUCAAAGUCAGCUUUAGAUUGUGUAAAAGUCAGGUCUAAGCACCUUCAAAGGAACCCACUCCAGUGCUUGAAUGGAGGGCUGCCCCUGUCUUUGAGAUUGCCCCCUUAGCUGCUCUUUUAGAAGGUUACAAGAUUUGCACUCCCCCUCUUCAAUAUUCCACCAUGCUUCUUCCCUCCAAUUCAAAAAGAAAACUUGGUCUGUCUGUGUUAGAGCUGUACACACUUUCCCUUUGCCACCAACUGGAGGCCCAGAUUGUCCCCAACCCUCGCCAACCCAAAGAACAUCAGACUUGGGUCUCUCUGAAUAGAUUGGGGUGGUAGUUAAAACCCCAGUUAAACAUACAGUGGUGUGGGGGAAGGAGCUGCUGAGUCCAAGAGCAGGAGGGUUCAAUCCUGCUGGGUGCUGCUUCCGAAGUGCCUUCCCUGAUUGUCUGUACAUUCAUUGUCCAACACACCCACUUGGAUGUGAUAAACCAGCUCUGAAACCCUGGAACGGAUAAUCGUUAGUAUCUGGAGCGGACUUAUUUCCAUGUGUUUCAUUGCCCCCUUUGAUGGAGUAGAUAUGGAGAUCAGUUGUGCUGGUAUGGAAAAGGGAAUUAAAAAGUCUCCAGCAACAAGAAGUGUCUUCCCUGCAGCCUUGCUGCACUGACACCUGCCAAUUCCAGAUUACUCCGGACAGCCCAGACUGACCUGAGGCAACCUGGGUCUGUCUUGAACCAUCACAGCCCAAGCCCAGAUCCCACUGACUCUGUUUGGAUGUGGGCUUCAGCCAAAUCCAGUGCACAGCCCUAGGAUGGAUGGAUGGAUGGAUGGAUGGAUGCGUCCCCCUGCUCUGAAUGUCUCUUGGAACAGGGCAUAUGGAGGAGCUAUCAGCUAAUUGGAAGUGUAAGGAAAUUCCAAUAUCCCCGAAACGUGGCCAUCAAACUUCUGCUUAAAAACUUUCAAUGUUAAGUUCAGGGAUAUGGGACAUGUGGCCCUGCAGUUGUUGGAUUCUAGUUCCCUUUAUCCUUGACUAUUGGCCUUGCUGGCUGGGACUGAUGAGAAUUGGAGUCUGGGAAGCCACAGAUUCCCCAUCUCUGGUUUAGUUCAGCCUUAGUAUAGAGUGAUCUGGACAGCCUGGUCAUACCAGCAAGUCUUACCAUGUUCUCUGGGGCCUCCUCUCUGAUAAUUGCAUUUAAGCUUCUAGCCAUAGUCUUGGAGUCUUUCCAUUUGUAGCCAUAUUCCAGUUUCUACAUCUUGCCUACAACACGAGCAUUUAAAAUUGUAAAUGUUGAUGCUGCUUAAACACAUUUGACAGGUUUCUCAUUCUUCCCCCAGAUAGUUUAUCUUCUUUUUUUAGGCAUGUGUUUUAGCACUGCUGAGAAUUUCUGUAACAGUUAGAAUGUCUGAGAAUUUCCCUCAUGGUGAGCCAAAUUUGAGGCCAGCACCACCACCAAUUCGGGCACUGGGGAGUUACUACACCCUAAAAGUUUAUAAAUCUCCAGCUUGGUGGUUUACAAUGGCUCAAAGCUUUACAAAUCUGAGGCCUUUGUAAUAACCAACCCUCAACGAUGAGUCACUACAGCUUCAAGCUUUAUAGCUCUGAAGCCAUUUCCAUAACCAAUCCUGACUGGGGGGCUACUACAGCUCAAAGCUUUGUAAAUCUGAGGUCAUUGCCAUAAUCAUUCCAGGUGGGGCAAUUACUACAGCUUGGAUCUUCAUCAGUGCUAUUUUUCUAGAAAAGAGGUGCCAGAGCUUACCAUGAAUGUCUCGCUUGUUCUCUUAGGAUGGCAAUGACCCUGAUCUUUAUAAAUCUAAGACUGUUGCCAUAAUCAAUCCAGGUCAGGGGUGUGGGUGGGUGUUACUACAGCCUGAAGUUUUUCAGGCAUCUACCCACUUCCAGCUUCUCCUUCACUUAACAGCCUUCCCCCUGGUAUUCACUAUAAUGGGGAGUCUAAAAAUGGCUAUAACUUCUCCCCUUUUGGCCAAAGUGGAUGAAAUUUACUGGCACAGGAGCCCCUUCAGGGUAGAUUAAGCCUACCAAAUUUCAGAGAAAUUAGCUACUAGGUCUUUUGGCAGGAGGUAAGGAGCACUCAGAUGCGCUUUAUGUGAUGGAAAUUCCCAUAUGCAUAGCAUAGAUCAAGGGUGAGGAACAUUUAGCAGCCUGAAGGCCACAUUCCUAUCUAGGCAGCUUUCCAGGGGCCAGAGGUGGGCAAGGCUGGAGGCAAAAAUGGGCAUGCAAAUGUUAUCUCUGCAGAGUUGCUACACACUCACACAGCCCUUUUCUUUCAUCUAGGCUAGCAAGAGGCCUUGACAGAGUUCAGUGACACAUUCCAACCAGACAAAAACAAUCCAUGAGGGUGCAGAGCAGGGUCCGCAAACGGUGUGACCUGGUACGAGUCAUGAGAGCCAGAUGGCAAGCUUGGAGGGUUGAAAUUUGGCCCACAGGCCUGAGGUUCCCAACUCGUGGCUUAAAUAUUUACUCCCCUCCCCCAAUAAUUGGGCUCCAGAGGGAAGCCAAAAACAGCUCAAACACUGAAGCUAUGGCAGCUUUCCCCACCCACCCACAAUCCCUGUUUUAUAUAUACAUACACGUCAGAGGAGAAUUGUUGACUGCAAGGAUCAGAACAUCCUCUUUGUAUAAGCCUUCUGCUGGGCUUUGUUCCAGCCCUUUGCCGUUUCGCAUGUUUUAUAUUCCUGCAGCAGACAUUAAUUCCGUUAAUUACCACGGGCUAGAGGUCAUCCGAGGUACCGGGAGACAAGUGUGCGCACGUGUGUUUUGCAUAAUGUGUACUUCAUUCUAUCUGCCCUUUUAUCUCACGUGCCGUUUGCACAGAUCGAGGUAGGCUGGAUGAAAUGUUCGGAGAGAAAGCGAUGCACCCUGAAAUGUUAAGAUGCUUCGCAAUGUGAAGCUGACCUUGGGAGUUUGGUUGGAAGCGCCGGCUGGCAAAAAGAAUAAAAUGAUCAGAAUAAAAUAAAAUAAAGUCCUGGGGGAGGGGGUGGUGAGAGGACUGAGUCACAAGGAAGACAUUAUACUAGGAUUAUACUACAGAAUGGCAGCAGCUUUCAGAGCACUGGUGUUAACAAGCUCAAAGUGGAUUGGGGCCAACAUGUAUUUACUUGUUUGCUUGUAAGUUGUUGUUGGCUUCUUCUUUUUUCCUGGCUCUUUGCCAUAAGGUCCAAGGGCUGGGAUACAACAACAGAACAUAGUAUUAUAUAAAAAAGAUACAACAAUAGGUCACACCUGGAGUCCUGUGUCCAGUUCUGGGUGCCACAAUUUCACAAAGAUAUUGGAAGCUGUAGCAUGUGCAAAGGACCAAGGUGAUCAAAGGUCUGAAAACCAAGCCUUAUGAGGAACAGUUGAGGGAACUGGGUAUGUGUAGCCUGGAAAAGAGACUGCGAGGAGAUAUGAUAGCCAUCUUCAAAUAUCACAAGGGGUAUCACCUGGAAGAUGGGGCAAGGUUGUUUUCUCCAGUUCUGGGGGGUAGGACUCAAACUAACAGCUACAAGUUACAAGGUGGGGGGAGGGAGAGAGGGAGAUUCUGACUAAACAUCAGGAAGAACUUUCUGACAUUAAGUGAUGUUCUACAGGGAAUGGACUUCCUUGGGAGGUUGUGGGCUCUCUUUCAUUGGAGGUUGUAAACAGAGGUUGGAUCGCCGUCUGUCAUGGAUGCUUCAAAUGAGAUUCCUGCAUUCCAGGGAUUUGGACUAGAUGACCCUUAGGAUCCUCUCCAAAUCUACACUUCUAUGAUUUUAUGAAUAAUGCAGUUGCAGCACUCGUAAAGCCACUCCACGUGGAAUGAAACAGUAUAAAGUCAAUUACAGAAGUGGGGUCCCACAAAAUGAAAUACCAGUUAAGAUGUGCAUACUGGGAAAAUUGUUCAAUGAAGAUGUUAGGCACAACCCUGUGGGGAGGGAACAUCACAUUUUAAAUGUUGCAGCAUUAAAAGGCAGCAAAAGCUAUCUUGAAGGACAUGCGGUCCUGGCCAGCCACUGGCCAACACAUUCUGCUGUCCUCCAGAAACUCUCAACAUAGAGUGUCUUAGUUCCUAGGAUUAACAGACUUCUGGAGAGCCAUACGUUCCCUUUGGCAGAACUCUUGCUCGCUGGCUGGGCUAACUUAGUUCCAGUGUAUGAUCUGUAGGAAGCACCUGAGGCCACCAUCUUGCUGAAGCUAAGAAAGCUGGGUCUGGUUAGUUUCUGAAGAUGUGACUGCUUAGAAAUCCCAUGUAAACGACAUGGGGUUCCACGACAUAAGAAAGAAUAGGUUGCCUCCAACCAUUCUCUGCACCUCUGCGGGUGUAGGAACUACCAAGAGGCACUCCUCUGCAGAUCUUUAAACCCAAGAAGGGAAAUAGGGUUCAAGAUGGUCUUUCUCUCUUGAGAUGUUCUGUGGGCACAUCCAUGCCAUCCACUUAAAGCAGCACCCAUUGAAAGCACACAACACGAGGGUCCUGUGAACUGUAGUCCUGUGAGAGGGGUGAACUACAAUUCCCAGGGGACACACCAUGCGCUUGAAAUUGUGCUCAAAAUGUACAUUGCAGAUGUGACCAACAUAUAACUCCAUUUCAGCAAUCUGAGGUUCUGCUCCAAAAAGGAAGUCUGUUCCAUCCUGGCUGAGGAAAUGCCACAAAAGAGAUACCCUUGGUGCUUGUUUUGAGCACUGUGUGGUAUUGAAAUAAGGCAUAUGCAAACAUGCCAAAGCAGCUGUCAGAUCUGAAAGGCAGAAUCUGUCAAAACGGCUCCCAUUAUCCAGCUUCAAAGAGCCUACAGGAUUACAGCCAUAUGAAUUUAAUGUGUGGGUCUAAGACUCUAUGCUAUUCAAUGGCUCCCUCUAUUAAUUUAUUUUUUGCAUUCAUCCAUGCUACAUCCUCACACCUAGUUUUUCCCAUCCUUUUCAUAAAUAUCAAGUGCUUUUUCCCCCUUUAAAUAAAGCUAAGGAUGCACAAGUUUCCAUUCCUUCCUCCUCUGCAAGCUCUUAUAGUAAAUGAUGUUAGGGUAAGUGAGAAAGAUCCAUUCGUUUCCAGAAACCAUGAGAAGAUUCUUGAAGCAUCUAAGUGCAAGAUUGUUUAGUCUACAUCAGCAAUAAAUAGCUGAGGAGCACAUAUCUGUAGAUUUGCGCAAUUCCUGCAGGGGAGAGACCACUGAGCUGAGUGCAGGCAGCAUGUAGAACGGAAGUGUGCCUUACUAUUCGUGUGGUAGUAAAGUUGUAAAAGUUGUAAAAGGGGAUGUGGGGUGUGCUGUGGUUUAAUCCGAUUGGACUUGCCAAUUGGAAUGUCAGUGGUUCAGAUCCCCACGACGGGGUGAGUUCCUGUUGUUCGGUCCCAGCUCCUGCCUACCUAGCAGUUCAAAAGCACGCAAUGCAAGUAGAUAAAUAGAUACAGCUCCGGCGGGAAGGUAAACAGUGUUUCUGUGCACUGCUCUGGCUUUGCCAGAAGCGGCUUAGUCAUGAUGGCCACAUGACCUGGGAAAACGGUCUGUGGAAGCGGACAAACGCUGGCUCCCUCAGCCUGUAAGGCGAGGUGAGCGCCGCAACCCCAGAGUCGUUCGUGACCGGACUUAACUGUGAGGGGUCCCUUUACAUUUACCUUAAAGUUGUAAAUAGUCUUCUAACAUGAAGAAUGACAUUGCCUUUCAAGUAAACAAUGCUUGAUUGAGCUUUACUGCUUCCAUGAGUGUUUUAUUGCCAUCAGCCGUGUGCAACUUGAUCCUUUCAAUGCUUAGGCUGUGCGAUCGUCCCUCUGCUAUGUAAGGGAGCUAGCAUACACACAAGGAAGUGUUGCUGGACCACCCUCAAUAUUCACGGUUGGAGAUUGUAAAAUCUUCUUCAAAUGUUGCUGGGUAUGCUUGCUUGCAGGUCUCUCCUAUAAAUAUUCAUUUGUUAUUUGGGUUCCACCUCUCCUCCAAGCAUCUCAAGGCUGCAUACAUGUUUGAACACUGCAAAUUGCUUCAUAAAUGCUAAGCUGUAAGCAUCUAUGGAGCUUCCUGUAGCGCUUUCCCCAGUGACUCAGAGCCAACGGCAGUGAUCCGAAUCUAUCGCUGCUGCUUUUCUUCCGAGAAGGUACUGGAAACUGAAGGUAAGGUAAAGGCAAAUGAUCCCUGGAAGAUUAAGUCCAGUUAAAGGCGACUCUGGGGUUGCGGCGCUCAUCUCGCUUCAGGCCGAGGUAGCUGGCAUUUGUCCACAUACAGCUUUCUGGGUUAUGUAGCCAGCAUGAAUAAACUGCUUCUGGUGCAAUGGCAUACUGUGACGGAAACCAGAGCGCACGGAAACGCCAUUUACCUUCCCACCGCAGUGGUCCCUAUUUAUCUACUUGCACUGGUGUGCUUUCGAACUGCUAGGUUUUCAGGAGCUGGGACAGAGCAACGGCAGCUCACCCUGUUGCACGGAUUCGAACUGCCGACCUUCCGAUCGGCAAGCCCAAGAGGCUCAGUGGUUUAGACCACAGCGCCACCCAAAUCAGCCCACUGGUCUGCCUAGCCACCUGCCCAAGACCAGUGCUGACAUAGCCUGACUUUGCUGUUCCCCGCUUCAUCAGCACAGCCGCUGUGCCCCCCCCCCAGCUUCAUUCAGGUAAGUUGCAGUAACUCUGGUAUGUGGAAAGUGACUCUGCCCCAGGACACUAGCUGCUAUUGGCAAGCAACAACUUUGUCGAUGCUCAGACCUGUUCCUUGAGAUCCUAUUACAACGGAGAUGUUGUGGGUUGACUCUAUGCAUGCAAGCACACAUUCUGCUGCUUAUCUGGACCCGCCCUGUGGUGUAUUGGGAAAAUGUAUCUAUUUGUUGCAUUCAUUGUUGUUGUUGCUUAUUAAAUUUGUAGACAGCCCUUCUUCUGAAGACCACAGGGCAGUUCACAACUGGCAGACCCUCCAGACAGACUCGCAGUAUUCUGGAUUAUUGGUCAUACUGGCUGGAACUGAUGGGAAAUAGCUGAAGGGCCACAGGUUCCCCAUGCCUAUUCUACAAGAUGACAACAACAAACAAACAAACCUAUGGUCACAUAAAGCAUCCUCAAUAAGUCCAAAGAAUCAACAUGAAAUCCUUGUCUAGACUCUGUGAAAGGAUUUUGGGGAACUGUAACAACUUUUCAUGUGAAUUGUUUGGACUUUAUGAACAGACAGGUGGAAUAGACACCAUUACAUGGAUUGACCUUGUGAAUGAACUGACUAGAGAAUGAUCUGAUCCACUGGGUCUUCUGCUUUGUUCGUUUGUUGAACUUUAUGAGUUACUUCUGUUGAAAUUUACAAUUGGAUACAAUGAAUAGUAUACCUUCUUUAUCUAAGAACACAGCCGGUUACAUCUCGUGUGUUUAUUGUGAAUAUUCUACAAGAUGGUCAGACAUGAGGCAUGAGAGGCUGAAAGCAGUUUUCUUCUUUGAUGUGUCCUCCAUACUCUUGUAUCUUCCUCUGAAUUAUGAUGUCCUGUGUGAGGAUGGGUGAACCUGUCAAUAUCUGUUUCUCUCAAUCUCUCAUUUGUCCAGUCCAAAGUUAUAUUCUCCACAUUGCCUAAUAUGCCCAAAAUCUUUUGCAAAGUGAUUUCUUCUAAUAUGCUAUUUUCAGUAACAUACAAUUUUUUAAUGCCUGGGAUAUGCAUUUUUAUAUACAAUUCUCAGCUGGAGAAGUGGGAAUUCUGAAACAUGGUUGCGUUUCAAUUUAUGCAUUACUUCUGAUAGUGCAAGUCUAAGGCUGCUGUCCUACAUUGCCUGGGAAGUUGUUCCAGGGACCACAGGAUUCCACAGGAUCUCUCGCAUUACAGAGGGGGGAAGGCACAUUCAGAGAAGGAGAUCUGACCGAAUGUGCCCCUUCUCUGAGGCUCCUGAAUGUUCUGCAGGCAGUGCCCCACUGAAAUCGGAGCUCAGAUGUUCAGCGAAAUGAGCAGCUACUAGCCAUGAUACCUCUGUUUUACUGCCAGAGGCAACAGGCUUCUAUAUUUAGGUGCUGAGAAUCCUACUUUGAUGCAACUAUAUGCUAUUCACUAGGAACCCCAGAGGCAUCUGACUGAGCACUCUGAGAACAGUAUUUUGGACUAAUUGGGACUAAUUGGGACAUCUCCUAGAUCCAGAAGGGUUCUUCUUAUGUCCAUAGAGAGACAGGGUGUGCAGAGCAUGUUCCUGCUCUUUCUCCUUGCUCCUCUGCCUGGCUGCUCACCUGGAGAGGAUGGUUGCACAGGUAGCAGUCACAAGGAAGAGAAGAAGAAGAAGAGUUUGGAUUUGAUACCCCGCUUUAUCACUACCCGAAGGAGUCUCAAAGCAGCUAACAUUCUCCUUUCCCUUCCUCCUCCACAACAAACACUCUGCGAGGUGAGUGAGGCUGAGAGACUUUAGAGAAGUGUGACUAGCCCAAGGUCACCGAGCAGCUGCAUGUGGAGGAGCAGAAACACGAACCCAGUUCACCAGAUUAUGAGUCUACCACUCUUAACCACUACACCACACUGGCUCUCAGAGGAGAGGAGCAGGAGAGUAAGGAGGCUCCACAGAGAUUAGACCUGGACCCUGAGGAUUCAGUCCUCAGCAGGUGCUUAAUGUUGCCAACCCUUGGUGCUGGCACUUCUUUCAAAAAGUGCAUCAGAAGCAAAUUCUAAUCCCAUUCUUUGUAUUUUCAUAGAAUCAUAGAAGGAACCCAAGGUUCAUCUAGUCCAAUGCAGGGGGCAUCCGACUUGCCCAUGUAUAAGAAAAUGCUGUUAUCUCUAGAAGCUUGAGUCACUUCUGGCACCACAAGAGAGAUGCUGUUCCUCGUGAUGGGUUUUGUGCUUUGCUGCAAAUAGAUAUUCUUGUGGAAAUCCCUCCUUCCCAGGGUUGCUGGUGUCCGUGUUUGUUUCAGUUUACCGAUGUGGCACACGAAGCAAAUUGAUUGCUUACAUGGGAAACAUUUCAUUUGUGCUUACAGCUGGGAGGUUGGAAUGUGCUGCUGUUUGUAGUGGUCAAUUCACUUUCAAGUUUGGAGCCUCCCCUGCUUUGCUAAAUGACUUGGGUUCACUUCUCCUUCGCUUCCUGUCCUUUCGUUAUGUCACGGAGAGCUUCUGUCUAUUUGUGUGUCCACACUUCUGGAUAGAGCUCCAAAACACCUAGCAUUCAAGGAGAAGUUUAGUCUGCUUUCUUUAUAAAUUUUUUAUUUGAUUUUACAAUUUAAUCUUCAACACAUUUAUCAUAUUUUUAAAAAACAAAAAAAAACUCCCCACCACCACCCUGUGACUUCCCUCAACUUCCCCUUCUGGUUCUUUAACAAUUUGCUAGGUAAAGGUAAAGGGACCCCUGACCAUUAGGUCCAGUCAUGGCCGACUCUGGGGUUGCGGCGCUCAUCUCGCUUUAUUGGCCGAGGGAGCCGGCGUACAGCUUCUGGGUUAUGUGGACAGCAUGACUAAGCCGCUUCUGGCAAACCAGAGCAGCGCACGGAAAUGCCAUUUACUUCCUGCCAGAGUGGUACCUAUUUAUCUACUUGCACUUUUACGUGCUUUUGAAUUGCUAGGUUGGCAGGAGCUGGGACAGAGCAACGGCAGCUCACCCUGUUGCACGGAUUCGAACCGCCGACCUUCUGAGCGGCAAGUCCUCGGCUGUGUGGUUUAACCCACAGCACCACCCACAUCCCUAACAAUUUGCUACUUCUGCUUAAUUAUUCUAUCUUACUUUUCGUCUUUUAGCUAAAUACUCUUAUAUUCAUAUCAUUCUUAAACCAGAUUUUCUUCAAAUCACAUCUUACAUUUCAUUAAUUUCCAUAUUAUUCUCUCAUAACCUUUAUACUUGUUUUCUUAGUUGUAAGUGUUUACUCGAACCCUGCUAGUAAGUCCAUUUCUUUCCAGUAUUUCUGUAAAUACAGCAUGUACGGUUCCCAGUUUUAAAAAAGUUUUUAUUGUCAUUGUCUCUGAGUAUUCCCAUGAAUUUUGCCAUUUCUGCGUAUUCCAUAAGUUUGACUUUAGUUUAGUCUGCUUUCAUGACUUUCCCCCAACUAUUAAAUUCCACAUUAUAUUUGAGCUUUCGUGUGAUGUCAAAGCAACUUCUGGAACUUCAUUGGAGAAUUUUAAACAAAGGUUUAAAAUCCAUCUGCCAGAGAUUCUUUAGCUGUGGUUGUUGCAUUGCAGGAAGUUUGACUAGAUUACUGUGGGGUGCCUUCCAGCUCUGUAGCGCAGGUGGCGCUGUGGUCUAAACCACUGAGCCUCUUGGGCUUGGCAAUCAGAAGGUUGGUGGUUUGAAUCCCCACGACAGGGUGAGCUCCCAUUGCUCUGUCCCAGCUCCUGCCAACCUAGCAAUUAGAAAGCACACCAGUGCAAGUAGAUAAAUAGAUACCGCUGUGGCGGGAAGGUAAACGACAUUUCCGUGCGCUCUGAUUUCCGUCACGGUGUUCUAUUGUGCCAAAAGCGGUCUAGUCCUGCUGGCCACAUGACGCGGAAAGCUGUUUCGGACAAACGUCAGCUCCCUCGGUCUGAAGCGAGAUGUGCGCCGUAACCCCAUAGUCGCCUUUGAUUGGCCUUAACUGUCUUUUACCUUUUACCUUUAUAGGUCUUUUACCUUUUACCUUUAUAGCACGAGUUUAGUGCUCAUUUCCAUGCUAUUUGCUUCCAGAAAACAGCUCUUUGCAAAUAAUACAGAAAUGAGUGCUUAAUAUGCAUUAUGUUCCACUAUAGUUUCGGAACUAUAGUGGCAUUUACGUUGUGUGAGAGCUCAAAUAUAAUGUGGAAAUUAACAGUUAGGGGGAUGCCAGUGGAAUUGAAUAAAUGCCAUGUGAAUACAGCCCUAGAGAGCACAUGAUAACUCACCUGCCCUAUGCCUCCUAAUCACUGCACUAUGGAAAUGAAGAGAGACCCUGGUGUAUUUAACCACAGCACAUCCCAGCUCUAGAGCCUGGGACCUGUUCCAGCUAACACAAUUUCAUUUUCCCCAUAACCAAGUCCCCAGUGUGCUUUUACCUGAAACUAUUCCUAACUCCUUCCCCCCACAAACAGAUGGCGCAGCAGAUAAAAUGAAACAUGUCGAAAUAAUGCUUUGCUACCUGUCUUGGUGAAGCAGGGGGAACUGCAAAAUUUAACGAAGGGGAAAGGGAGGUUGACUGCUGUUGGGAGUGCAGCUAUUAUUACCAGCUCCAGGGGUGGGGGAGAAGUCGAUUUCAUUUUGCCCAUAAAGGCGAACCUACCUGGUUUGCAAUUUCCAAAACGGUAUGAGAACAGGAACGCUGCCAUCCUUCGAAAUGAAUUUUGCGAUGCAGUUCUGCAGACAAAUAAUGCAUACCAAGAAAUGCAUAUAUUAGAAUAAAGUGUAUAUAGGAAUGCAUAUACUAAUGGAAAAAACAUUUAAAAAUGGACUAUAUUAGGGGAAACGGGAUAGGAUAUAGAAAGAAACAGCUACCCACAGCUAAUGUCAGUGGGUGAAAGUUUGUCUGUCUCUGCUUCCUAUGCCACCUGUAAAAGGCCUCUGUAAAUAUCCCCCUGGAAAUUUACAAUGUGCAAUUGACUGUUUGCUCUUCCUGCUCUGUUCUUGUUUGGUUGUUUGUAAUUUAGAGCAUUUGUACCUCAAUCUUCAGCCAUAAAGGCUGCCAGAGCAACUUGCAGAUAAUCAAAACAAGACAGUCCCUACCCACACAUGGCGUAAUGGUUGGGGCAUUGGACCAUCAUGACCUUCGAGACUAGGGUUCGAAUCCCUACUCAGCCUUGAAGCUCAUUGGGUGACCUUGCGCCAGUCGCCGUCUGUCAGCCUAGCCUACCUCACAGGGUUGCUGUGAGGAUGAAAUGGGGAGGGGUAGAACCAUGUACACCACCUUGAGCUCCUUGAGAAAAUAAAAGGUGGCAUAUAAAUGUACUAAAUAACUAAAUAAGAGUGUGGACUGCGUCCUCAUUAGUAGAAGUGUUACUGUACUGAAUAGAUCACCUUCAGCCAUAUCAGAGAAGGAUCUUACAAGGAGUUCCCUGUUGUGUUGAUAUAGAAUCUUAAAGCCAUUGGUUCCAGUUCUACCCUCCAGAGCAGGAGAAAACAAGUAUGUUCCCUCUUCCAUGUGACAGCCCUUAAGAUAGCUAUCAUAGCUCCUCUCAGUCUCCUCUUUUCCAGGCUAAACAUACACAGCUCCUUCAAGCCCACCUCUUAAGGCUUAGUUUCCAGUCCCUUGAUCAUCUUGGUUGCCCUGCUCUGCACACAUUCCAGCUUGUCAAUAUCCUUCUUAAACAGAGGUUCCCAGAACUGGACACAGUAUUCCAGAUGUAGUCUCACCAAGGCAGAAAAGAGUGGUACCAUUGCUUCCCUUGAUGUGGACACUAUACUUCGGCUGAUGCAGCCUAGAACAGCAUUAGCUUGUUUUGCUGCUGCAUCACACUGUUGCCUCAUGUUAAGCUUGUGGUCCACCAAGACCCCUAGAUCCUUUUCACAUGUACUACUAGUAAGCCAGGUGCCCCCCAUUCUAUAUUUGUGCAUCUGGUUCUUCCUGCCUAAGUACACAACCUUACAUUUGUCCUGUUGAAAUUCAUUUUGUUAGGUUAAGGUCAUUUUGAAUUCUGAUACUGUCUUCUGUGUCAUUAGCUACCCCUCCCAGCUUGGUGUCAUGACAGAAGCACAGUAUAGUUUUGGCUGGUCAGGAGCUCUGCCACUAUCCACAAGAACCUAGGAUCUCUUUGGUGGCAGUUCACCAUCUACACCGCCAACAGUGCCCAAACUGGGGAAAGAGGAAUUGUCUAAAGCCCUUAGCAUUUUUGAUCUCCCUAUUCAAGAUCUCUCAGCUGUGGCAAGCCUUGCAGUAUUCUGGAACCUGGGGAAACAUUAAUCAUAGCUGCGAGUUAAAGAAAUUACUCAUGUCAUGCAGGCCUUGCCUUCUUCCGAUGGAGAACAGAAAAUGAGCAGCUCAACAAUAGGGUGAAAUAAAUGUUUGCUAACCUCGGUGAUUGCUUGGGCUAAAAAUAAGCCACCAGCACAGGGAUCAGCCAGGUUCCACAGCCUCUUAUGAGCAAUAAAAGUGGUAAAUUGCUUACAUCCAGCUGUGGCUUUGGGUUUCUUUCAAUGAAAAUUGGAUUCUGGUCUUGGCAGGGCGAGACCCAAAUCAGCGGCCAGUUAGCUUGCAAAAGGCAACAUGUAAAGGUUGUUUAUUGGAUUUAUUGCACACUUUCAUGCUCCACCUUUCCUCUGCCAUGGAGCUGCAGGUCUGGACCAGCUCGACCAUUAUGCAGAAUACAGUGACUUCAUUGGAUGCAGAUAUGAGACCCUCCAGGUGUCCCCAUUUCCCAGGGACACUCCCGGAUUUACAGAAGCGGUCCCGGUUUCUGAAUUGAUCCUGGAAUGUCUUGCUUUUCCUUAAAGGUAAAGGUAAAGGGACCCCUAACAGUUAAGUCCAGUUGGAAAUGACUCUAGGGUUGCGGCACUCAUCUCGCUUUACAGGCCGAGGGAGCUGGUGUUUGUCUGCUCUCUGGACAGUUUUUCCAGGUCAUGUGGCCAGCAUGACUAAGCCGCUUCUGGCACAAUGGAACACCGAGCAGCACACGGAAACACAGUUUACCUUCCCACCGGAGUGGUACCUAUUUAUCUACUUGCACUUUUUGGCGUGCUUUCAAACUGCUAGGUUGACAGGAUCUGGGAGUGAGCAAUGGGAGUGCACCUCGUUGUGGGGAUUUGAACUGCUGACCUUUUGAUUGGCAAGCCCUAGGCUCAGUGGUUUAGACCUUGUGGCUCAUAGCUGCUGAUAAAUCCAAAGUAGAAUAUCCACGGUCAAUGGCAAUAUACCAUCAGAUGCUAAAUAUUGGAGGGAAUGGGAUGCUGCUUUUUUUUGCACCGCUCCAGCAUUUCUCCAAUGAAAACAGGGAUGUCAUAUAUAAUAAUAAUAAUAAUAAUAAUAAUAAUAAUAAUAAUACCUCACCCAUCUGACUGGGUUGCUCCAGCCACUCUGGGCAGCUUCCAGCAUAUAUAAAAACAUAAUAAAACAUUAAACAUUUUUUUAAAAAAAACUUCCCUAUACAGAGCUUCCUUCAGCUGUCUUCUAAAGGUUGCAUAGUUACUUACCUCCUUGGCUCAGGGGUCACAUGACUCCAUACCCUCCAACAUUUCUCUGAUGAAAAUAAGGACACCCUAAGGGGCGCGGGUGGCGCUGUGGGUUAAACCACUGUGCCACUUGGGCUUGCCGAUCGAAAGGUUGGCGGUUCGAAUCCCUGUGACAGUGUGAGCUCCCAUUGCUCUGUCCCAGCUCCUGCAAACCUAUCAGUUCGAAAGCAUGUAGUGCAAGUAGAUAAACAGGUACCGCUCUGGUGGGAAGGUAAACGGCAUUUCCAUUCACUGCUGUGGUUUCACCAGAAGCGGCUUAGUCAUGCUGGCCACAUGACCCGGGAAAACUGUCUGCGGAAGUGGACAAAUGCCGGCUCCCUCGGCCUUUAAAGCGAGAUGAGAGCCGCAACCCCAGUCAUUUGUGACUGGACUUAAUUGUCAGGGGUCCCUUUACCUAUGAGCCACAAAUAACUUCCAGAAAGGGAAAAGCCCAAGCUGCUGGGCUGUGGAAGUUCAUGUUUGAGAACUGUGUGUGUGUGUACGAAAUAAAUAAAUAACAUGCCUUAUCUCUCUGCUCAGCUCACUUUUUCAAACACUUUAUUGUAAGCGAGCAUGUCUUUGCUCAUGACUCACAGUUGCCCUUUAUUUCUGAAGCAGCAUAUCAUUAUUUUGGUCCUCUCCGAAUCUGACUUCAUUGAUUUUUGUGCUAGCGGGAGAGCGAGGGAGAAAGAGUGAGAAAUAUUCCGUUCUGUGGGACAAUAUUUCAUAAGCAGAACGGAGAGGGGGACGGCUUUUCUUCUUUCUUUCUAAAGGUUCUAUUAUUAUUUUUCCACCGGCAAACAAAUCCCAGCUUCGUAGCUGGAAAUCUAAUGCAACACAGUGCCUGACAAAUAUAUUAUGAAGCCUUGCAUAUUUUCUAAGCAACACAGCAAAUUCUUUCUCUCGUUCUCCUGUUUUUGAGCCAUGGUGUCAUUCCAUGGGGUGUUUUGUUUUGCUGUGGCAUUGCCCCUGAUGAUUAUUUGGGAAAGGAUUUGGUAACAGAAGCAGGCAAGUGUAACCAAAAUAGUGAGGCUGGGGUUUUUUUUUUGCUGAAGAAUAACACUGGGAAGAUUGAGCAGCAGUCAGGUCAGUAAACAGGUUUGCUCUUUGUCGUUUGUAAUGUCUGGUGGUGUUCUUAAUGCAAACGAUUCUGUGUGUUUCUCGUUUCGUUCUCUGGUUCUUGUCAUGUGUUGGUGGAAUUUGCAAGGCUUGCACAUACCAUCAUUUGAUCUCACUAAUGCUUGGUAGCUGGGCCAAACUACACACACAGGGCGUCUACCAUGUAUCUAUCCCUUUUGGUGUGGUUUUUAGGAGUUUAAUACUUAUCAUUAGGUGAAGUUAAAGGGACCCCUGGCCAUUAGGUCCCGUCGUAGCUGACUCUGGUGUUGCGGUGCUCAUCUCGCUUUAUUGACCGAGGGAGCCGGCGUACAGCCUCCAGGUCAUGUGGCCAGCAUGACUAAGCCGCUUCUGGCGAACCAUAGCAGCACACGGAAAUGCCUUUUACCUACCCGCCGGAGCGGUACCUAUUUAUCUACUUGCACUUUGACGUGCUUUGGAACUGCUAGGUUGGCAGGAGCAGGGACCAAGCAAUGGGAGCUCACCACAUUGCAGGGAUUCGAACCGCCAACCUUCUGAUCGGCAAGUCCUAGGCUCUGUGGUUUAACCCACAGCGCCACCCGCGUCCCCAAUACUUAUCAUUAGAGGCUUUCAAACUAAGGUCAGGUAUUCUUGAGCUGUGGUUCUUGCAUGGCAGAGGAUUGGACUAGAUACUCUUGUGGUCCCUUCUAACUCUACAAUUCUAUUGACAUUUUAAAGCAUGGGUCUUCAAGCGUAGGUCAGACGCACAGGGGGCCACACCAGGUGACUCGCAGAUUCACCAUGUUUGAUUACAGCUUAGGUGGAUCAGAUCACCACUCAGAUGAACCUCUGCACAAGGCCGGUGAGUUUUCCACUUGCUCACCCCAUGCCCACCUUUAAAUACAUGAAAUGCAAAGCUGCACAAUAUGUGAAGGGGACGAAUUUAAUAUUGCUUGUACAGGUGAUUUGAUCCAUCUUUGGCAGGCAUUUCCUGGCCAUAAGGCCCAUUUUUAAGGUGCUGGUUUUAACCUUUAAAGCCUCGUACCUACGGGACCACCUCUCCUGGUAUGUCCCACAGAGGAACUUACGGUCUUCAAACAAAAACACCUUGGAGGUCCCAGGCCACAGAGAGGUUAGGCUGGCCUCAACCAGAGUCAGGGCUUUUUCAGCUGUGGCUCCGAUCUGGUGGAACGCUCUGUCACAAGAGACUAGGGCCCUGCGGGACUUGACAUCUUUCCACAGGGCUUGCAAGACAGAGCUGUUCCACCAGGCCUUUGGCCAAGGCACAGUCUGACCCACUCCUUUGCCAAUCUUCACAGAACUCUAGCCCAAUGGUUGCCAUUAAUUUGAUUUGAAUUAAUUUUAUAAUGAAAUGAUUUUAGAAUGUUGUAUUAUUUUAUUGUUGUUAGCCGCCCUGAGCCCGGCUUCGGCUGGGGAGGGCGGGAUAUAAAUAAUAAUUUAUUAUUAUUAUUAUUAUUAUUAUUAUUAUUAUUAUUAUUAAUAUAGGCUUUUGAUAAACUUCUGCUGUGCAUCUCCAUCUUUUCCCAUCUGCUCAACCAACUUCUCCCUUUCUCACCUGCUCUUUAGGUGAUGACCUGAAAACAUCAUGUCGGAGGUCCAGGGAACUGUCGACUUUUCUGUGGAGCUGCACAAAUUCCAUAAUGUGGAUCUCUUCCAGAGAGGGUGAGUCAAUAGAUUUCUGUAAAUGUAUUCGUGCAUAAGAAAGUCGCAGGUGCUUUGAAGUGAAUCAGAUGUCCACGUUAUGAGGGAAAGUCCCUCUUCUUACCAGUUGCUUCAGAGAAACAAGCCAUGGGCAUCAUGCUCCUGCCUGAGUUGUGGACUUCUGGCUGACCAUGGGAAAAGUUGAAUUAGAUCAUCCUUUGCCAGCCUGGCGUCCUCCAGAUAUUUUGGACUACAACUCCCAUCAUUUCUGAUCAUUGACCAUCCUGGCUGAUGAUGAUGGGAAUUGUAGUCCAGAACAUCUGGAAGGCACCAGAUGAUGAGUGGACCUUUUCAGUAGUGGCACUUCACCUGUGGAAUCCUCUUCCUAGGAGACUUGUCUGAAUUUUGUGGUGCUAAAGUAACUGUAUACAAAUGCAUAUACUGGGGUAAAGCAUGUGUUUAAAUGCAUAUAAUAGUGAAAAUAGCACACAAAAGGCAUUAUAUAAGAGGAAAUUGUUUUGCAAAAAUGUGCUUAUCAGAAAGAAUUACAUGCAAAUAGAUAUGUGCAUAUUAGGAAAAUGCUUCUGAAUGUUCAUGAGGAUUUGUUAAAUGAAAUAAAAUCACAAACUGAGGUGGAAAUGUGGAGAACUGAAUUUAAAACUGGAAAAAAUGAGAAACUGAAAAAACUAAAAUUGACAGAUUUAAGCUCAUCCCUAGUGUAUAUAUAGCAUUGCAGCCUUAUGCAAUUACUGCAAUACAAUAUUUCAAAGGCUGAAAUAGGAAUCACCCCUUGUUUAUGACCCUGUCCUGUUUGGAGGACAUUCAGGGGAAAAAAUGCAUGAAAUAAUUUGCAUACUCAGUCAGUGUUUACAACAAUCAAAAGCAGACACUGGAAAAUUUGGAGUGGCAUGUUCAAAAUAUAUUGCCUUUUUGAAAGUAAGUAAGUAAGUAAGUAAGUGUGUGUGUGUGUGUGUGUGUGUGUGUGUGUGUGUGUGUGGAGAUAUACUGAGACCUAAAGGUCAAGCAUAUAUAAUGCAAUUUUUGAAAGAAAUGCACAUUUGAAGGUUUUUUCUCCUCAUUGAAAUUCACCCCCAUCACCUAUGAUUUAAUCAGUGGAGACAGCUGAGUCUCUACCAAAAUUAGUUUAAAGUUUCUGACAUUCUUUAACAAACUUGGAAACUGAAUUAUCCAGAUUCAGCAGAGAUCAAUUAAUUGAUUUGCCUGCUUAUGCCAGGUCUUCAUUCCCUCCAACUUGUUCUUAUGCCACUCAAAAUAAUUGACAAAUUUGGUGUGUAUAUUUGUAAACAAAAAGAGGUAGCAGAUGCAGCUAGCUUAGUAUGGAGGGGAGAAAAAAGUAAAGCAGCGGCAACUGAGAGAAAGAGUGGGAGGUUCCAGCAAUCAUAGAAUCAUAGAACUGAUUUAAAUUUGUUUUGAAUAUUGUACUUCAGAGCAUAAUAAUAUACGUAAAAUGAGCUGGCUGGAUCAGGAAAAUAGCCCAUCUCAUAGUGGCUGAUAAGAUGCCCAUUAGAAGACCACAAGCAGGACCAGAAUUGGGUCCUCCAGAGCCUUAGGAGAGUGACCAAAUAAACUAUCUAUAGAAUGCAAAAAACACAAAGGCCUGAGAGAAUUGCCAUUGCAUUUACGAACCAAGAAAGCUGUGUUAUAUCAUGUUAGAUCAUUGGUCUGUCAAGCCCAGGCCUGGGGGAACUUUUCCAGGUUGAGGGACACCUUCCUUUCAGUGGCAGGUGGAACAACUAAUCCAAAUUGUACCUUUGCAUGGUAGGAUAGUUUCUACACAGAUUCACACCUUCUCUAUCCUUCAUCCAGGCUAGUGAGAGUCAUUAUCAGAGUUCAGGGAUGGAUUCUAACCAGGCAAAAAUACUCCGGGUGUUUCUGAAGCAGGAUCAGUGAGGGGCAUUGCCUGGGGAAAGAGGUUGUGGCAUGAGAAGAGUCCAGCAGGCCAGGUAAAGAGGUUUAAAUUUGGCCCACAAGCCUGAGGCUCUCCAUCCUUGAUCUAAGCCAACCCAUGCUCUCCAGAUCUUUCAGACUACAACUGCCAUCAGCCAGAGAGAGAGCCUGGCCGGUGGCCAUGGUCAAUAGGAAUUGUAGUCCAAAACAACUGGAAAGCAACAGAUUGAGGAAGGUUGUUUUGGACUUUGGUUGUCUACAGAGGCAUUCCGGUGUCCCAGUCCAGGAUCUCCUGAACCCUAAAAUUUAAAGCAAAGCAGGAUUGGGUCUUGGACAUUCUGAAUGCAAGGCAAGAUGGUUAUGGCUUUCCCCCGUAUAUCACUUAAAGUGGAUUUGAAGGUUCCUGUUUGGCUCAAAUAUGGAAGAAAUGCUGAAGUAAGAGAGAAAAAGAUCAUACUAGUGAAAAAAAUCAAAAAUAUCCUUGACACUGAAGGGUUUAUUUGGGGGGGGGGGGGAUGUCUUUUUUAAUGGCUUUUUGUUCUGGAGUUGAAAUGUGUAACACUUUAGAGGGGAAAACAGAGCACUUUAAUUACUAAAAGAGCUCGCUGCUAAGGCACUAGGUGAUUAAAUGCAAGUCAAUCCUUUCAUCAGUCUACAUCCAAUUUUGGUGUUCAAUAUAUAUCCAUUAAUCUGCGGGCAAGAUGUAUGUCUUUAUUCCUUGGCAGCGCAAUUGCAUUCCACCCCACCCCACCCCCCACCUCUGAUAGCAAAAGCUUGCAAAAAUGAAUCAUGUGUUAUACUGUAGCAUAAUCAUCUCUCUGUGCAUAAUGUAUUUUAUGAUGAUGUCCACAAACAAGCAGGAUGUUGGCUUCUAAUAGAAUUGGAAAUGUAACCAUAGCGGGAGAUAGUUGCUGUCAGGCAACAAGAACAAUAGUAAUAACGUUGGGGACAGGAAAUGUAUACUCUUGAGAUUAUCAUGCUCUGAGCAUUUUACCAGUCAGCAAAAAAUAUCUGCAUGAUACGAUGCAUGGUUUCUUUACCCCAAAAGGAGAUGCUAUGAAAUGGUGUACAACUCAUGGUGAGCCGCCAAGCCAAGCAUAGCGCCACACCCUCCCCAGCCAAGAAUAGCAAGUGAGCAGGAUUAAGGAAAAAACACACAAUUUGAGAUAGCAGAGAUCAUGCAUCUAGCACUAAUAAUGUCAACAUUGUAUAAGAAAACUUACAGUGUCUACACUGUAGAGGAUGGGUAGGGAAGCUGUGGUCCUCCAGAUACUCUUGGUUGACUCCUGCCAUCAUUCCUCACCAUUGGUCAUGGUGGCUGAGACUAGGAAUGCCAGAGAAAUUGAUUUGCCUUUAAAUCAAUGGGGUGGGAUAACAUAAUGAUAGUGUAAUUUGCGUAACUUAAUUUCACCGCAGCAGACAGGAGAUAAAUAACUUACUUUGGGGGUGGAUUUGCAGUGGAACGGAAGCGGUGCUCCAUGUGAUGACUACAGGGUGGAAUGGGGAAUAAUGUCUUCUUAACAUCUGCACUUAGGGAUGAUGGGAGUUAGAUUCCAACAACAUCUGGAGGGGGACAGAUUCCCGUUUGCUGCUUUACAGUGCUGGGGUGAUACAAGAAAUCUGCAGCAGAAUCCAACUGUUACCAGCUCUCAGUGAAUGCAAGGAAUCCUCUGCUCUUCCCUCCAGAGGAACAAUUAUAUAAUAAUUGCUAAAUGGUACCAUAAUCUGCCAACUUGGGAGAACUGGAGUCCCUGGAGACACAGUCUCAACAACGCUGCUUGCCACAUUAUAUGAUACUCACCUGUUUUAUUCAAUCAGAUUUCUCCUUUAUAGCAUCUCUCCUCGUCUUGUUUUCAGUUUAUGCUGCUUUUGAAAAAAGAUAA